CUCCCCUGAGCAGAGUCAGCGUUCCCGGCCUGGACGCCUCGGCUGGAGGGACUGCUGUCAGAAGUAAAAAACAAAACUACACGGCAUUGACGGCCUGUAGUUUUGUUUUUUUCUGUGGGGUUCCUUCCCGGCUCAGCUGUUCUCCUUGUGGAUAUUGUCUACGCUUUCUGGAUAAAGAGACUUUAGUUUCUGCAGACAGCCCUCUGGGCACUCCGGGCAUCCUUGUGCAGACAAGGUGCCGACCAACAUGUCAACACAGGCGCCGACGUUCACUCAGCCGCUGCAGAGCGUCGUGGCACUAGAGGGUAGUGCUGCGACGUUCGAGGCUCAAGUUAGUGGUUCUCCAGUUCCUGAAGUGAGCUGGUUUCGUGAUGGCCAGGUUCUUUCAACCGCCGCAUUGCCCGGCGUUGAGAUCUCGUUCAGCGACGGCCGCGCUGUUCUGAGGAUCCCCGCUGUGACCGCCGCACACAGCGGGAGAUUUUCUGUCAGAGCAACCAACGGAGCUGGACAAGCAACGAGCACCGCUGAACUCCUCGUUACAGCGGAGACGGCGCCUCCAAACUUCCUGCAGAGACUGCAGAGCUCGACAGUGAGACAGGGCAGCCAGGUGAGGCUGGACGUCCGUGUGACAGGAAUCCCAACACCUGUGGUGAAGUUCUUCAGAGAGGGAGCCGAGAUCCAGAGCUCAGCCGACUUCAGGAUCCUUCAGGAAGGAGACCUGUACAGUCUGCUGAUCGCUGAGGCUUUCCCAGAGGAUUCUGGGACUUAUUCUGUGACCGCCACCAACAGCAGCGGACGGGCCACCUCCACCGCUGAGCUGCAGGUUCAGGGUGAAGAAGCUGUUCCCAUGAAGAAAACAAAGACUAUCGUGUCCACAUCCCAGAUGGCCGCUUCCCAGACCAGAGUGCAGAAGAAGGUGGAGAUGGGCUUCCAGGCCACCACCAUGAUGGAGAUGCACGUAGAAGGAGGAAUGAUGACUCAGCAUUUAGCUCACAAAACCCCCCCGCGGGUUCCCCCGAAACCGACCUCCAAAUCCCCCCCGUCCUACAUUUCCAGGGUGACGGGAGGACGCCAGCAGUCGCCUUCACCUGUCAGACACGUGAAGGGGCCGACGCCCACACCUGUCAGAUCUGUUUCUCCCACCAGCAGAGCGACUAUUUCUUCAAUCAAACCUGUGAAGUCUCCCAUCAUGAGCAGGAAACAGGUCUCUUCCUCUCCUGAGGUCCUGCCUCCAUGGAAGCAGGGAGGCUACAUGGCUGAAGCCAGCUACUCCAGUAUGAGCAGCAUGACCAGCAUGACCAGCAUGGCCAGUGUGAGCAGCGCCACCCAGCUGCACAUGGAGAAGUCCUGGGAGCAGCAGGUCACGGCCACCAGAGAGGCCGAGGGAGGGAUGAAAUCAGGGGCGGUGGCCACAGUGGUGGCUGCCGUUGACCUGGCUCGAGUCCGUCAGCCCGUGCAUGAUGAGGGCGCUCAGGCUGGUGAGGAGGAGGCAGUAGAGGAUGAGAUUAGACAGCAGGCGACUGUAGAGAAAGAGGUUGUUGCCAUGAAAACACUUCCUGUUGAAGCUCCAGCUGCUGUGGCUGUGACCUCAGAGCAGCGCAGAGUUCAGGUCUCACAGGUCUCACAGAUUCAGAGAACAGAAAUCCCCUCCCAGGUGGACACUGGUGCCGCUCCAUCUCCAGUUCCACAUUUCACAGUUUCUAAAGUUUCUGUUCCUAAACAUGAACUGAGCCCCGAGGUGUCCAUCUCCGGCUCUGCUAUCGCCACUCUGCAGAAAGAGUUGCGAUCCCCCACCUCCCCCAGAAAGAUCAUCAAGCCCGUCAAGUCUCCCAGUCCGUCUCGCAGGGCGGUGGUGGAGGUGCGGGUGACUCCGGAGCCCCUCCCCCCACCGUUCAAAGACGUCAGAUAUCAGAGUCAGUUUGAGGUACAGGCGGGCGGAGCUUACGCUGUGAGUGAGGAGGAAUUUGAGGACUGGGAGCCACAGGAGGCUGCUGCUGUGCCCACCAGAGCUCAGGAGCCUGUUGUCCCUCCCACUCUGAUUGCUGGUCUGAAGAAUGCGACGGUGACGGAGGGUGAGUCGGUGACCCUGGAGUGUCAGAUCAGCGGUCAUCCCGCUCCAACCAUCCUGUGGUUCAGAGAGGACUACAAGAUUGAGAGCUCCAUCGACUUCCAGAUCACAUACAUGAACGGAUUUGCCCGGAUGGUGAUCCGUGAGGCGUUCGCUGAAGACAGCGGACGCUUCACCUGCACUGCCACCAGCGAGGCCGGAACCGUCAGCACCUCCUGCUACCUGCUCGUCAAAGUUUCAGAAGAAAUCGAGAGCAGAGAGGAAAUGACGACCGUCACUGAAAUUGGAAUCAGUCAAGAGAAAACUGUUGCUAUGGAGACAAAAGAGCAGAUGGUGUCGGAGGUGAGCUCAGGUGAAGCUGCUGCUCCCUUCUUCAUCAAGAAACCCACCGCUCAGAAGCUGGUGGAGGGAGGAAGUGUGUUCUUUGAAUGCCAGAUCGGAGGAAACCCCAAACCUCACAUCAUCUGGAAGAAGAGCGGCGUGCCGCUCACUACUGGAUACAGAUAUAAAGUUGCCUACAAGAAGGAGACCGGAGAAUGCAGAUUGGAGAUCUCCAUGACUUUUGCUGAUGAUGCCGGUGACUACUCUGUGUUUGCCAAGAAUACACACGGAGAAGCCUCGGCCAUCGCCAGCCUGCUGGAGGAAGAGCAAUAUGAAGUCUACAUGAAGCAACAAGAUGUGACAUAUAAAACUGAAGUGAUGACGACGGUAGUUCAGGAACCCUCUGUGGUUGUGAGUCAGUAUGAGCUCGAACAGAGGAGAGUGACGACCCCCAUGAGCUUUGUCUCAGAAACGGAAUUUCUUAUUUCAGCCUUUGAAGAGAGGAUCAUCCAGGAGAUCGAGCUCCGCAUCUUGAGGAUUACAUACAGCGAGCUGGUGAUAGAGGACGGAGAGAUGAUGGUGACUGUUGCUGAGGAGGCGGCACUGCAGCCGGCCUUCGACACGCCAGUGAAAAACUACAGAAUCAUGGAGGGAAUGGGCGUCACGUUCCACUGCAAGAUGGGUGGAAACCCACUCCCAAAGAUUGCGUGGUACAAAGACGGCCAGCGUAUCAGGGCUGGUGGACGUUACCAGAUGGAGGUUCUUCAGGACGGACGAGCCAGUCUUCGUCUCCCUGUGGUGCUUCCAGAGGAUGAAGGUGUGUACACUGCCUUCGCAUCCAACAUGAAGGGAAACACUGUCAGCUCUGGAAAGCUCUACAUCGAGCCGUCUGGAGCUGUGACACCUCAGAGAUACACACCACAGCCAGCGAUGCAGAGAAUCAGGUCCGCAUCUCCUCGUUCUGUGAGCCGCUCUCCUGGACGUUCUCCCAGCCGCUCUCCUGGACGCUCUCCUGCCAGAAGGCUUGAUGAGACAGACGAGGCUUCCCUGGAGAGACUCUACAAGCCUGUGUUUGUCCUGAAGCCUUCCUCAAUAAAAUGCUCUGAGGGGCAAACUGCACGAUUCGACUUAAAGGUUGUCGGCAGACCCAUGCCCGAAACUUACUGGUUCCACAACGGACAACAAGUCGUCAAUGACUACACCCACAAGAUAGUGAUCAAAGAAGACGGUACCCAGUCCCUGAUCAUUGUCCCAGCCAUGCCUCACGACUCUGGAGAGUGGACUGUCAUCGCUCAGAACAGAGCUGGACGGACCUCUGUCUCUGUAACUCUUACUGUUGAUGCUCGAGAAAGCCUGGCCCGCCCUCAGUUUGUAGAAAAGCUGAGGAACAUCACUGUGAGGCAGGGAACUCUGGUUGAGUUGGCUGUCAAAGCCAUUGGAAACCCCCUACCUGACAUCGUCUGGCUUAAAAACAGUGACAUCAUCACCCCACAGAAACACCCCCAUAUCAAGAUUGAUGGAACAAAAGGAGAGGCCAAAUUCCAGAUCCCAUCUUCCGCAAGCACAGACAGCGCCUGGUACACUGCUACAGCCAUCAACAAGGCUGGCAGGGACACCACUCGCUGCAGAGUCAAUGUUGAGGUUGACUUUGCUGCUCCUCAAGCUGAGAGGAAGCUCAUUAUUACAAAAGGAACGUACAAAGCUAAAGACAUCGCUGCUCCAGAGUUGGAGCCCCUUCAUCAGCGAUACGGUCAAGAGCAGUGGGAGGAUGGUGACCUUUAUGACAAAGAGAAGCAGCAGAAACCAAUGUUCAAGAAGAAGCUGACCUCUAUCAGAAUGAAGCGCAUUGGUCCCGCUCAUUUUGAGUGCAGACUGACUCCCAUUGGUGACCCAUCCAUGGUGGUGGAGUGGCUGCAUGACGGCAAACCCCUGGCAGCUGCUAACAGACUGCGCAUGGUCAAUGAGUUUGGUUACUGCAGUCUCGACUAUGAGGUUGCUUAUGCUAGAGACAGUGGUGUCAUCACCUGCAGAGCCACAAACAAGUUUGGAGUCGACCAGACCUCGGCCACUCUGAUUGUCAAGGAUGAGAAGGGCCUUGUGGAGGAAUCCCAGCUUCCUGAAGGCAGGAGGGCACCGCACAGAAUGGACGAGAUUGAGCGCAUGGCUCACGAGGGAGGACCUACAGGAGUCAGCACUGACGAUGAAUAUGAGAAGACAAAACCUGAUAUUGUCCUUGUUCCCGAACCAGCCAGAGUAUUGGAAGGCGACAUUGCCAGAUUCCGUUGCAGAGUGACUGGCUAUCCAGCCCCUAAGGUUAACUGGUACCUCAACGGACAACUUAUCCGCAAAAGCAAGAGAUACAGACUUCGCUAUGAUGGUAUUUACUACUUGGAGAUUGUUGACAUCAAGUCUUAUGACUCUGGAGAGGUCAGGAUCGUUGCAGACAAUCCUCUAGGUACAACUGAGCACACUGUGAAGCUGGAGAUCCAGCAGAAGGAGGACUUCAGAUCUGUACUGCGACGUGCUCCAGAGUCCAAGGCCGCAGAAGCCUCACAUGAAGGUGGCAGGACCGGAUUCGAUGUUGUGAAAGUAGACCGACCUGUCGAAACUGCACAAGACAGGGAAGUUGUUAAACUACGUAAGACACAGAGAGUUGUUCACGAGAAAACCUCAGAGGAGACAGACGAACUGAAGAGCAAGUUCAAACGUAGGACAGAGGAGGGCUUCUACGAGUCCAUCUCUGCUGUAGAGUUCAAGUCUCGCAAGAGAGACGACUCAUAUGAGGAUCUCCUGAAGAAGACCAAGGAUGACUUGCUUCAUCACUUGAAGGAGAAAGAAGAAGCUGAGAGGAGGAGGUUGGAGGAAGAGGGCCAAGUCACCAUCCCAACCUUUAAACCCGAAAGGGUCCAGCUGUCCCCCAGCAUGGAAGCACCCAAGAUCUUUGAGCGCAUCGCUAGCAAGACAGUUGCUCCAGGGGAUGAGGUUCAUUUCCGCGUCAGAGUCGUCGGCAGACCAGAACCUGAGUGCCAGUGGUUCAAGAACGGCAUUCUGGUGGAGAAAUCUGACCGUAUUUACUGGUACUGGCCUGAGGAUCAAGUGUGUGAGCUGGUGAUCAGAGAUGUCACUGCGGAGGAUUCUGCCAGCAUCAUGGUGAAAGCCAUGAAUGUCGCUGGUGAGGCCUCAAGCCAUGCCUUCCUGCUGGUGCAAGCCAAGGCAGCGAUCAGCUUCACCCAAAACCUGGAGGAUGCUAGUGCGAACGAGAAGGACACCAUGGUGACCUUUGAGUGUGAAACCAACGAGCCUUUCGUCAAAGUGAAAUGGCUGAAGAACAACAUGGAGAUCUUCUCUGGAGACAAAUACAGAAUGCACUCAGACAGAAAGGUCCACUUCUUGUCUGUGCUCGUCAUUGAAAUGAAGGACGAUGCUGAGUACAGUUGUGUGGUUAUAGAAGAUGAGAGCAUCAGGACCACAGCAAGGCUCCAUGUUGAAGGUGCUGCCCUGGAGCUCAUAAAGCACAUGGAGAACAUCGAGGUGCCAGAGACCUACGCUGGAGAGUUUGAGGUGGAGCUGUCUCGUGAGGAUGUUGAGGGCAGCUGGUUCUUUGGAGACAAGGAGCUCUCUCCCAGCAAUAAAUACAUCAUGUCCUCCCGACGUGGACGACACACCCUGUCCAUCAAGGAUGUCAGGAAAACAGACCAGGGGAAAUAUACCUUUGUAUGUGGAGAUCUGAAGACGAACGCCUCAUUGAAGAUGAAGUUGCGCCCGGUGACCCUGAUGCAGCCCCUGACCGACAUCACAGUUUGCGAGGGGGACAUUGCUCAGCUGGAGGUCCGGUUCUCCCAGGAGAAUGUCGAGGGAACCUGGAUGAAGAGCGGCCAGGCCAUCACUGCUUCGGACCGCGUCCACAUCGUGAUCGACAAGCUUGUUCAUAAGCUACUGCUCGAGAACGUCAGCAGAGACGAUGCUGCUUCUUACUCUUUUGUGGUUCCUGCCCAGGACAUCUCCACCUCCGGCAAACUCAGUGUUCAGACUAUUGACAUUGUGGUGCCACUGAAGGACCUGUCCUCCAUCGAGGGAACAAAGGCCGUUCUCGAGGCUAAGAUCUCCGCUCAGGACAUCAGCUCUGUCAAAUGGUACCACAACGACAAACUGCUUGUGGCCUCUGACAGAAUCCAGAUGGUGGCAAAGGGAGCCAAGCAGCGUCUGGUCUUCAGCAGGACCUUUGCCUCCGAUGAAGGACGCUACAAACUGGUGGUCGGCAAGGUCGACACCAGCUGCAGCCUCAGUGUCGAAAAGGUCCACAUUGUGAAGCACAUGGAGGACAAAGUGUGCUCCGAGUCCCAGAACGUCACAUUUAAUGUGGAAGUGUCUCACCCUGGCAUUGACCCAGUCUGGACCUUUAGGAGCCAGCAGCUCAAACCUGGACCCAAAUACAAGAUGGAGUCCAAAGGCAAGGCUCAUUCUCUGACUGUCAGCGACGCCAUGAAGGACGAGGAAGGCCAGUACAUGUUCCACGCCGGAGAAAAGACAUCCAGUGCCAAGCUCACCGUCUCUGGUGGAGCCAUCACACGCCCCCUGCAGGACGUAACUGUGGCCGAGUCACAGACAGCCGAGUUCGAGUGUGAAGUGGCCAACGCCAAUGCUGAGGGCCGAUGGCUGAAGGAGGGUCAGGCUGUGGACUUCAAUGAGAACGUGGUGAGCGAGGUGAACGGCGCUGUCAGACGCCUCAUCAUCGUCAUUACCAGACCUCAGGACGUCGGAGAGUACACCUACCAGGUGGCCAACUCAAAAACCGCAGCCAACCUCAGGGUUGAGGCUGUGAAGAUCAAGAAGACUCUGAGGAACCAGACAGUGACGGAGACCCAGGAGGCUGUGUUCACGCUGGAGCUCACCCAUACCGACGUGAAAGGAUCCCAGUGGAUCAAGAACGGCGUGGAGCUGCAGAACAGCGACAAGUACGAGAUCACCUCUGAAGGCAUGGUGCAAACGCUGAAGGUGAAAAACUGCAACACACAGGACGAGUCUGUUUACUCCUACAAACUGGGGAAACUGUCGGCCAACGCCAGGCUGAACGUGGAGACCAUCAAAAUCGUGAAGAAGAUAAAGGACAUGACGUCACUGCUGGACGGCACCGUCUCCUUCGAGAUGAGCCUGUCGCACGACAACAUCCCUGUCAGGUGGAUGUUUAACGGCGUGGAGCUCAAGUCGAGCGAGAAGUGUAAAAUUCUGUCUGAGCGGAAAGCUCACAAACUGAUCCUGCAGAACGUCGACAGCAGCAACGGGGGAGAGUACACCGCCGUGGUCGGACACCUGCAGUGCAGCGCCGCGCUCACUGUGGAGGCUCUGCAUGUCACCAAACCCCUGAAGAGUGUGGAGGUCCCAGAGACUCAGGUGGCCACGUUCGAGUGUGAAGUGUCUCACUUCAACGUGCCGUCCACCUGGCUAAAAGACGGCGUGGAGAUCGAGAUGAGCGAGAAGUUCAGGAUCGUGGUUCAAGGGAAACUCCACCAGCUGAAGAUCAUGAACACCAGCAGGGACGACUCCGCAGAGUACACCUUCGUCUGCGGGAACGACCGAGUGUCCGCUACGCUAACAGUUAGCCCCGUCCUCAUCACGUCCAUGCUGAAGGACCUGAACGCUCAGGAGAGAGACACCAUCACCUUUGAGGUCACCGUGAACCACGAGGGGAUCACCUACAAGUGGCUGAAGAACGGCGUGGAGGUGAAGUCUUCGGAGAGGUGUCAGGUCCGCAGCCGGCAGCUCACACACUCCCUCACCAUCCGGAACGUUCACUUCGGAGACGGAGGAGAGUACCAGUUUGUGGCCGGGUCUGCCGCCACCACUGCCAACCUGUUUGUGGAAGCUCGUCUUAUCGAAUUCACAAAGAAAAUCAAAGACAUAAAGAUCACGGAGAAGAAGAAGGCGAUCUUUGAGUGUGAAGUUUCUGAGCCCAACAUUCAGGUCAUGUGGAUGAAAGACGGGCAGGAGCUCGACAUGACGCAGGAAAGGUUCACCGUGACAGCAGAGAAGUACGUCCACCGUCUGAUGAUCCAGACGGUUCGGAUGUCUGACGCUGGAGAAUAUUCCGUUGUCGCUGGAUCGAGCGUCUCCAAGGCUCAGCUGAUCGUCGAGGGUCGAGACAUCCGGAUCUCGGAGCCUGCAGAGCGCGAAAUCACCGUUCUGGAGCGCCACAGAGCAACGUUCGAGUUUGAGGUGAAUGAGGACGAUGUGGAGGGUCGCUGGCUGAGGAACGGGGCGGAGAUCCAGUUCUCGGUGGAGGAGAGGUUCAACUACGCCACCAUCAGGAAGCUGCACCGCCUCACCAUCUCUGAGACAUACAGGAGCGACGCCGGCGAGUACACCUUCAUCGCCGGCAAGAACAGGAGCAUCAUGCACCUCCGAGUCAACCUCCCCGAGCCUCCUCAGAUCCUCCGUCACAUGGAGCCUCAGUCCGUGGAGGCAGGUAAACCUGCUCGCUUCUCCGUGCAGGUGAGCGGCCUUCCUCAGCCACAAGUGUUCUGGUACAAAAACUCCCAGGCUCUGUCCCCGGGCUUCAAGUGCAAGUUCCUUCACGACGGCAAUGAGCACUCGCUGCUGCUGAUCGAAGUCUUCCCUGAGGACGCCGCCGUCUACAACUGCGAGGCCAAGAACGAGUACGGCACCGCCACGAGCACCGCCACGCUCAACGUGGAAGUGUCGGAGGUGGUGUCUCCGGACUCGGCUGCCACCGUCGCUCCUCCCGUUGUCAUCUCACCGAUCACCAGUACCUCUGCCCGCGAGGGAGAACCGGCUCGCUUCCAGUGCAGAGUCCGCGGAGACGACGUGAAGAUCAGCUGGUUCCACAGAGAGAAGGAGAUCAAGCAGUCAGACUUCUUCAGGAUGUCUCAGUUUGACGACAGCUGCCAGCUGGAGAUCUCCAGAGUUUACCCUGAAGACGAGGGCGAGUACACCUGCGUCGCCAUGAACAACGCCGGCACUGCUACCUGCUCUGCCACUCUCACACUGGACGUGACUCACGUGAGGGAGCACAUUGAAGCCAAGAUUGAGCAAGAAGUCAAAGAACAUUCUAGCACCACCGUCACCACUGUGGAGGAACAAGAGGAAACCUACUACACUGGUGUCCAGUUACCACAGAAAACUAAAACACUUGAACUCAAGCCAGAGACCAAGCGUUACACCUCUGCUUUAGAGAAGAAAAAAGAAAAGCCAGUUUUCCUCAGCCAGCUUUCCCCAGCAGCUGUAACCGCUGGGGAAACAGCUCGGUUUACAGUCAAAGUGUCCGGCUUACCGAAGCCGACCGUUCGGUGGUCUCACAAUGGAAGAGUGAUAAAGAGCUCCUCUGUAUACAAGCUGAUAGAGGAGAAGGAGGAGUACACAUUAGUAAUCACCAGGGUCACAUCUGAGUACGAAGGCGAAUAUUCUUGCACCGCUACCAACAGAUUUGGCCAGACAACAUGCACCACGUACCUCGAGGUUAAAAAGACUGACAUAAGCCAGGCAGAGAAAUGGGUAGAGAAGAUGUUUAAGGUCACAGGCCAACCUCCUACGUUCACAGUUCAGAUCCAGCCUGUGAGAUGCUCGGAAGGAGGAGAGGUUUCUUUUAAUUACAAAGCAAGUGGGGAUCCAGCCCCUGAUCUGAAGUGGUUCAAGGGCACAUUUCAAAUCCAGCCCAGCAGAAACUGUAUUAUUGUAGCCAACCCAGACGGAUCUGGCUUCAUCAAUAUUAAGAACAUCAAACAGGAAGACAGCGGCCUGUAUACAUGCAAGGCCUCAAACCAGUUUGGGGAGGCAUCUUGUAGUGCUGAGCUUGUUGUGUUCAAAGAAUCGGUUUCUCGCAAACAGGAACAGCUGACUGUGAUUCAGAAGAAAGGAUAUAAGGUGUCAAUGACUGAACAGGCAACAGAGUCUCGCUUGUACCAGGUCAGCCUGCCGGGUCAGGACAGGGCUAGGACCGAUCAGAUGGUUUAUACCAUCGGCACUGAGGACCGGCAGAUAAUUCCCAGUGAGCAGGUCGGCUCCCUGAGAGAACUAGAUAUCUCUGCUGCCACUAUUCAACGUGAGCAGGUGACCCACCAGGCAGCAGUGCUUCAGUCUCAUGAGAUAGAGGAAAGGGUGUCCGUGGUUCCUACACGCCCACCUCAGGUUUCAGCUGUUCCUGCAAAACAGCUUCACAUGGCAACAUUUACGUCAUCUGUCGAAGAGAGUCAGGACCUCACAGAGCAGCACUGUGAUCGCAUUCAGAGCCCUGAGAUCAUUGAGCUUCAGUUAGCUAGAGAAAAGAGGUCAAAGAUGAUGUCAGCUGUUGCUGAGGAGCUCACCCCACUUUCAACUGUCAGCACAGAGCCUCUGGCUGACAGAAAGCCUGCUACUGUUAGGCCCUCUUCAGAACCUAAACAACUUGUCAGUGGGCAUCAAGUCGAGUCCCAAUUGUCCAUCCUUAAAGAGCAGUCUCACGAUAUCCCCAAACCACAGGAUGAGAAAGGUUACAAAGUUAAGGAAGGUGUUAAGAUUUUAUACUCAGCCCAGUCCUCAGAGAAUCGUGUGCUUGCAGAGGGUCACACAAGUGAACUGGCAACAGCAGAUUCUGCUAUGAAGUCUUCCAUUGGGAAGGAAAAACACCAACCUGUCUUGGCCUCGGUCAGUGAGUCAAAACAUACUUUUUCUAAGGAGACUAAGUUUUCCAUGCAGAGGCCUUCUGAGGAAAUAGCCCAACUCUGUAAGGAUAAAAUCAAAAAGGUAGCUCUAACUGCUGAAGAAAAGCAAAUACUGCAGGCUGAGCCCAGUCAGCAGCUUCAAAGUCUGGACAGUGCAAUGUCCAUUCAGUCACAGGUAGAGGGAGAGCAGUUGUUGCAUUUGCAGGUUAUCACAGAGCAGGAUCUCCUUCCAUCAGAAAAAAGCUUCACCUGUGAGAAACCUGCACCAGAGCAGGCAGGAGCCAGGAAGAGUCCCACCUUGCUACAUACAGUUAGCCAGGAUGAGCAGAGGACAGUAGUUUAUGAGGACACAUCAGAAUUUGAAUCCAAGGCUAGCACCAUGACCAUCCAACCCCAGAAAGAGGCCCCUACUUUGCUGCACCUACAGUCAACCCAUCCUGUGGAGGCACUACCCAAAGAGGGUAUUCUCAUAAUUGAGAAGCCUGACCAGCAGGUGGCAGCACAGAAAAAGGAAAAGACUAGAAGUCAUGCAGCAAUCUCAGAAGAGAGAAGGGAGCUCACAGCAGAUUAUCACACAGAGCUGGAUUUGGCUGUGACUGGUAUUCAGUCUCAGCUUAGAACAGAACCAAGACCUCAAAACAUCCUCCAGCUCUCCUUCCAGCCAAUGCAGCUGCCGAAGGAGACACCAGUUACCACUGAUGUCAAGCAGCAGCGAGCUCUGGUGCAGAAGGAAGAUCGUUUAAAUGUGUUGCAGGUCACCACAGUGGCAGACAGUCCAGUCUUAGAUGCUGGACACACUGAUAAUCUUACAGAUGUCGAGCAAUUCACCUGCAAGACAGUUGAAGAGCCAAAAGUUCCCACUGAGCCAAUUCAGAUUGAAGAGAAGGAGAUCUCCACUGAGAGUAGUGUCCUUCUAGAGGCAGCACAACAGGACUUUGCUGUUCAGAUUCAGGAAGGUCAGUCAGUUAGGCAGUCGAUAGUGAUGGACGAGAAGCGGGUUUUGAUGGGUGAGCUGUCUCAGGAGAUUAGCAAGUCAGAGUCCACUAAAGUUGCCGUCAGCACACAGCCAAAACUCUCCCUUAUGGUGUCAGAAUCAAAAGACAGCACAACUCUUCCCAAAGAGAUGACGUUUGUUAUUCAGAUCCCUAAGCCAUCCAGUCUGAAUAUACGGCGUCAGCUCAGAGACGCUCUUCAAUCUGCUGUGGCUAGCGACCAGCCAGUAUUGUUGGCUGACGUCUUGGGAAAGUUACAGACUGUAGAAGUACAGGAGGUCAAGGUUCAAAGAGAACCCAAGCGGGCAAUGUUUACAUACCUGAUCACAACAACAGGUGCCCCCAUGGAGAUCACUUUGACUUUUGAGGGUCACUAUCCCCAGACAGCUGACCUCAGGACUGAACUCCAGGCAGCUUUCCACUCCAUAGUGUACCAGGAAGCCCAUGUUCUUACAUCAGAUCAGCCAGGCACUAUGCAGCUGGACAAACCUCAAAGGGCGCAGGUUGCCGCAGCCCGUUCUAAGCAAAUGCUAUCAUCAAUGGUAGAAACAGUGAGUGUGACAGAGAGUGCAAUGGAUUUCACUGCUGUUAAAUCUCAAGCUGCUGCACUUAAGACUGAGUCCAAAAUGACAGUUGAAUGUGCUUCUGCUGAGCAAAAUAUUGUGAUGCAGGAAUCAAAGGUAGCUAAGAUGGAACAGUCCAUCUCAUCCCAGAUCAAAAUGACCACUGAGGCUCACAUGGCUUUUGAGCAGUCAGUGCAGGUGUCAAAACAGGAAGUGAGGUCAGUAACAAUGAAAAGCCAUGAAAGGGAUGUAGGAGCAGCUGUUGUUCCCACAGCCCUUCCUCCCACUGCUGUUCCAACCGAGCAGGUGGUGGAUGUAAGCAUCCAAAUGGAGCACAGGGAGGAGAUCUUCAAAGAGGAGAUCACAAUAUCUAGGUCAGAGCAGAGGGAAUACCCUGAAGUUAUAACCUCCCUCGAAGACUUCUCCAUCGAGGAGGAUAGCAAAGUAACCUUUAGCACCACCAUUAAGUACGUCACAAAGGUAAACUGGUUUUUCAAUGGGCAAUUGGUGAAAUCUGGCAAGGAGUUCAAGUGUUCCAAAGACCACGACACUUACACAUUGGUUAUCAACAAAGUUGUCAAGGAGAGGCACCAAGGAGAAUAUGUUUGUGAGGCUGAGAAUGAGACUGGCAGGACUACAACAUCUUCAAGGCUCACUGUGGUCUCAAGAGUGCCACCUGUCUUCAGCCAGAAGAUCACACCUCUGGAGAUCAACGUCGGCAACCAAGCCAAGUUCGAAUGUGAAAUCCAGGAUGCUCCGACUGUGACCUUCAAAUGGUACAAGUCAGGCAUUGAGAUCAGACAGAGUGAGAAGUACAGGAUCCUCAGCCGCCACAUUGGUUCCUCUCUGGAGCUUCUGAACCCAGUCAAAGCUGACAGCGGGGAAUACACCUGCAAGGCUUCAAACCAGCACGGCACUGACAGCUGCACUGCCUCUCUCAUUGUAACUGAAAUAUACCCACCAGUAUUUGUUUCAAAACCAGACCCAAUGACUUUGUAUGUGGGAAAACAAGCUGUGUUCCAGUGCUCUCUUACUGGAUCAACACCCAUGGAAGUUGUCUGGCACAAGGACAACAUAGCAAUCUCCUCGGAAGGGAACUAUGUCAUGAAAUGUGAAAAGAACAAGUAUUCUCUGCACAUUAAAAGUCUUGAGCUGACUGAUCAGGGAGUCUACCUGUGCAAGGCCUCCAACAGCGUUGGCGCUGCUACCUUUACCACAGAGCUCAAUGUCAUCAACAAGCCAAGCUUCGUUAAGACCAUUGAGCCUGUGUCAGCAGCUGUCAAUGACCUGCUGAGGCUGGAGUGCCAGGUGGACGAGGACACUGGUGUGACCAUCACCUGGACCAGGGAUGGCAAAAAAGUCCACCAGAGUAUGGAUUGUAAACUGUCCUUUGAGGACAAGGUUGCUGUUGUUGAGAUACCCAAGUCUAAACAGAAGGACUCUGGGAAAUAUGUUUGCACAGCCACGAAUGAGGCUGGAAGCUCAUCCUGUGAGGCUGUGGUAACAGUUCAAGAGCCUCCUACCUUUGUCAAGAAAAUGGAGCCAAAGUUUAUUUGGAAACAAGGCAUAUCUGCCCGCUUACAGUGCACUGUUAAAGGAUCACCCGAACUUCGUAUCCACUGGUUCUGGAAUGAGAGAGAGCUUAGCGAUGGAGACAAAUACAAAAUCUCUUUCAAGAAUGGAGUAGCUACUCUGGAAAUAAUUAACACUUUGGUAACAGACAGUGGGAGCUACACCUGCGAAGUGUCAAACAAUGCAGGCAGCGAGAGUUGCAACACACUUAUAGCCGUUAAAGAGCCCCCGGCCAUUAGGAAGGAGCUGCUGACAGUAGAGGCAGUGAAGGGAGCAGCAGCUCACCUGGAGUGUGAAAUCACAGGAACAGCUCCCUUUGAAAUCAGCUGGUUGAAAAAUAAGAAAGCCAUCACCAGUGAGCAGAAAUAUAAGAUUAUCUGUCAUGAAUCCUUGGCAAGGCUGGAGAUCCAGACCUUUGAGAGUACAGACGUUGGAGAUUAUCAGUGUGUCAUAUCUAAUGAUGUGGGCAAAGUCACCUCUAAGGCCCUAGCUAAACUUAAAGAGCCACCAUCUUUCUCGAAGAGAGUCGAGAGUGUUACAGCAGUGUUGGGAAAUACAGUGAAACUACAGGGAACCGUUAAGGGCUCGGCUCCCAUCACUGUUAAGUGGAUGAAAGACUCCGAAAUACUGAGAGAUGAUGAUCAAAACAUCAAGAUGGUGUUUGAGAGCAAUGUUGCUAGCUUGUCGAUAACAACAGUGGCCAUUAAUCACGGUGGCAAAUAUUCCUGUCAAGCUGAGAAUGAGGCCGGCCAACAAAAAUGUGAAGCUACCUUGACUGUGCAAGAGCCGGCACGAAUUGUAGAACCUGCAGAGUCCAUUAGUGUGACUGCAGGGGAUUCAGCCACUUUGGAGUGCACAAUCUGUGGAAGCCCAGACCUCAAAGUGAAGUGGUUUAAAGACGGCAAGGAGAUGAUCAGUGGCCGUAAAUAUAAGAUGACUCUCAAGGACAAUAUUGCCUCCAUGAAGAUUCUUGCAUCAGAAAAAGGAGACACUUCAGAGUACAAGAUGGAGGUGUCCAAUAAAGUUGGGAAAGACCAGUGCACAUGCUCAGUCACUGUCUUAGAUCGGAUAAUGCCUCCAACUUUCACCAAAUCCCUGAAAAGAGUUGAUGGUAACAUUGAUAAUGACGUCUCAAUGGAUUGUAAGGUGUCUGGGUCCCAGCCCAUGAUCAUAUGUUGGUUCAAAGAUGACCAGGAGAUUUUGUCUGGAUCCAAAUUCCAGCCAGAAUUCAAAGACAGCUCUGCUACAUUAAGGAUAAUUCGGCUGGAGAAGGCCGACUCUGGAGUUUACAAAUGCAGAGCCACCAAUUCAGCAGGCUUUAAAGAAACCAGCGGCACACUCUACGUCAAAGAGCCCCCAGUGUUCACAUUCAAACCAGACAAUCAGGAUGUUAUACCUGGAACCACCGUUUCUUUCAAAGCAGCCUUCACUGGAACGGCUCCUUUAGCUGUGAAGUGGUUCAUAGAGGAAAAAGAGAUGACCACUGGAACCACAUGUUUCAUAAAGAAAGAUGCCUCUUCAAGCUCGUUGGAGCUAAACUCUGUGAAACCCAGUGACUCUGCUAAAUACACAUGCCAAGUGUCCAACGAUGCUGGGAAGGUGGAUUGCACCGCAGUCCUCUUUGUAAAAGAACCUCCUGUGUUUGUGAGGAAGCUUGAGGCAACCAAGCUCAUCACCAGUGGUGACUCCGCCAAGCUGGAAUGCAAAGUGACGGGAAGCCCCGUUAUCAGUUUUAAGUGGUUCAAAGAUGAAAUGGAGAUCAAUCCCAGUCCUAAAUACACAAUGGUGUCCACCGACUUAGUUGCAUCUCUGGAUUUAGUCAACUGUACAGUAGAGGAUAGCGGAGAUUAUGUCUGUGUGGCAUCCAGCGAGGCUGGGACUGACCGCUGCAGCAGUACACUUACAGUCAAAGAACCGCCCUUGUUUGUGCGUAGCUUGGAGCCCAAAGAUGUGGUAAAAGGUUCUGAGAUGAUGCUGGAGGGCCAGGUCUCAGGUUCAGCACCUUUCACUGUGUCAAUUUACAAAAACACAAAGCUAAUAAGGAAUGACAAGAGGCACAGGAUCACUGUGAAAGAUGACCUGAUAGCCCUGCAGGUGCUGGCAGUAGAGCCAGGAGAUGUUGGUUUUUACCAGUGUACUGUUGAGAACGAAGUUGGAAAGGCCUCUUGUGAUUGUCAAGUGACAUUAAAAGAACCACCUUUAUUUGUCCGAAAGUUGGAGAACCUCAGUUCUUUGGUUGGCAGCGAGGUUUCUCUGCAGUGCACUCUGAAGGGCUCAGAGCCCAUGACUGUGGCCUGGAUGAAAGACAACCACGAGAUCAAAGAGGCUGAAAACAUUCAGAUCACAUAUGAAAACAUGACUGCUGUGCUGCUCAUUACCAACUUACAGAGCAAACAUGCUGGCAAAUACUCUUGCCAGGCGCAGAAUCAGGCUGGUAGCCAAACAUGCUCUUCUGUGUUGACAGUAAAAGAGCCAGCUAAGAUCACAGAGGAGGCCAAAUCUAUCAGUGUGACUCAGGGAGACCCGGCCAACCUGGAGGCCAGGUUCUCGGGCACAAAGCCAUUGAAGGCAAAAUGGUUAAAGGCCGGCAAAGAGCUGUCCUCAGGCCAGAGAUAUAAAGUACACAGCACAGACACCAGCUCUGUGCUAAAGAUCAACAAAACUGAAAAAAGUGAUAGUGGUGAAUAUGUCUUUGAGGUUUCAAAUGAUGUUGGCCAAAGCUCUUGUGAAGCAACACUCACUAUCCUCGAUCAAAUAAUCCCUCCAUCUUUCACAAGAAAACUGAAGCAAACGGAGGGUAUUAAAGGAUCAUUUGCUCAUUUGGAGUGUCUCGUGUCUGGCUCUCUGCCGAUAACCAUUCAAUGGUACAAAGACGAGAAGGAGAUCCAGACUGAUGAGAAACACAAAUGCACAUUCUUUGAGAAUGUUGCUUUUCUGGAAAUCUCUAAUCUUGACAGUAAAGAUAGCGGCAGCUAUACCUGCAUCGCUAAAAACAAAGCGGGAUCUGUCCAGUGCUCUGGGAUCUUAUUUGUCAAAGAACCACCAUGUAUUAUUGAAAAGCCAGAAUCCAUGAAUGUGCUGCCUGGCUCAAAGGUCCAGUUUAAUGUACUGGUCUCUGGUACAGCACCACUAAAGAUCAAGUGGUUUAAAAACAAGAAAGAGAUUUUAUCGAGUGCUGACUGCUCCGUGAUCAAAGACAACACCUCGAGCACACUGGAGCUCUUUUUUGCCAAAACCUCAGAUUCUGGAGACUACAUCUGUGAAAUACAGAACGAUGUGGGCUCCACGUCGUGUCAGGCAGCACUCUUUGUCAAAGAGCCUCCCAAAUUCACAAGAACCCCCGACCGUGUUUCUGUGGUCCGUCCUGGUCAGAGUAAAUUAUUUGAGUGUCAGGUGACUGGCACACCUGAGAUAGACAUCUACUGGUUUAGGGAGGGGUCUGAGAUCAGCCCGAGUGAUAGAUACAAGAUGGCCUUUGUUAAUUCUGUUGCAACUCUGGAAGUCUGUGGAGCAGAAACUAAAGACAGUGGGCUUUACUACUGCGAGGCUCGCAAUGAGGCUGGAAGUGAGAGCUGCAGCAUGGAGCUCAAAGUCAAAGAACCGCCAUCGUUUGUUAAAGAGCUGGCUCCAGCUGAUGUUGUCAAGGGCUCCAGCGCCUGCUUUGAGUGUCAGGUUGCUGGGACUGGUCCAUUUGAGAUUACAUGGCACAAAGAUGCUAAAGAGAUCAAACCCAGUGCCAAACAUGGCUUCUCCCAAAUGAAUGGCACUUUGGGUCUGGAGGUGCACAAAUGUGACAAGGUAGAUGUCGGUGAAUACCAGUGUACUGUUUCCAACGAGGUGGGAAGCUGUACUUGUAAGACUACAUUAAACCUCAAAGAACCACCAACAUUUACCAAGAGAAUUGAGAAUACUGCCACCGUCCUGGGUAAAAUGGCAGAUUUUAUGUGCGUUGUCAAGGGUUCUCCAACUCUCUCUGUACAAUGGCAAAAAGAUGAGAACUGGAUUUUGGAGGAUUCAAAGAUUGAGAGGACAUUUGAGAAUAAUGUAGCCACUCUCAGGAUUCUGUCCUGUGAGACGACGCAUAGUGGGAAAUACACCUGCCAGGUGGUAAAUGAGGCUGGGCAGGAGAAGUGCUUUGCCACCCUCACAGUGCAAGAGCCCCCUAAGAUCACAGAGAAACCCGAGAUAAUAAAGGUUACUGUCGGAGAUCCCGUCAGUAUGGACUGUAAGGUAACAGGCUCCCCUGAGCUCAAAGUGAAAUGGAUGAAAGAUGGCAAGGAACUUCAGUCCAUCAGGCAGCACAAGCUGACCUUUGAGAACAACAUGAGCAACCUAAAGAUUCAGUCUGUUCAGCGACAGGACGAAGGAGAAUAUGUCUUUGAGGUGGCGAACCACAUCAGUAGCUGCACCUGCAAAGUCAAAGUGAUCGUACUAGAACAAGUAAUUCCCCCAAGCUUCAUCAAACCACUUGUAAACAUGCAAGAGAUAUUGGGCUCAUUUGUUCAGAUCUGUUGCAAAAUAUCUGGCUCCCUCCCCAUAUCGGUGGAAUGGCAGAAAGACGGGACCAAAAUCUCUAGUGGGGUGAAACAUAAACUCAUUCAGCAGGACAAUUCUGUGUCCAUUGAAAUUGAACAGCUAGAGAGAUCUGACGCAGGAUCUUACUCUUGCAAACUGACCAACGCAGCUGGAAGUUGUGAAUCCAGUGGAUCCCUCAUGGUCAAAGAACCUCCCAGCUUUGUAACAGUGCCUGAGUCGCAGGCGGCUGUUCCCAAUGCCACUGUGCGCUUCAAAGGCACAUUUAAGGGAACACCUCCAUUUACGAUCAAAUGGUUCAAGGACGACACCGAGCUCAUGACUGGGCCCAACUGUUUCACGGGUCUGGAUGGGCAGUCUUGCUUCUUAGAGCUCUUUUCAGUGGGUGUCACCCAGAGUGGAGUUUACUCUUGCCAAGUCAGUAAUGAUGCCGGCUCUGUACGCUGCAGUGCAGAUUUGACUGUCAAAGAACCACCUGAAUUUGUGCUGAAACUCCCUGCCACUAAGUUUGUGAGGCAGGGAGAGUCACUCCGUCUGGAGUGCAAAGUCAGUGGCACAACUCCUUUGACAGUGACCUGGUACAAACAUGAAACCAGGGUCACAGACGGGGGCAACUACAAGACAUCAUUUGUUGACUCAGUAGCAGUCCUGGAACUGCACUCCUCGAGCUUUGAUGAUGAUGGAGUGUACACCUGUGAAGCUCAGAAUGAUGCUGGCAGUGUCAGCUGCAGCACCACACUUUCUGUUAAAGAACCGCCAUGUUUUGUCAAAGUACCUCAGCCCAUUGAAGGGCUGAAGGGUAAGGACGUGAGUCUGUACUGCGAGAUGAGCGGUACAGCUCCGUUCCAGAUCACCUGGUUCAAAGACAGGAAACCUCUGAUGGAGAGCAGGAAGUAUAAGAUGGUGAGCGAAGGCAGCUCGGCAACGCUGCAUGUCAUUGGGAUAGAGCCUACGGAUGCCGGCGAAUACGAGUGCAAAGUGUCAAACAGUGUAGGAAGCGAAACCUGCCAGACGUCAGUUAAACUCAGAGAGCCGCCGUCGUUUGUGAAGAAACUGUCAAACAUGACGGUGAUACUGGGAGAGGAGGUGACCCUUGUGGCCACUGUUAAAGGCUCUGAACCCAUUACUGUGUCCUGGGUUCAAGACAAGGAUCACAUUCUCAGGGACGGUGACAACAGGAAAAUCACCUUUGAGAACAACAAGGUCGCUCUUAAAGUGUUUAAGGCUGAUGCAACCACUGCAGGCAAAUACACGUGCCAACUCAGAAACGAUGCUGGGAGUGUGGAGUGUUUCGCUAACUUGACUGUUCUAGAACCUGCAAAGAUCGUGGACAAGCCGGACACCCUGAGUGUGACCGCAGGUGAUAUCGCCGCCCUAGAGGUCAAAGUGUGUGGCACCCCAGAGCUGACACCAAAGUGGUUCAAGGACGGCGUUGAGCUGGCCUCAGGGAGGAAAUACAAAAUCUCCUUUUCUCGGAUGAUCUCCAGCCUGAACGUGCUCUCUGCAGAGAAAGUGGAUUCUGGAGAAUAUACGUUUGAGGUUAUGAACCAGGUCGGAAAGGAUCUGAGUAAAAUCAAUCUCACCGUUCUAGAUAAGAUCAUGCCUCCGAGCUUCUCGAGGAAGUUGAAGGAUUGCAACACGGUUGUAGGAAACGUCGGUGAAAUGGAGUGCAAAGUGUCGGGCUCCCCACCUUUCACCGUCUCAUGGUAUCACGACGGGGAGGAGAUACAGACAGGACCGAAUUACGACAUUUCAUUCAGCGACAACAGCUGCACGCUCAAAGUGCCCACGCUGAAGCUGUCGGACUCUGGAGUGUAUAAAUGUAAAGCUGUCAACAAGGCAGGCUCCAGUGAAACCUCGGCCUCUUUGGUCGUCAAAGAACCUCCGUCCUUUGUGGUGCCUCCUCAGCCCGUGGAGGCCAUGCCUGGCUCCAACGUGACCUUCUCGGCCAUGGUGAAGGGCAGCGCCCCCCUCAAGCUGAAGUGGUUCAGAGGCACAAAGGAGAUUGUGUCUGGACGGAGCUGUAACUUCUCCCUGAAGGAGAACCAGGUUAUUCUGGAGCUGUUCAACGUAGACAGCUCUCAGGCAGGAGAGUACACCUGUCAGAUCAUUAACGAUGCAGGGAAAGAAAACUGCCCUGUUCUCCUCGCCGUCAAAGAGCCCGCGGUGUUCUCCAAGAAGCUGAAGGACGUGUCGGUGGAGAAAGGCAAACCUUUGACUCUGGAGUGCACGUACAGCGGGACUCCUAAAAUCACCGUGAGCUGGUUCAGAGACGGCCAGCAGAUCUUUGCUUCUUAUAAAUACAACAUCACCACGACGGAGAGCUCGUGCCUCCUCGAGUGUCUGAGCACUGACGACAAGGAGGCAGCGGGACGCUACUCCUGUGAGGUGUCUAAUGAUGCUGGACGCGACACGUGUGAGGCCGCCGUGUCCAUCCUCGAGCCACCGUACUUUGUGGAGUCCCUGGAGCCGAUGGAGGUGACGGCGGGAGAUGCUGUGUGUCUGAAGUGUCAGGUGGCGGGCACGCCUGAGAUCAAGGUGUCCUGGUUUAAAGCGGACGGUAAAGUCCGCUCUAGCCCCACCUGUAAGUUAGAGUACUCGAAGGGCGUGGCCUGUCUGAAGCUCAGUAAGGCCACCAAGAGCGACAUCGGAGAGUACACCUGCAAGGCAGAGAACCCCAUAGGCUCCGCUUCCUCCACCUGCAGGCUCAACGUGCUCGAGGCUAAAACUCCUCCGUCCUUCCCAAAGAAGAUCACCAGCCUGCAGCAGACGGAGGGUCUGCCCGUCAGGUUUGAGUGCCGCGUUGCCGGCUCCUCACCCAUCGAGGUGUCCUGGCUGAGAGACGGCGAGCCUGUGAGGGAGGGAGACGAGUUCUCCAUGACAUACGACGACAACACGGCCGUGCUGCAGAUCGGCAGCGGGGAGAUGAGGCACUCCGGAGAGUACACGUGUGUCGCCACCAACAGCGUGGGCUCCGCCUCCUGCAGGGCCAAACUCACUCUGCAAGAACCACGAUACCCCCCAGUCUUUGACAGGAAGUUGUCACCACAGGAGGUGACGGUGGGCGACAGCAUUGAGCUGGAGUGUCACAUGAGUGGCUCCGCCCCCAUUAAAGUCACAUGGUCCAAAGACCAUAAAGAUAUCCGCUCAGGGGGAAAUUAUAAGAUGAGCUGUGUGGAGGACACGCCCCACCUGACCAUAGUGAAGGCCGAUAAAGGCGACACGGGCAGGUACUUCUGUCACGUGUCUAACGACGUGGGGAAGGACUCGUGUUCCUCUGACAUCACGGUCAAAGAGCGUAAAAACCCUCCCGUGUUCACUAAAAAGCCCUCCGAGAACAUCGAGGACUUGGAGGGUAAGCUGGUGAAGAUCGAGGGCCGCGUGUCGGGCUCUCAGCCCAUCUCAGUGAGCUGGUUCAGAGAGAACACGGAGAUCCACAGCUCCAACAAAUACGACGUCAGCUUAAAGAGUAACGUGGCCGUGCUGUGCAUUAAGAGCAGCCAGGUGACCGACAGCGGCAGGUACUCCUGCCAGGCUUCAAACGAGGCGGGACGCGCCUCCUGUGACUUCAGCGUGGGGAUCUCAGAGGCGAAGAAGCCUCCGGUGUUCGACGUCCCGCUCAAACCGCUGACCGUGGACGAGGGUGACAAGCUUAGCCUCAGGUGUCACGUCUGCGGCUCUGCUCCUCUGAAGAUCCAGUGGAUGAAGGACAGGAAGGACCUGAUGUCCGGCGGCAGCACCAGUAUCAGCUUCUGUGACGGCACGGCCUGUCUGGAAAUAAACUCUGCAUCCAAACACGACGCCGGAGAUUACCUGUGCAAGGCCAGCAACGAGGCGGGCAACGAGUUCUGCAAGGCCAAAGUGACGGUCAAAGAGAAACCAGGAGCGGCGCCGCCUUCGUCUGAAGCUCCAGCUGCUGUGCCGACGAAAAAACUGGACAACCUGUUCUUCAUCGAGGAGCCCAAGACCACACACGUCACAGAGAAGGGAACCGCCACGUUCAUCGCCAAAGUGGGCGGUGACCCGAUCCCCAGUGUGAAGUGGAUGAAGGGUAAGUGGAGGCAGAUCACACACGCCGGCCGGAUCUCCAUGGAGCAGAAGGGCCAGGAGGCCAAACUGGAGAUCAGAGAGGUGACCAAGUCCGACUCGGGUCAGUACAGGUGCGUCGCCUCCAACAAGCAUGGAGAGAUUGAGUGCAGCGCCGAUAUGCACGUGGACGAGAAGAAAGGGGCGGCGCUGCUGGAGGGAGACCUCAGGGCUAAACUGAAGAAGACACCAUCGAAGCAGAAGAGUCCACAGGAAGAGAAGGACAUCGACAUCGUGGAGCUGCUGAGGAACGUGGACCCCAAAGAGUAUGAGAAAUACGCCCGGAUGUACGGCAUCACGGACUACAGAGGCCUGCUGCAGGCCAUCGAGCAGCUGAAGAAGGAGAAGGCGGAAGAAAGUGGAAGACCGGAACUUGAACGUGGUGACAGAGAGUCCGAUGAGGACAUGGCCCGACUGGUGGCCGACCUGCAGAAGAGGAUGGAGCGCACAGAGCCUGUCACCGUGGUGAAGGACAUAUCCGAUCAGUCCGUCUUCACCAACAAGGAGGCUGUGUUUGAGUGUGAGGUCAAGAUCAACUACCCAGAGAUCACCCUGUCUUGGUACAAGGGAACACAGAAACUGGACAACAACGACAAGUACGACAUCAGCAUCAGUGGCGACCGCCACCUGCUCAAGAUCAAGAAGUGUCAGGCGUCCGACCAGGGAAACUACAGGGUGGUCUGUGGGCCUCACAUCUCCAGCGCCAAGCUCACCGUCAUGGAGCCUGAGGUUGAAAAGCAUCUGCAGGACACAUCGGGUAAGGAAGGCCAGUCGUGCACUCUUUCUUGUCAGUUGUCCAUCCCUAACGUAGAUGCUCAGUGGUUUAAAAAUGGCAAGCAGUUAGAGAUGAAGGGCAGGUUCACGUCCGAGGUGAAACACAAGGUUCAGAAGCUUCUGAUCAGAGACCUGAAGCCUGAAGACCAGGGCAGAUACGCCUGCAGGUACCAACACCUGGAGUCCUCGGCCGACCUCUGGGUCGAAGCUGAACAAAUUCAUUUCACCAAACGCAUCCACAACAUCGAAGUCAACGAGCGCCAGUCGGCCACCUUUGAGUGCGAGGUGUCCUUCGACAACGCAAUCGUGUCGUGGUACAAAGACACCUGGGAACUGAGAGAGAGCCCUAAGUACAACUUCACAAGCGAGGGCCGAAGACAUUUCAUGGUUAUCCGAAACGUGUCCAUUGAAGACGAAGGCGUGUACUCAGUGAUUGUGAGGUUGGAGCCCAGAGGAGAGGCUAAGAGCACUGCUGAGCUUUAUUUGUCUGGCAAAGAAAUUGAAUUAGCAAUGGUGCCAUUUGAUAUCCCAGACUCCUCAGUUCAGAGGCCUGAAGUGCCUUCGUCUGUGGCAAUUCAAGAAGAAUCUGCUGAAUUCUAUCAGUACGAAGAAGAGAUCGAACAGAGAGAAUCUGCUGAAUAUUCCUAUCAAUACGAAGAAGAGGUGGAGGUGGAGCAGAGAGUCGAGUAUCAGAGCUGGACCGAAGAGACGGUAACACAGCAGGUGUCCACGACCAAAGCUGCCAGAGUCGCCGUCGAGGAGACAGUUGAGACGAAGAAGGUUGAAAUGAGACAGGAAGUCCCAACCAAAGUUCCUAAAGCCGAGAAGAAGCCCGAAGAGAAGCCACCAGCAGCUGUGAAAGCGCCGUCUCCACCCAAAGUGCCGGAGGCCAAGAAGCCGGUGGAGGAAAAGGUUCCUGUAGUUUCAGUCCCAGAGAAGAAGGUUCCUGCUCCUAAAGAACCAGAGGAGGUUAAGAAGCCUGCUGCUCCCUCUCUGCCUGCUGAGAAGCCUGGAGUGCCAAAGAAAGAUGCGGCUAAACCUCAGGUACCGGCUGAGCCCAAAAAAGUGGCGCCUGCAGCUAAGCCUGAGCCUGAACCCAAACCAAAAAUUAAAGCAGAGCCUGAGCCAAAGCCGAAGCCUGCACCGGCUCCCAAAGCAGAACCAGAAGCCAAAUCUGCAGCCAAGGUCGAGCCCAAGUCUGAAGACAAACCGGUGCCAGUAAAGAAGCCGGCAACGCCCCCAUCCAAAGUCCCAGAAGAGGCUGAAAAUACAGAUCUGGCAAAGAUCAAGCCUCAGGUGGGAGCAAAGCCAGAACCAGAAGCCCAAAAAGUGAGACCAGAACCUGAAAAACCAAAACCAGAAGUCCGUAAACCUGUGCCUCCAAUAAAGAAGCCAGAACAAAAACCAGAACCUGCAGUGGUACCUAAACCAGAACCUGCAAUGGUACCUAAACCAGAACCUGCAGUGGUACCCAAACCAGAACCUGCAGUGGUACCUAAACCAGAACCUGCAGUGAAAAAAGCUGAACCUGAAGUCAAAGUCCCAAAACCAGAACCUCCGAAGCCCAAACCGGAGAUAAAGCCUGAACCCAAGGAGCCGAAGAAAAAAGCUCCAGUGGAAGAAAAACCACCUGAGCCUCCUAAAGCAGCCCAGAAACCAGAACCUGAGCCCACCAAGAAAGAGACAGCUUUGAAGCCCAAACCUAAACUGUUACCUGAAGAGGUGCCUGAUACAGAACCUCUGAGGAGGUUUGAUGAUGUAGUUGUGUCAGAGCCUGAACCUGAGAGGCUGCCUGAUAAAAUACCUGAAACAGUACCUGAUAGACGGCCUCCAGAGAAAGCUGAGGUGAAGGAAAGGACCCCUGAGAAGGUCCAAGAAAAGGUACUGGUACCUGAGAUAAAAUUGGAAGAGAUUCCAAAGAUGGUGCCAGAAAAAGUGCUACAGAAAAUAUCAGAAAAACCACCGGAGCAAAAAGCUUCUGAGAAGGCUCCACCCGAGAAGAAGCCUUCAAAGGUUCCCCAAAAGGUGGCUGAGGAAGAGCGGACUCCUGAGAAGAAGCCUCUUGUAAAGGUUCAGGAAGUCAAACCUGAUAAGGUUUCUAAAAAAACAACCGAAAGGACCUCUGUAGAACAAACAGUGCUAACAAAAGUCCCUGGGAAAACACCUGAGAAGGUGUCGGACGCUAAACCAAAGAUUGAAGAAAGUCUUUGCAAAGAAACGGAGACUGUGGCGAUAGAGAAGAUUCUGCCCAAAGAGGUGGAGCCAGAGAAAAAAGUUCCUGUGAAGGAGAAGGAGCCCACGGCACAGGUCAAAGAAGCGCUGGUAAAGCCAGCUGCUCCACAAGAAGAGAGACGACCACAGGCCGCGGUUAAAGUUCAGGAAGACGCCAAAAGGCCUGAAGAAAGCAAGAAGGUGGAGAAGAAAGUGACUCCACCAGAAGAAUCAAAGCCAGUGUCCAAGCCGCAGCCGACUGUGAAGGCUGAAGAACCGGCCAAGGUGCUUCCACAGGACGAGAAAGCUCCUGAGAAAGAUGAAACCAAGGGACCUGUCCAAGCACCUGGAGGAGUCAAGAAAGAAUUGGUUCUGCCCAAAAAAGGUAAAAUUCUCGUCGAAGAGGAGGGAACAUUUGAGAUUCCCACCUUGAGGAAAACAACCAGAGUCAUUAAGGAAGUGGAAGGGGAGCAGGAGGUUAUAAAGCUGAAGAAGAUCCCCUCGGUCUCACCAAAAGAGGCCAAAGAAGAGGAAAAACCCCAGAAGGUCACCAAGACUACCGUCUUCCAGGUCGAGGAGCUGGUGCACAGAGAAGAGGCUGUCGAGAUGUCAGUCGCCACCAGGAGAACAGUGGAGGAGAGGACGCCUCGAGAGAAAGCAGAACUUGUGAAGAAGCCAGAAAUUGUGCAGGCUAAAGAAGAGGACCAAAAAGAAGCUCCUAAAGAUGCAUGGACCUGCCAGAAACCCACCCGAAAAGAAGAGAAGCCUGAAGAUAAGAUUUCUCUGAAGAAGACUCCCAAGGCGAAGAAGGACGAGGAGCCUGCCCCACCGAGUGCAACCUUGAAGAAAGUCAAGAAACUGCCUUCUGAGGAAGUAGAACCAGAAGUAGUUAAACUAAAACCAUUUGAAAAGUCUGCCAAGCCAGCUGAAGAGCCAGAGAAAGAUAAGAAGGAGAGGCCGGACAGGGAUACUGUGCCUUUCCAAAAGGGUGAGAGGACACCCAGAGAGGUGGAGCCCAAAGAACCUCCAAAGAAACCUGAGAAACCUCCUCCAGAGGUAAAGGAGCCAACAGCCAAGGUGCCAAAACCAGUAGAUAAAAAGACCACUCCACAGAAUGAGCCAGAGGAGGUCAAACCGCCCACCAAGGUGAAGAAAAUCCCAACAAAGGAAGAAGAAAUUGAGUCAGUUAAGCUGAAGCCCUUCAGCAGACCAUCCAAAGAAGCUGCAGAGCCUGAGAAGAAACCAGCAGAGGAGAAGGAGAGGAAGCCGAUCGAUGAACUGCGCCGGCGUCGCAGUCCGGACGAAAAGCUGAAGGAACAAGAGCCAGAAACUAAAGCGAAGAAACCUGAGAUCCCAGAAGUUCCGGAGAAGAAGGAGGAGAAGCCAAAGGAGGUAGAAGCAGUUCCAGUAGAGAAGACAGUACCUCCUGCACCAACACCUGUUAAGAAACCUGAAAAGGUUCCUGAGGAGCCCAAACCUCUGCAGCUGAAGAAGGGAAUCAUACCCAAGGCCAAAGAGGAGAAAGAGGAGGUGGCUCUGAAGCCUUUUGAGAAACUGAAGAAGGUCGAGCUGAAAAAGACACCAUCUCCUAAAGUUGAGAAGCUUAAAGAAGAAGAGAAAGUCCCCGCUGAGAGGAGACCGAGUUUGGAGAAACUCAAAAAGAUUCCUAAAACCAUUUCACCGAGAGAAUCCAUUGAAGCUGUGACUCUCAAAAAGAUCCCGAAGAAGCCAUCCCCAGAGGAGGCCGCAGAACCAGCAAAGCCUGAAAGAAGGGUUCCUAUGGCCAAGGAAGUCUCUCCUGGAGCUGUACAAAUGAAGAAGAUCGCCACCCAGCCAGAGGAGGAGGUGUUUGAAGAGGAGUAUGAAGCAGAAGAGGCAGAGCAGGAGGAAGAGGAGGCCUGGGGUUGGGAGCUAGUCCCCACAGAGGACUGGGAAGGUGAAGCAGAGGAAGGUGCUCUGGAGGUACCAGGGGUGACCAGGAGAGAGGGACAACCAGCUGAAGAAGCAGGAAGAGGCAGAGGUAGAGGACUGAAACCCAAACAAACUCCGUCCCCCGGAGAAGGCAGGGGCCGAGGUCUGAGGCCUGGUGGAAAGGGUCCGUCUCCACCAGAGGAACCCUUUGCAGGAUUCAAGCUCAAAGCCGUCCCCCUGAAGUUCAUCAAGAAGCUUCAGGACAUUGUGUUGAAGGAAGCCGAGUCUAUCGGCUCGUCUGCUGUGUUUGAGUGUGAGGUCUCGCCCUCCACUGCUAUCACUUCCUGGAUGAAAGACGACUGUAAUCUACGCGAGAGUCCCAAGCACAAGUUCACUUCUGACGGCAAAGAUCGCAAGUUAGCCAUUAUUGACGUUCAGCUGUCGGACACCGGUGAAUACACCUGUAUAGCAAAGAAUGCCGGCAAGGAAAUACAAUGCACAGCCAAGCUCAUCGUUGAAGAGCUUCCUGUGAAAUGGAUCAAAGAGCUGGAGGAGGAGACUUCAGUUCUGAAGGGUCAGCCUCUGUACAUGACCUGUGAGCUGAACAAGGAGAGAGAUGUGGUGUGGAAAAGGAACGGCGAGGUCCUGAAGAAGAAGGCCAACAAGAUUCAGAUUAAUAUCAUCGGUAUGCAGCACGCCGUGACCAUCCAGAACACCGCUGAGGAGGAAACUGGUACCUAUACCUGUGAGGUGGCGGGCCAGGAGGACGUCAAGACCACAACGAUUGUCAAGAUCAUUGAAAUCAUUAAGGACUGGAUUGUGAAACCAUUGAGAGACCAGCAUGUGAAACCGAAGGCCACUGCUACAUUUAAAUGCGAGCUCUUCAAGGACACCCCCAACUGGAAGUGGAUGAAGGGAGAGACUGAGGUCACGCCCUCUGACAAGGUGGAGAUCAAGAAGGAAGGGAAGGAGCUGACACUGACCAUCAAGAACUGUCAGCCCGAGGAUGUUGCAGAAUACGCCAUGGAAGUGGAAGGACGUGUCUACACCGCUAAGCUAACGCUAGGAGAGCGGGAGGCUGAGAUCCUGAAGCCCCUGGCCAGCGUUGAGGUGGUUGAGAAGGAAGAUGCCAUGUUUGAGACAGAGAUCUCUGAGGACGAUGUUCCAGGGGAAUGGAAGCUCAAAGGGGAGGUUUUGACCAGAUCCCCGACGUGCGACAUCCUGAUGGAGGGUGCAGUGCGUAAGCUCAUUCUGAAAAGUUGCCAGUUGGACCAGGCUGGAGAAGUGUCCUACCAGGCUCUGAACGCCGUAACCAACGCGAUGCUCAAUGUCAAAGAAAUCGAAAUGGCCUUUGUAGUCCCACUGAAGGACGUGUCUGUGCCUGAAAAGAAACAAGCUAAGUUUGAAUGCACCAUCACGAAGGAUGUCUCUAAGGUCAUGUGGUUCAGGGGGGAUGACAUCAUCACCCCUGACCAAAAGUAUGACAUCAUCGAUGAUGGAAAGAAGCAUAUGCUGAUAAUAAACUGCUGUGAGUUUGAUGACGAGGAUGAAUACACGAUUGGGGUUUUGGACAAAACCUCAACAGCGAGACUCGCGGUGGAGGGUAUCAGGCUCAAAUUCAUUUCACCGCUAAAGGACCAAACUGUGAAGGAAGGCAACAUGGCUCGCUUCGAGCUGGAGCUCUCUCAUGAGAACAUUCCCGUCACCUGGUAUAAAAACGAUGUGAAAAUCCAUCCGAGCAGAACAGUGCUCACUCAUGUGGAUGGAAAGAGACACGUGCUAGAAAUAAAGGAAGUGACUCUGGAUGAUAUCUGCCAAAUUAAGGCUGAGGCCAAAGGAAUUCCUUCCAUGGCCAACCUGACGGUCAUAGAGGGAGAUGCUUACUUCACAGUCAAGCUGCAGGACUACACUGCAGUGGAGAAAGACGAGGUGGUUCUCGAGUGCGAGCUCAGCAAAGACGUCGAUGUCAUGUGGUACCACAAUGAGGCCGAGGUCAAGCCCUCUAAGAUGGUGGCCAUUAAGGCUGAGGGCAAACGUAGAACUCUCAUCAUCAAGAAAGUUGGCGACAAAGACAAAGGACAGUACUUAUGUGACUGUGGAACUGACAAAACAUCAGCAACGCUCCACAUUGAAGCUCGCCACAUCAAGGUGGUUCGGCCAUUGUAUGGCAUUGAGGUGUUUGACGGAGAGACGGCUCGAUUUGAGGUCGAGCUCAGUGAAGACGACGUCCACGGCCAGUGGAAGCUGAACGGAGAAGUCCUCAGUCCAUCUGCCGACGUUGAGAUCGUGGAAGAUGGCGCCAAACACACUUUGGUUUUGUACAACUGCAAAGUGCCUCAAACAGGCGAGCUGGCGUUUACCGCCGCUAACGCCAAGUGUUCGGCCAACCUGAAAGUGAAGGAGCCACCCGUGUCUUUCAUUACGCCACUGGCUGACCAGCAUGUUUACGAAAAGGACGAGGCGAGGUUUGAGCUGGAAAUUUCUAGAGAACCCAAAAGCUUCCGUUGGCUGAAAGGAUCACAGGAGCUAUCAAACGAUGACAAGUUUGACCUCCAGGUAGAAGGGAAGAAGCACAUUCUAAUUAUAAAAUCUGCCAAAUAUGAGGACGAGGCCAAAUACAUGUUUGAGGCUGAGGACAAAAGGACCUCUGGGAAGUUGAUCAUCAAAGGUAUUCGGCUCGAAUUUAUCAAGCCGAUUAAAGACGUGACGGUGAAGGAGCGUGAAACCGCAGAGUUCAGCGUUGAACUCUCUCAUGAAAAGAUCCCGGUGGUCUGGUACAAAAACGACGUCCGGCUGCACCCCAGCAAGGUGGUGCACAUGUCCGAGGCCGGCAAAGUCCACACGCUGGCCUUCAAGGAGGUCAGCAUCGACGACACGUCCAUGAUCAAAGUGGAGGCCGUGAGCAAGACUUCAGAGGCCAUGCUCACUGUGCUCGAGGGCGACCUGUACUUCACAGUGAAGCUACAGAACUACACCGCCGUCGAGAAAGACGAGGUGAUUUUGCCCUGCGAGCUAAGCAAGGCCGCCGCUGAGGUCAAAUGGUUCAAAGACGGUAGCGAAAUAUUCCCCUCCAAGAACAUUCUCCUCCAAUCAGACGGCAAGAAGCGCACGCUGGUCAUCAAGAAGGCGGCGAAGAGCCACAAGGGAGCAUUUACUUGCGACUGUGGCACCGACAAAACCACAGCCGACCUGAACAUUGAAGAGCGAGACAUCAAGGUAGUGCGCCCGCUUUACAGCGUGGAGGUCACAGAGACAGAGGCGGCCAAGUUUGAGACAGAGAUUUCCGAGGAGGAUCUCCACGCCGUGUGGAAACUGAAGGGAGAGACACUCCACCCGUCUGCUGAUGUCGAGAUCAAGGAGGAGGGCGCCCGACACAUCCUGAUCCUCUUUAACUGCAGGAGGGACAUGGUCGGAAGCGUGGACUUUUCGGCUGCCAAUGCCAAAUCUUCAGCUCAGCUCAGGGUCAAAGCCCGAGUGAUCAGCCUGCAGAGGCCUCUGAAGGAUGUCACCGUGACCGCCGGAGAGACCGCCACCUUCGAGUGCGAGCUGUCGUACGAAGACAUCGUUGUCGAGUGGUUGCUGGGGGGUACAAAGCUGGAACAGAGCGAUAGAGUGGUGCUGAAGACGGAGGGUAAAGUCCAAAGCCUGACUCUGAGAAACGUCGCAAUGAGUGAAGCCGGACAAGUGAAACUAGGCGCCAAAGACUUCCAGACUGAAGCUAACCUCAUUGUCAGAGAGCCGGCGGUGGAGUUCACAAAGCCCCUGGAGGACCAGACGGUGGAGGAGGAGACGACGGCCACGCUCGAGUGUGAAGUGUCCAGAGAGAGCGCAGAGGUACAAUGGUUCAGGGACGGACAGGAGAUCAGGAAGACCAAAAAGUAUGAGAUGAUUGUCGACGGCCACAAGAGGGCGCUACUCAUCCACGACUGUACUCUGGACGACUCCAAGACGUACACUUGUGAUGCUAAAGCCUUCAAAACCUCCUGUUUCCUCAACGUUGAACCUCCACAUGUCGAGUUCUCGAAGCCGCUCCAUGAUGUCGAGGUCAGAGAGAAGGAAUCUGCCAGGUUUGAGUGUGAAGUCUCCAGAGAGGACGUCAAAAUCCGCUGGUUUAAAGAUGGAAGUGAAAUCAGAAAGGGAAAGAAGUAUGAAAUUAUCGCUCAAGGUCGCCAACACACCCUCAUCGUCCACAAGUCCGUGUUUGAUGACGAGGCUGAGUACGAAUGUGACGCAAAGACCUCCAAAUCCUCCGGCAUGCUCACUGUUGUCGAGGAGGAGACGAGGUUCACGAAGAACCUGUCCAACGUUGAAGGAACAGAGACGGACAGCGUGAAGCUGAUCUGCGAGGUGUCGAAGCCCAGUGCUGAUGUCACCUGGUACAAAGGAGACCAGGAGCUGCCGGAGGGUGGACGCUACGAGCAUAUCGUAGACGGGAAGAAAAGGAUCCUGCUCAUCCAGGACCUCAAGAUGGCCGACGUUGGAGAGUAUAACUGCAGGCUGAGUCCUACCAUCAAAACCUCCGGAAACCUAAACAUUAACGAGCUCGCUGCUGAGUUCAUCUCCAGGCCUCAGAGCACAGAGGUGGUGGAGGGUGAGAAGGCGGAGUUUACCUGCUCCGUCUCCAAGGACACCUAUGAGGUGAAAUGGAUGAAAGACGACAAAGAGCUGCAGGCGGGAGACAAAUACCAGAUGGUCAGUGACGGAAAGAGACGAACUCUGGUCAUCAAGAACAGCGAGCCUAAAGACGAGGGCGGAUACGUGGUGAUGAUCGGACCGACCAGAGCCAGUGCAGAUCUCACCGUGCUUGAGAAACUGAAGAUCAUCACUCCUCUGAAGGACACGGAAGCCAAAGAAGGCAGUGAGAUUGUCCUGAACUGCGAGGUGAACACGGAGGGAGCAAAGGCCAAGUGGCUGAAGAACGAGGAGACAGUGUUCGAGAGCAGCAAGUACUUGAUGGUUCAGAGAGACAACGUGUUCUCUCUGAGGAUCAAAGACGCCCAGAAGGGAGACGAAUCAAACUACAGCAUCACCCUGACCAAUCAGAGAGGAGAACAAGCCAAGAGCUCCGGCAAGCUCACCGUGAAAGAGGAGAGUCUGAGGUUCGUUGUUCCUCUGGAGGACAUCGACACUCAGGAGAAGAAAACCGUCAGCUUCUCCUGCAAAGUCAAUAGACCAAACGCCACGCUGAAGUGGAUGAAGGCCGGCCAGGAGAUCGUCUUCAACAAACGCAUCGUGUACAGAGUGGACAAAGAGAAACACACCCUGACCAUCAAAGACUGCACGCUGGCAGAUGAGGGCGAGUACACCGCCAUGGCCGGCGACAACAAAUCCACAGCUGAGCUGAUCAUCAGCGAGGCGCCCACAGACUUCUCCAUGAACCUGAAGGACCAGACCAUCCCCGAGUUUGAGGAUGCAGAGUUCACCUGCAAGCUGACCAAAGAGAAAGCCGACGUAAAGUGGUACAGAAACGGACGUGAGAUCAGAGAAGGACCGAGAUACACAUUUGAAAAGGAUGGAAAGAUGUGCACCCUGCGUAUCAAGGAGUGCAGACCAGAUGAUGAGUGUGAGUACGCCUGCGGAGUGGACGAGAAGAGAUCCAGAGCCAGGCUCUUUGUUGAAGAGACCCCGGUGGAGAUCAUCAGACCCCCGCAGGACGUGUUUGAACCUCCAGGCUCGGAUGUGGUGUUCGAGGUGGAGCUUAAUAAGGACAGAGUGGAGGUGAAAUGGUUGAGGAACAACAUGACGGUUGUUCAGGGAGACAAGUAUCAGAUGAUGAGUGAGGGUAAAAUCCACAGACUGCAGGUCUGUGAGAUCAGACCCAGAGAUCAGGGAGAAUACAGGAUCAUCGCAAAGGACAAAGAUGCCAAGGCAAAGCUGGAGCUCGCUGCUGUGCCUCAGAUUAAGACCACAGAUCAGACCUACGUCACAGACGCCAGGAAGCCCAUCACCAUGGCCGUCCCCUACAGCGCCUACCCACAUGCAGAGGCCGACUGGCUCUACAACAACCUGAGUCUGCCCAAAGACAACAUCCACACAUCCUCUGACCGCACAGAGUACCGUCUGAAAGACCCACUGAAGGCUGACGAGGGCCGCUACAAGGUCAUCAUCAAGAACAAACACGGAGAGGGAGAGGCUUUCAUCAACCUGGAGGUCAUCGAUGUCCCUGGACCUGUGAAGAACCUGCAGGUAAUUGACACAGCUGACGGCGAGGUCAGCCUGGCGUGGGAGGAGCCUGAGAGCGACGGCGGCAGCAAGGUCAUUGGCUACGUGAUGGAAAGACGCGAUGUGAAGCGUAAGACGUGGACACUGGCCACUGACCAAGCAGACAGUCCUGAGUUCACUGUGACUGGCCUCCAGAAGGACUCCAUGUACCUGUUCAGAGUCUGCGCCAGAAACAGGGUCGGCAGCGGACCAAACGUGGAGACUGACAAACCUGUGCAGGCCAAGAACAAGUUUGAUGUUCCUGAUGCUCCUCUGAACGUGAUCGUCGGAAACGUCUCCAAGUUUGGCUGCACCGUCUCCUGGGAGGCACCAGAGGCCGACGGAGGCUCACCCAUCACCUCCUACAUAAUUGAGCUACGUGACAGGACGUCGGUGAAGUGGUCGCCCGUCCAGGUGACCAAAGCCGGCGAGCUUAGCGCCAUCAUCAACGACGUCAUCGAGAACAAAGAGUACAUCUUCAGAGUCAAAGCCCAAAACAAAGCUGGUGUGGGAAAACCCAGCGCUGCCUCACAGCCGGUCAAGAUCAUGGAUCCCAUCGAACCUCCCAGUCCUCCUCUGAACCUGGUGUGGCAGGACCAGAACAAGAACUCGGUGCAGCUCACCUGGGAGACUCCUCUGAAGAACGGAGGUAGCAUGAUCACCGGAUACAUCAUCGAACGCUGCGAGGACGGCACCGACAAGUGGCUGCGCUGCAACACCCGCCUGUGCCCCGACCUCUUCUACAAGGUGUCUGGUCUGAGAUACGGAACCAAGUACAACUACAGAGUGUUUGCUGAAAACGCCGCCGGACUCUCCGGACCCUCAAACACCCUCGGACCUCUGCUGGCUGACGACCCACAUUUCGCUCCAACAUUCGACCUGAGUGCUUUCAAAGACGGCCUGGAGGUGAUCGUCCCUCAGCCUCUCACCAUCAGAGUCCCCAUCACCGGAUACCCGACCCCCAAUGCAAAGUGGACCUUUGGAGAGAAGGAGAUGACCACCGCCGACGAACGCGUCACCCUGACAACCAAAGCUACAUUCGUAGAAAUGAUCGUCCAACCGAGCGUCCGUCCAGACCGAGGCACAUACACCCUGACACUGGAGAACGACAUCACGUCCGUCUCUGGGGAGAUCGAUGUCAACGUCAUCGCUGCUCCCAGUGCUCCCAAGGACUUUAAGGUCCUGGAGGUGACCCGGCAGCACGUGCACUUGAGCUGGGAGGCUCCGGAGCACGAUGGAGGAAGUCCUCUGACCGGCUACCAGGUGGAGAAACGGGACGUGUCCCGCAAGACCUGGGUCAAGGUGGUCACAGGUAUCCAGGAUCAGGAGUUCACCGUCACCGAUGUGGUUGAAGGAAAGGAGUAUCUGUUCAGAGUCACCGCCUGCAACAAGUGUGGACCAGGGGAGCCGGCGUACAUCGACGAGCCCGUCAACGUCUCCUCUCCUGCCACUGUACCCGACCCCCCAGAGAACCUGAGGUGGAGAGACAAGUCAGCCAGUGGCAUCUUCCUGACCUGGGAGCCUCCCAAGUAUGACGGCGGCACCGGGAUCAGAGGAUACAACGUGGAGCGCUGCCAGAGAGGUACUGAUAAGUGGGAGCCCUGUGGAGAUAUGGUGCCUGAACUGAAGUGCCAGGUGACCGGCCUGAUCGAGGGCCAGUGGUACUCCUACAGAGUCAGAGCCCUGAACCGCCUUGGAGCCAGUAGGCCCUGCAAGGCAACCGACGAGAUCCAGGCCGUGGAUCCCAAAGAGGCUCCAGAGAUACAGCUUGACGCCAAGCUGCUGGCCGGUCUGACCGCCAAAGCUGGCAGCAAGAUUGAACUCCCCGCGGAGGUGAAGGGUAAGCCCGAGCCUCGCGUCAAAUGGACCAAAGCUGACCUGGUUCUGAAACCAGACGACAGAGUAUCCAUCGACACCAAGCCGGGAACCUCCACCGUCACCGUCGCCAAGACCAAGAGAGACGACAGCUCCACCUACAUCAUCGAGGCCACCAACAGCUGCGGUCGCGCCACCGCCACCGUCGACGUCAACAUCCUCGAUAAACCCGGUCCUCCGGCUGCCUUCGACAUCUCCGAGAUCACCAAUGAGACCUGCUUCCUGGCUUGGAACCCUCCGCGUGACGACGGCGGCUCCAAAGUCACCAACUACAUUGUGGAGAGGCGAGGGGCCGACAGCGAGAUCUGGCACCGUCUGUCCACUACCAUUAAACAGACCACGUACAGAGCUGUGGGUCUGACCAAGUUCAAGGAGUACAUCUUCAGAGUGUUUGCUGAGAACCAGUUUGGAGUCGGACCUCCGGCUGAACAUCUACCCAUCAUCGCCAGAUACCCCUUCGACACGCCUGGAGCUCCUUACAAGCUGGAGCCUUCAGACAUCGCCAAAGACUCUCUGACCCUGUCCUGGUACGAGCCCGACGAGGACGGAGGAAGCCCCAUCACCGGGUACUGGGUGGAGCGACACGAACCCGAACACGACAAGUGGAUCAGAUGCAACAAGCUGCCCAUCAAAGACACAAACUACAGAGUCAAAGGACUUCCCACCAGGAAGAAGUACAAGUUCAGAGUCCUGGCUGAGAAUCUGGCUGGAACUGGAAAACCGAGCAAGGAGACAGACAUGAUCCUCGUCAAGGAUCCUAUCGAUCCUCCAUGGGCUCCCGGUAAACCCACAGUGAAGGACGUGGCCAAGACUUCCUGCUUCCUGACCUGGACCAAACCGGAGCACGACGGCGGUGCAAAGAUCGAUGGCUACAUCAUUGAGAUGCUGAAGAGUGGAACCACAGACUGGAUUCGCGUGGCAGAGAACAUCAAUAUCCUGGAGCACUUCCUGAAGGGACUGAUGGAGAAGCAGGAGUACUCGUUCAGAGUGCGAGCGGUCAACGUUGCUGGGGAGAGCGAGCCCAGCGAGCCCAGCGACCCCGUGCUCUGCAAAGAGAGACUCAAUCCUCCGUCUGCUCCUCGCUGGCUGGACGUCAUCAGCAUCAGCAAGAACAGCGCCGAGCUGAAGUGGACGGCGCCCGAACGCGACGGAGGCGCUAAGAUCACAAACUACGUGGUGGAGAAGCGUGACGUCAGGCGUAAAGGCUGGCAGGCGGUGGACACCACAGUGAAGGAGCUGAAAUACUCCGUGACCCCCCUCAACGAAGGAUCGCUCUAUGUGUUCCGCGUCGCCGCUGAGAACUCGGUGGGCGUCGGCCCGUUCUGCGAGCUGGCUGACUCUGUGCUGGCUAAAGACACAUUCACUACUCCCGGGCCACCGUACUCUCUCACUGUCAACGCUGUGACCAAGAGAUACGUGGACCUGCAGUGGGAGGCGCCUCAGAACGACGGCGGCAGACCCAUCCUCAAGUAUUCCAUUGAGAAGAAGGAGAAGCUGGGAACUCGCUGGGUGAAAUGCGGAAAGACUUCCGGUCCAGACUGUAAGUACAGAGUGACGGACGUCAUCGAGGGAACCGAGGUCCAGUUCCAGGUCGGCGCUGAGAACGAGGCCGGCAUCGGUCACCCCAGUGAACCCACCGAGAUCCUGACCAUCGAAGACCCCACCGGCAUCCCAUCGCCGCCCAUCGAGCUGCACGUGACCGGAGCGAGCCGUGACUUCCUGUCCAUCGCCUGGAAGCCCCCCCAGAGGGACGGCGGUUGUCCAAUCAGCGGCUACCACAUCGAGAUGUGUGAGGCCGGCACAGAGAAGUGGAUGAGGGUCAACUCUCGCCCUGUGAAGGAGCUGAAGUACCGCGUGGAGGAAGGCCUGGUCCCCGAGAAGGAGUACAUCCUGAGAGUGAGGGCCAUCAACGCCGCCGGAAUCAGCGAGCCCUCCGACAUCUCCGAGAACGUCUUCGCCAAAGAAUCCGACUGUAACCCGACGCUGGAGUUCCAGACGCUGGACCUGGUCGUUGUAGAAACAGAGAAGAUGCACAUCCCCAUCCCAUUCAAAGCCGUCCCCUCGCCAAGGAUCACCUGGCACAAAGACGGGAAGGAGCUGAAGGCGGACGAGCGCCUCAGCUUCAGGAAGGAGUACAUGUCGUGUCACCUGGAGGUGGAGAGCAGCGUCCACGCUGACGCAGGACCGUACAAAGUGACUCUGGAGAACAAGCUGGGAGCCGCCAGCGCCGCCAUCAACGUCAAAGUCAUCGGUCUGCCCGGUCCCUGUAAGGAGAUCGUGGCCUCUGAGAUCACAAAGAGCUCCUGUAAAGUCUCCUGGGAUCCUCCAGACUACGACGGAGGCAGUCCCAUCCUUCACUACGUCCUGCAGCGCCGUGAGGCCGGCAGGAGGACCUACGUCAACAUGAUGUCAGGAGAGAACAAGGUGUGCUGGACCGUCAAAGACCUGAUCCCCAACGGAGAGUACUACUUCAGAAUCCAGGCCGUCAACAAGAUCGGAGGAGGAGAGUUCAUCGAGCUCCGCAACCCGGUCAUCGCCCAGGACCAGAAACACAUUCCUGACCCUCCGGUGGAUGUGGAGACCCACAACCCGACCUCCAGCACCGUCACUCUGACCUGGAAGCCCCCGAUGUACGACGGCGGCUCCAAGAUCAUGGGCUACGUUCUGGAGAAGCAGCUCAAGGGCAAAGACGAGUGGGAGCGGUGCAACGACUUCCUGGUCCCCGUACUGUCCUACACCGUCAGAGGCCUGACGGAGGGAAAGACCUACACCUUCAGAGUCAAAGCCGAGAACGCCGCCGGACUCAGCGAGCCGUCACGCAACUCGCCUUACGUCAAGGCCUCAGACGCCGUGGAUCCUCCCAAAGUAUUCCUGAGUGGCAGCCUGCAGUCCGGCCUCAGCGUGAAGCGAGGCUGUGAGAUCUGCCUGGACGCAAACAUCUCCGGCUCGCCGUACCCUCAGAUCACCUGGUACUGGAACAAACAGGUGAUCAGUCCCGAGCCGCUCCGCAAGAGGCCCGAUAAACCCCUGAAGAAGAAGGUAGAGAAGAAGCCCGAGGAGAAGAAGCCCGAGGAGGAGGGAGCAGCAGAGAAGAAGGAGGGAGAGGAGAAGAAGCCCAAGGAGGAGGGAGCAGCAGAGAAGAAAGAGGGAGAGGAGAAGGAGGAGGAGGAGAAGAAGAAGGAAGAGGCAGCGGAGCCUGAGGUGGAGGAAAGCGACUACCCGACCAUCAACGAGCGUCUGACCAUCAAUAACAGCCGCAGGGGUGUGUCCUCCAUCAUCAUCAAGGACUCGAUCCGCGCCGACCACGGCGUCUACAUGGUGAAGGUGGAGAACGAUCACGGCCGGGCCUCGGUGACCUGCGAGGUCAACGUGCUUGACACUCCUGGGCCGCCGGUGAACUUCCGCUUUGAGGAGGUGAGGAAGGACUCUGUGAUCUGUAAGUGGGAUCCUCCGCUGGAUGACGGCGGCAGCGAGAUCCUGAACUACAGCCUGGAGAAGAAAGACAACUCGAAGCUGGAGAUCGGCUGGAGCAGUGUCACGGCCACGCUGAGAGGAUGUCGUUACCUGGUGCCCAAACUCAUCGAGAAGAAGGAGUACAUCUUCAGAGUGCUGGCCGAGAACAAACACGGAGCCGGUCCACACUGUGUGUCCAAGCCACUCAUCGCUAAGAACCCAUUCGAGCCACCUGAGACUCCUGAUAAGCCAGAGAUUGAUGACAUCACAGCCAACAGCAUGCUGGUGACCUGGAACGAACCCAAAGACAACGGCAGCCCCAUCCUGGGAUACUGGGUGGAGCGCCGCGAGAUCAACAGCUCACACUGGGCACGAGUCAACAGGAACAUCAUCACCGACACCGAGGUGAACGUCGAGGGUCUCAUCGAGGGGCUGACUUACAUCUUCAGGGUCGCGGCUGAAAACCAGGCCGGCCCCGGAAAGUACAGCGUACCAUCAGAACCCAAGACCGCCCAGGCUCCGAUCUUACCUCCUGGACCUCCAACUGCCCGAGUUGCAUCAACAUCCGAUCACUCCAUCGAUGUGGAGUGGGACCCUCCAGCCGACAAUGGUGGAGGAGAUAUCCUGGGAUACCACGUGGAUAAGGCCAUGGCUGGUACCAAGGACUGGUCCAGGUCUACCGAGCGACCAUGGAAGACUCGGGAGUUCACCGUGUACGGAGUCCGUGAGGGAGCCAAGUACAUGGUCCGAGUCAUCGCCUGCAACGCUGCAGGAGAGGGAACCCCAGGAUUCACAGAGUCCGUGUUCGUCAGAAACCCUGCAGAGUUGCCGGUGAUUGAACUGGACCUGUCCGUCAAGAAUGGCUUGGUCAUCAGAGCCGGAGAGACGCUGCUUGUGCCCGCUACAGUCACAGGUAAACCCUACCCGUCACUCACCUGGACCAAGGAUGAUGGAAAACCCGACAAAGACACCGUGGAGAUCCUCAGCGAGGGCAAUGACAGCAUCGUUCAAAUCAAGAACGUUCAGAGGAAAGACUGCGGCAAAUACCAGAUCUCUGCCUGCAACCCCAGCGGCACCAAGUCUGCGUGGACCCGAGUGGAGGUCAUGGAUGUCCCCGGACCUGUUACUGACCUGAAGCCCGUCGUCGUCACUCGUAAGAUGAUUUUCCUGAACUGGGACGACCCCGUGGAUGACGGAGGCAGCGACCUGACCGGCUUCAUCGUGGAGCGCAGAGACGCCAAGAUGCACACCUGGAGGCAGCCAGUUGAGACGGCCUCCUCCAAGUGUGAGUGUGUGGGCAUCAUGGAGGGACAGGAGUACAUGUUCCGCGUCAUCGCCAAGAACAAGUACGGCAUGGGCCCGCCCGUCGAGCUGGGACUCAUCAAGGCUGUGGACCCACAGGGACCACCAUCGUACCCUGAGAAGUUCCACUACACGGAGCGUACAAAGAACUCGCUUACGCUGACCUGGAAGCCUCCUCGUAACGACGGCGGCAGCCCCGUCAUCGGAUACUUUGUGGAGAAGAAGAGACAGGACAAGCAGGCCUUCGAGCCCUGCAACACUGAGAUCUGCCCCGACAUGACCAUGACCGUGGAGGGUCUGGAAGAGGCCUGGAUGUACGAGUUCAGGAUCAAGUGUGCCAACCUGAUCGGAGAGAGCGAGCCUUCCAUCCCGCUGACCGUGGUCAUCCAGGACGAUGAAGUGUCUCCUGAGGUCCACAUGCUGAAGCACUUUAAGGGCGAUCUCAUCACCGUGAGGAAGGGUGAGACCGUUGAGAUCCCUGCUGACAUCCUGGGUCUCCCCAUCCCGAAGAUCGAGUGGACCAAGGACGACGUUUUGAUCGAGAAACCCACCGAGACUCUGCUGAUAGAGACAGAGGUGACCGGCCGGUUGAACGCCAAGACCACUCUGUCCAUCCCCGCCGUCAACAGGAGGGACCGCGGCAGCUACACCGUGACCGCCUCCAACAACAUGGGCUCAGCCAAGCACACCACCACCAUCAUGGUGCUGGACCGCCCCACUCCGCCUAGGAACGUGAGCGUGUCCAACAUCAAGGCAGAGUCAUGCUACCUGCAUUGGGACGCACCACUGGAUAACGGUGGCAGCGAGCUCACAAACUACAUCGUUGAGAAGAAGGACGUGGUGACAGAGGAGGCGGAGCUGGAGGAGGGACAGGAAGCACCUGCCGAGCCUCAGUGGGAGGAGGUCACCAACAGCAUUGUUGAGAAAAGAUUUGGAGUGUGGAACCUGGAGACCAACAAGUCCUACCUGUUCAGAGUGAGAGCCGAGAACCGUUACGGUAAAUCCGACCCCUGCUCAACGGAGGAGGUCCAGAUCACAGAUCCAUUCGGCCUCCCCGGCCCACCGGAGAAACCCACCAUUGCAGAGUACUCCAAGACCUCCAUGACUCUGACCUGGGACGUCCCAAGAGACAACGGCGGCUCCACCAUUAUUGGAUACUGGCUGGAGAAGCGGGAGAAGGGCACCGCCUACUGGGCCAAAGUCAACAAGAUGCCGUUCACCAAGAGGGGCAUGAAAGGAUGGGAGUACCAGGUGACUCGUCUGAUCGAGGGAACAGAGUACGAGUUCAGGGUUGCUGCCUGCAACUCUGCAGGAACUGGACCGUUCAGCGGACCAUCAGACUCAGCCUUCGCCGUCGAUCCCCUCACUCCUCCCAGCAUGCCUGCUGCUCCCGUGGUUGCAGAUAAGACAAAGCACAAUGUGACGCUGUCCUGGACGCCUCCAGAGAGAGACGGAGGAAGUCCCAUCAAAGGGUACAUCAUCCAGAUCCAGGACGAGGGCUCGUCUGAGUGGGUGAGGGUGAAUGACCCCGAUACAACCCACCCUACCACCGAGUUCACUGUGCCAAGUCUCCGCGCUCUUAAACGCUACCGCUUCAGGAUCAUCGCUGUCAACGACAUCGGCGAGUCUGACCCCAGCCCCCGCACCAGCGAGGUCCUGAUCGAGGACAUCCAGCUUCCACCUUCCAUCAACAUCGACCUCAUUGUUGAAGAUCUGCUGUGCAUCCGGGCCGGAGAUCCAUUCAAAAUCCCCGCCACCAUCAAAGGCCGCCCUGCUCCCAAGGUUACCUGGGAGUUUGACGGCAAAGCCAAGUCGCACAAGAAGAACAAACUGCACACACUGCCUGUGGACUCAGAGGUCGAGUCCACAGACACCACGUCCAUUGUGAGCGUCCCCGUCUCUCUGAGGAGCCACUCUGGACGUUACACCAUCACCGCCAAGAACAAGUCGGGACAGAAACACGUCAACGUCAGAGUCAACGUCCUGGACGUCCCUGGACCUCCAAAGGAGCUGAGAGUCACCGACAUCACCCGCUCGACCAUGAGGCUGAUCUGGAAACUACCCGACAACGAUGGAGGAGAGAGGAUCAAGAGCUACUUUAUUGAGAAGAAAUGCAUCACUGACAAGGCCUGGACCAAGGUGAAUGCAGCCUGUGCCAGUCAGGCCUAUGUGGUGCCCGGCCUGCUGGAGGGUCAGGACUACCUGUUCAGGGUCCGAGCUGAGAACAGACUCGGAUUUGGUCCGUUCACCAUCACCACCGACCCCGCCCGGGCCAGAGACCCCAUCUAUCCACCCGACCCCCCCACCAAGGUGAGGGUCAACCUGGUGACGAAGAACACGGUCACUCUGAGCUGGGAGUCUCCCAAAAACAACGGAGGCUCUCCGGUGAAACAUUACAUAAUCGAGCGUUUGAGCUGGGACACCAGCGGCAAAGAGAAGGAGACGUGGAAGCAGUGCAACAAGAGAGAAGUGGAGGAGCUCACCUUCGUGGUGGAGGACCUGAAGGAGGGAGGAGAAUAUGAGUUCAGAGUAAAAGCUGUGAACGCCGCUGGACCUAGCCGACCCUCCGCAACUGCUGGACCCCUGGUCAUCAAGGAUCAGACAUGCGCUCCCACCAUCGAGCUGCGUGAGGCCAUGGAGGGCGAGGAGGGCUGUGAUGUCAGCAUUGUGGCGAAGGUGAGCGGCUGUCCGUUCCCGACGCUCACCUGGCAGAAAGCCAGCGUGGCCAAACCUGAGGAUAAGGCUGCCAUCCAGUACGACCAGCACAUGAACAAACUGGUGACCCACGAUAAGUGCACGCUGCUGAUCCAGGAGGCCAGCAGGCACGACAGCGCCAUCUACAGCCUGACUGCCACCAACAGCCUGGGAAAAGCCACCAAGGAUAUCAAAGUCUCUGUGUUUGGACCCCCCGGCCCACCUGUUGGACCAAUCAAGCUCACCGAGGUGUUUGCGGAUAGGAUCGGUUUGGCCUGGAACCCGCCCAUAGACGACGGCGGUUCAAAGAUCACUAACUACGUGGUGGAGAAGCGCGAGGACAACAGGAAGUCCUGGGUCCACGUCUCCAACGACCCCAAGGAGUGCGCCUACGUGGUGACCCGUCUGACGGAGAACCACGAGUACGAAUUCAAAGUCAUGGCCCAGAACAAGUUUGGGGUCGGCCCUGGGAUCGUCAGCGAGCCCGAGAAGGCCAGAAACCUCUUCACCGUCCCCGGUCAAUGUGAGAAACCGACCGUGACCGACGUCUGUCUGGAGUCCAUGACCGUCAACUGGGAUGAGGCAAAGUACGACGGCGGCUCCUCCAUCACCGGCUACAUCGUGGAGAAGAAGGAGACAACCGGCAAGCGCUGGGCCCGCGUCACCCGAGACCCAAUCCGAGCGCUGCCAAUCGGCAACAACUGGGACGUCACAGGGCUGCUGGAAGGCGCCACGUACCACUUCAGGGUCAGCGCAGUGAACGCAGCUGGUGCUGGACCGCCCAGCCCGCCAUCCGACCCCGUAAUCUGCAGAGAUCCCCUCAAGCCUCCCAGCCCGCCCACACCGAAGGUCACAGACUGGACGAAGUCGACGGUAGAGCUCGAAUGGAUCCCUCCUCUGUUGGACGGAGGGUCGAAGGUGACAGGCUACAUUGUGGAGUUUAAGGAGGUGAACAAGGAGGAGGAGGAGAAGAAGGCACAGAGGAAGCAGCUGAUGAUCGGGACUGAGGAGGAAGAGGAGAAGGAGCCCGAGGCCGAUGAAGGCUGGGAGAAGGCCAAGGACACAGAGGUCAGAGGAACCAAGUUUGUUGUUCCUGGGCUGAAGGAAGGCGGUCUGUACCGCUUCAGAGUCCGAGCUGUGAACGUGGCCGGAGUCGGAGAACCAGGACACGUUGCUGAGCUGAUCGAAACCAAAGACAGAACAAUCCCUCCUGAGAUGGACCUGGACGCCUCGGUGAAAGAGAAGAUCGUGGUCCACGCCGGUGCAACCAUCCGCAUCAUCGCCUACGUCUCCGGUAAACCCGCCCCUGCGAUCACCUGGUGCCGUGACGACGCCGAGGUGCCCAAAGAGGCCGUGGUGGAGACGACAGGAAUUUCCAACUCUCUGGUUAUCAAGAAUUGCAGACGCCAACACCAAGGCAUCUACACCCUGAGCGCCAAGAACGAGGGAGGAGAGAGGAAGAAGGCUGUCAUUGUUGAGGUCCUCGACGUUCCCGGACCAGUUGGUCUUCCCUUCGCCGGUGAGAACUUGACCAACGACUCCUGCAAGCUGACCUGGUACUCCCCCGAGGACGAUGGCGGCUCGGCCAUCACCAACUACAUCAUUGAGAAGAGAGAAUCGGACCGCAUGGGUUGGACCUCGGUGUCCUACACGGUGACAAGGAACAACGCCGUGGUGCAGGGACUCCUCGACGGGAAGGGCUAUUUCUUCAGAAUCGCCGCCGAGAACAUCAUCGGCAUGGGACCGUUCAUCGAGACUGACAAGAUGGUUCUCAUCAAGGACCCCAUCUCCGUCCCGGAGCGUCCAGAGGACUUGAUCAUCACCGCCAUCACCAAAGACUCCAUCUCCGUCACCUGGAGAGCGCCAAAGUAUGACGGCGGCGCAGAAGUGACCGCGUACAUCCUCGAGUCCCGUAUGAUCGGACGGGACAGCUUCACACGUGUGGGCGGAGAGGACAAGCUGAUGGACAGGAAGUUCACUCUGACGGGUCUGAAGGACGGCUCGAGUCAUGAGUUCAGAGUCUCGGCCGUCAACCAGGUGGGGCAGGGCAAACCAUCCUUCGCCACCAAACCUGUGCAGUGCAAGGACGAACUCGAACCGCCCACUCUGGACCUGGACUUCAGGGACAAGAUGAUGGUGAAGGUGGGAGACGCCUGCACGCUGUCUGGACGCUUCAGCGGUAAACCGGCCCCAGCUGUCGCCUGGACAAAGAACGACGAGGAGCUGAAGGCUGACGAGGAGAUCAGCCUCCACAGCACCACCCGACACCUCAGCCUCAACAUCAGCAAGGCCAAGAGAGAGCACAGCGGGCGCUACUGCGUCAGCGUGGAGAACUCUGCCGGAACAAGAACCGGAAUCUGCACCAUCACCGUGGUCGACCGUCCUCAGCCUCCAGAGGGCCCCGUUGUCUUCAACGAGGUCUACAGGAACUACAUGGUGAUCUCGUGGAACCCUCCUCUGGAUGACGGAGGCUGCGCCGUUUCCAACUACAUCAUCGAGAAGAGAGACACCAACAGAGACCUGUGGAUGCCCGUCACUGAGUCCUGCACCAGGACCACCUGCAGGGUACCGAAACUGAUCGAGGGUCGUGAGUAUAUCAUCAGGAUCAUGGCACAGAACAUCUACGGCAUCAGUGACCCUUUGCUGUCUGGAGAGACCAGGGCCAGAGACAUCUUCAAGGUGCCCGACGCUCCUAAACAGCCCACAGUGAAGGAGGUCUAUCACGACUCUGCCCUCAUCAGCUGGGAGCCUCCCGCUGACGGAGGAAAACCAAUCUCAGGCUACAUUGUGGAGAGGAAGGAGACCAUGGCCAACAGGUGGGUUCGCUGCAACACAGAGAGAAUCUAUCCGAAGGUGGAGUACUGGGUGAUGGACCUGCUGCAGGGCUGCGAGUACGAGUUCAGAGUCAGUGCUGAGAACGUGGUGGGAGCCGGAGACCCGAGCCCACCAUCCAAACCCGUCUUUGCCAAAGACCCAAUCGUGAAACCCGGUCCACCGGUUAACCUCCAGGCCAUCGACUUCUCCAAGGAGUCAGUCACUCUGUCCUGGCAGCCGCCCAGCGACACCGGCAGAGGAAAGAUCUUUGGAUAUCUGCUGGAGUUCCAGAAAUCCGGAGAGGAGGAGUGGAGCAAGGUGAACCAGACACCAGACUCCUGCCAGGAGACUAAGUUUAAGGUGAUCAACCUGGAAGAUGGUGCUCUGUACCGCUUCAGAGUCAUGGCCGUCAAUGCUGCCGGAGAGUCCGACCCAACUAACCUUCAAGAGCCAAUCAAAGUGCAGGACAGACUGGAGCCCCCAGAUCUGAUUCUCGAUGCAGGAAUGACCCGAGAGGUGAAGGCCAUGGCAGGCACUCACAUACCUCUGAUUGCCACCAUCAUUGGCGUCCCAUUCCCCACUGUCACCUGGAAGAAGAACGAUGCAGAUGUGCCCACCAGUACUGACAUUGAUACCAACCAGACUGGUACCAAGCUGGAGAUUAGGUUCUGUAACCGUGGUGACUGUGGAGACUACACCCUCACUGUGGAGAACCCAGCUGGAUCCAAGACUGCCACCUGCACUGUGCUGAUCUUUGACAAACCUGGUCCCAUCCAGCACCUCCGGGUGUCUGACAUCAGGAGUGACUCUGCCUACCUGUCCUGGAAGGACCCGGAAGACAAUGGAGGAGCCCGCAUCACUAACUUUGUGGUGGAGAAGAAAGACACGGCGUCUACUCAGUGGGUCCCCGUCUGCUCAACAUCCAAGAAACGAAGCAUGAUGCUGAAGCACCUGAUGGAGGGCACAUCCUACUCGUUCAGAGUGGCUGCUGAGAACCAGUAUGGCCGCAGUGAAUACGUUGAGACGCCGAAGGCCAUCAAGGCAAUGAACCCACUGUUCCCUCCUGGCCCUCCCAAAGACCUGCACCAUGAUGAUGUGGACAAGACUGAGGUGUGGUUGGUCUGGAACUGGCCUGACCGCAAUGGAGGAAGUGAGAUCACAGGCUUCCUUGUAGAGUAUCAGGAAGAGGGAGAAAAGGAGUGGGACGAGUGGAAGACUGUAAGCAUCCCUGAAAGUCAUGUGACUGGCCUGGAGGAAGGAAAGACUUACCGCUUCAGAGUGAGGGCUGAGAACGCUAUUGGCCUCAGCAGACCUGACACCACUGUACCUAUCCUCUGCCAGGAGAAACUGGUGCCUCCCAUUCUGGAGGUGGACGCUAAGCUCAUUGAAGGCAUCACUGUUAAGGCUGGCACCACCAUUAGGCUGCCAGCUAUCAUGAGGGGAAUUCCUGUUCCAACUGCCAAGUGGACCGUUGAAGGAGAGGAGAUCGUGAGCGAGGGUAACACCAAGAUCGACACUGACAACUUCUCCUCCGUACUCAGCAUUAAUGAGUGCACCAGGAACCACACUGGCACCUACCUGCUCACUGUGUCGAACCCUGCUGGAACCAAGACAGUGGGCUUGUCUGUCACUGUCCUUGAUGUUCCCGCUGCUCCUAUCGGGCCUGUCAACAUCCUGGAGGUCUCACCAGACUCAAUGAUGAUUGAAUGGCGUCCUCCGAAGGAUGAUGGCGGUAGCCCUGUAACAAACUACAUCAUUGAGAAGAGAGAGUCAAACAAGGAGACAUGGGGAGGUGUUAGCUCUGGCAGCCUAGCCACACAGCUCAACAUCACACGCCUGCAGAAGGGAGUCGAGUAUGUUGUUCGCAUCCGUGCUAAGAACAAGAUGGGCACUGGUGCUCCUCUGGAGAGCAAGCCUACAGUUGCAGAGCACUCCUUCAUGCCACCAAGUGCACCUGGAAAGCCACAACCUUCUGACGUCUCAGAAGAUGCUGUCACAGUUGGCUGGACCAUGCCACUGACAGAUGGUGGCAGCCAGAUCACUGGCUACAUCAUUGAGCGUAGACAUAAAGGAGGAAAAUGGAUCCGUGUCAACAAAACACCCUGCAAGGAUCUUAGGUACAGAGUCCUGGGUCUAUUUGAGGGUAAUGAAUAUGAGUUCAGAGUGUUUGCUGAGAAUAUCGCUGGCUUCAGUGGCCCCUCUCCCACCUCUGACCUCUGCAAGCCCUGCAGGCCCAUCACUGUCCCCCGUCCCCCUGUCAACCCCAGAGUUAAAGAUUACAGCAAGACAACUGCUGACUUGGUGUGGACCAAACCCUCAAAAGAUGGAGGAAGCCCAAUACUUGGCUACACUGUGGAAAUGAAAAAGGCAGAUACAGAAGAAUGGAAAAAAGUGAACCUGGAUGAUUUUGUUAAGCAGUGUGCCUACAGUGUGAAGGGUCUGGAAGAGGGUGUGACCUACAAAUUCCGUGUCUUUGCCUCUAACAUGAUCGGGGAUGGGGAGCCGAGAGAAAUCCCAGACUCCAUCACUGCUCAGGACAUUCUUAUCCCUCCAGAGAUUGAGAUGGAUGCCACCUGCCGUGAGCGACUCACUGUGCGUGUUGGACACAACAUUAACAUCAUUGGGUACAUCAAGGCCCGUCCUGACCCUGAAGUCAUUUGGUCAAAGGAAGAGUUGGUUCUGGAAAACAGCAAGCGUGUCACCAUGAUUCAGAACCUGCCUGUGGUACACCUGAGGAUCAAGGAGGCCACUAGAGCUGACCAUGGAAAAUAUGUUCUGAAAGUUUCAAAUGAAGGUGGUGAGGCUUCUUGCACCAUUACAGUCAAUGUGCUGGACAGGCCUAGCCACUGCGAGAACCUGCACAUAACCUAUGCAACAAGGGAUUCAUGCAUGAUAAACUGGGAGGCUCCUAAGGAUAACGGUGGAUCUGAGAUCACCAACUACAUUGUAGAAUGCCGUGAGCCAAGCAUUAGCAUGUGGUCUAUGAUCUCCUCAAAUUGCACCAAUCGCAAGAUCAAGGCCAAGCUAAUGGAUGGCCACGAGUACCUGUUUAGGGUAUGUGCUGUGAACAAGAUGGGACCAGGAACCUCUGUGGAGACCAAAACUCCUCUACUCGCCAUCGACCCCAUUGAGAAGCCCGGUGAGCCUGAGAAAUUCAGAGCCACUGAUGUUGGUAAGAACCAUGUGUAUCUAAGGUGGAGGAAGCCUGACUAUGAUGGUGGCAGCCCCAACAUCUCAUACAACCUGGAGUUCAAAGCCAAAGAUGCUGAGGAGUGGGAGAAACUCAACGCUGGUACUCUUACUGACACCUUCUUCCUGGCUGACAAGUGCCAAGAGAACCAGACGUACACCUUUAGGGUGCAGACCGUCAAUGAAGGAGGUGAGAGUGACUGGGUGAAACUUGCUGAUAUCCUGGUGAAGGAGGAGAUCCAGAAGCCUGUAAUUGACCUGAAGUUGGCAGGAACUCUGACAGUAAAGGCUGGAGAGUCAGUCAGAAUGGAGGCUGGACUGAGAGGAAAGCCUCAACCUGAGGUCAAAUGGACAAAAGACAAGGCUGUUGGAGACAACCCAAGGAUCAGCUAUGAGACUGGCCCAGACUACUCUAAGUUCCUUUUGACUAAGUCCAAGCGCACUGACACUGGAAAGUUUAUCAUCACAGCCACCAACUCGGCUGGCACCUUUACUGCCUAUGCCACCAUUAAUGUCCUGGAUGUCCCUGGUCCUGUGAGAAACCUCAGGAUAACUGGCAUUGGAGCUGACAAGUGUAGAGUGGUAUGGGAUGCUCCAGAGGAUGAUGGAGGUUGUGAAGUGGACAGCUACAUCCUCGAGAAAUGCGAGACUAGGAGGAUGGUCUGGUCCACAUACUCCGCCUCAGUGGUCACACCAUACUGCAAUGUUAUCCGUCUGGUGGAAAGCAAUGAGUACAUCUUCAGAGUUAGGGCUGAGAACAAGAUGGGAACCGGCCCCGCAAUGGAGAGCAAGCCUGUCACUGUGAAGACCCAGUUCAAUAAACCUGGACCCCCUGAGGCCCCUGAGGUCACCAAGGUUAGUAAAGAUGAGAUGACAGUUGUCUGGGCUCCUCCUGAGAACGACGGAGGAAAGUCCAUUACUGGCUACAUUCUGGAGCGGAAAGAGAAGAGGGCGGUGCGCUGGGUACCCUGCAACAAGAGCCCCAUAUCUGAGAGACGCAUGAAAGUCACCAACCUGAUUCCCAACCACGAGUACCAGUUCAGGGUGAAGGCUGAAAAUGAGGUUGGCCUGGGAGAGCCAAGCAAAGCCUGCAGACCUGUUGCAGCUAAAGAUCCAAUUGAGCCUCCUGGUCCCCCUGCAGGCCUGAAGGUUGGUGACAGCACCAAGACUUCCAUCACCCUGUCUUGGUCUAAACCUGUGUAUGAUGGCGGUGCCCCCAUCAUCGGCUACAGCCUGGACAUCAGGCUCAAGAGCGAGGCAGACCCUGAAAAUCCCACAGUGGGCUGGAAGAGGAUUGACACACAUGGCCCAUUGGUACUCACAGAGUUCACCAUCGGUCAGUUGGAUGAGAAGCUAGAGUAUGAUUUCAAGGUGUCAGCCAAGAACCAGGUUGGCUGGGGACGCCACGCAUACUUGAAGGAAGCAGUCUCACCCAAGGAGAUCCUGGAGGCUCCAGAGAUCGAGCUGGAUGCCAGUCUGAGGAAAGGACUGGCUGUCAGGGCUGGUUGUCCAAUCAGGCUUUUCGCUGUGAUCAGAGGAAGACCUGCCCCCAAAGUUACAUGGAAGCGUGUGGGAGUGGAAAACUUGAUCCGCCGUGGUCAUGUGGACCAGGUUGACAGCAUGUCCUUCUUGGUCAUCCCUGAGAGCACCAGAGAGGAUUCUGGGCAAUACUCACUGACUCUGUCAAACUCAUCUGGAGAGAAAGCUGUGUUCGUCCGAGUCAAAGUCCUUGAUACUCCUGGUCCUGUUGGCGGCCUGGAUGCAACCGAUGUCACCAAGACAUCAGCCAUGCUGUCCUGGUUGCCACCAGAUAACGACGGCGGCAGCCCAAUUACCAGCUACAUUGUGGAGAAACGUGAGGUGGACAGGAAGACUUGGAGCAAGUGCAUAGAGGACCUCAGGAAGACCAGCUUCAAGGUGACCACAAUGACACCUGGCAUCGAGUACUACUUCAGAGUUGUGGCCUGUAACAAAUACGGAAUCGGAGUUCCUCAGGACUCGCCCAAGUCCUACCUGGCUGUUGACCCCAUCAGUGAGCCAGACCCUCCCAAGAAGAUGGACGUGUUGGAGAUCACAAAGAACAGUGCCACACUAGGCUGGCUGAAGCCACUCCGAGAUGGAGGGGCCAAGAUCAAUGGCUAUGUGGUGGACUACCAGGAGGAGGGCUCACCCGAGGACAAAUGGACUCCCUAUUCUGUGGUCAAAGACCUGACCAUAGUGGUGGUUGGUCUGAAUGAAGGAAAGAAGUACAAGUUCAGAGUGGCGGCCAGAAACUCAGUGGGAGUCAGCCUGGCCCGAGAGGCUGAAGGGGUGUUUGAGGUCAAAGAGCAGCUCAUGCCUGCCAAGGUCAUCAUGCCCGACAUUGUGACUGUUAGAGCUGGAUCCAAGAUGGUGGUUGAGGCCAUUGUGGCCGGUAAACCUGCUCCCUUCUGCAAGUGGAGGCAGGGCAAUGAGGAUGUGCUGACCUCUGACCGCCUGUCUGUGGUUAAGACUCUUACAACAUGCACCCUUAUAAUCAAGAACGUUACAAGAAAGGACAGUGGUUACUACAGCCUUUCGGCCGAGAACAGCUCUGCCAAAAUCAACCAGAUCCUCAGGGUUACAGUCAUGGACAUCCCUGGACCUCCUGAAGCCCCUAUGGAGAUCACUGAACAGGAAAUCGAUGCCUGCACUCUGCUCUGGAACUCCCCACAGGAGGAUGGUGGCAGCAACAUCACCAACUAUAUUGUUGAGAAGUGUGAUGUCAGCCAGGGUGACUGGGUCCCUGUAUCCACUUCAUGCACCAAAACCAGCUUCAGAAUUACCAAACUUACUCCUGGUAAAGAGUACUGCUUCCGGGUUCGUGCUGAGAACAGGUUUGGCAUCUCUCAGCCCAUCUACUCCGAAAGGAUGAUUGCCAGAUAUCCAUUUGACCCCCCCAGCGAGCCAAGGAACCUGCAGAUCAACAAGGUCAGUAAGGAAUCAGCCAUCUUGUCAUGGGAGCGUCCCAGCAGUGACGGCGGCACUCCCAUUACUGGAUUCUGCAUUGAGAAGAAGGAGAGGAAUAGUCUCCUGUGGGUAAAAGCCAACGAGACUGUGGUCAAAUCCACCCAGUACACCUGUACUGGCCUGAUCGAUGGCCUGGAGUACACCUUUAGGGUGUCAGCUCUCAACCUGGCUGGACAGGGCAAACCCUGCAAACAGACCGACUUUAUCACCGCCAGGACUGCUGUUGAUCCUCCAGGUAAACCUGAGCCCAUGGAUGUGACCAAGAACACUGUCUCAUUGGUCUGGUCCCGUCCUAAGCAUGACGGUGGCAGUAAGCUAAUUGGAUACUACAUGGAGUACACAAAGCUUCCAGAGGAGAAGUGGACACGCUGUAAUGCCAACUGCAUGAACAUCCAGACGGAGAACUAUGUGGUAACCGGCUUGGAGGAAUUCCAGCAAUACCAGUUUAGAGUCAUCGCCAAGACUGCUAUCAACCAGAGCCAGCCCUCCGAGUUGUCUGACCCCAUCCCUGUUAUUGCAGAGAACGUUCCUCCUCGUGUGGAGCUUGGUCUUGAAAUGAAGAACCUGAUCGUGGUGAAAGCCGGAGAGAACGUCUCCCUUGAUGCUGAGGUGUGGGGAAAGCCGCUGCCCAAAGUGAGCUGGAAGAGAGAUGGUGUUCCUCUGGUACUCGUUGAGGGGAUGAAGAUGGCCCAGAAGAAACAUGUCCACCUGCUGGAGCUCUUCUCCGUCACCAGAAAGGAAUCUGGAGACUACUGCAUCACAGCUGAGAACAUCAACGGCAGCAAGUAUGCUACCAUCAAGGUCAAGGUGCUCGACAAACCAGGCCCCCCAGCUUCAGUGAAAAUUGCAAAGGUCUUUGCAGACCGCGUAAAGGUGCGCUGGGAGCCCCCGCUUGCAGAUGGCGGCUCUGAGAUCACCAACUACAUUAUUGAGAAGCGAGAGACCAGCAGGGCUAACUGGGCACUGGUCACAGCUAACAUCCAUGGACACAUCACAGACUGCUCAGUAGAGAAACUCAUUGAAGGACACGAGUACCAGUUCAGAGUCAGUGCUGAGAACCAGUAUGGUGUGGGAGACAUCAUCAUGACUGACCCUGUUAUGGUCAAGAAUCCUUAUGAUGUUCCUGGACCAAGUGAGCCCCCUGUCAUCACAAACAUCACCCAGAACUCCAUGACAGUGAGCUGGAAGGCCCCUGCCAACGAUGGCAAGGCUCCCAUCCUGGGCUACAUGGUUGAGAAACGUGAGGCCACCGAGCUGGCUUGGGCCAAGGUCAACCGACGCCCAGUCAUUGACAGAUCAAUCAAGGCCAUUCAGUUGACCGAGGGCUCAGAGUACGAGUUCAGAGUUAUUGCCAUUAACAAAGCCGGUCUAGGCAAACCCAGCGACGCCUCCAAUGCUGCUCUGGCUGUUGACCCUGUCUAUCCUCCUGGCCCUCCUGCCUUCCCCAAGGUAGUGGACUCCACCAAGAGCUCCAUCAGCCUGAGCUGGACCAAACCAGCAUACGAUGGUGGCUGUGAGAUCAUCGGCUACCUGGUGGAGAGUAAGCGAGUGGAUGGAGAGAACUGGACAAAGUGCAACGUCCCAAAGAAGCUCCAAGCCACCAAAUUCUUAGUGACCAGCCUAAUGGAUCAGACAGAGUACCAGUUCAGAGUCUCCGCCGUUAACAGAAUCGGCUUCAGUGAGCCUAGUGAGAUCCCUGGAAACCACAUGGCCAAGGACAUCCUGAUUGCCCCUGAAGCCGAGCUGGAUGCUGAUCUGAGAAAAGCAUUGGUUCUUAGAGCUGGCGUCACUAUGAGGAUCUAUGUCCCACUGAGAGGACGUCCAGCGCCAAAGGUGACGUGGACCAAAGUGGACGCUAACCUGAAAGACAGGCAGAGUUUGCUGAUCAAGACGUCCGAGUGGGACACCCUACUGAUGAUCGAGAACGUUAACAGAUAUGACGCAGGCAAAUAUGUCCUGUCUCUGGAGAACGGCAGUGGCUCAAAGAGCUACACCAUCGUGGUCAAAGUUCAUGAUUCUCCUGGACCACCUGUGAACCUGAUUGUGAAGGAGACUUCCAGAAGCCAUGCCUGCAUCACAUGGGACGCCCCUCUGAUCGAUGGCGGCAGCCCAGUGAAGAGCUACGUCGUAGAGAAACGUCUGGCUGAGAGGAAGGCCUGGACCUGUGUGUCUGCCGAGUGCCCCAAGACCUCUUUCAGGAUCCUCAACCUAGAAGGGGGACAGGCUUACUGCUUCAGAGUGCUGGCUGAAAAUGCAUACGGCAUCGGAGAGGGCUGUGAGACCGCUGGCAGCGUCCGCGCCUCAGAGCAACCUGGUCCAGUGACGGACUUCAAAGCUCAGAAGACCACAAAGGACUCCAUCACUGUGGGCUGGAAGAAACCCAUCAGUGAUGGCGGAAGCCACGUGACAGCUUAUAUCUUGGAGCAAAGUGAAGGUGAGGAAAAGUGGAAACAGAUCAUGAAAGGAAAGACCAAUUCACAUACCAUCAGCGAGCUCGCCCAGGGCAAGGAGUACUUAUUCAGAGUCAAAGCGCUCAACGAGUCCGGAGAGGGACCACCCACCGAACUCACAGCCGUUGCCAAAGAUCAGUUUGUGAAGCCUGACUGCAACCUGAGCAAUCUGCACGAUGGUUGCCAAGUAGUGAAGGAGGGCAGCACCACGCGUAUCAACAUCCCCCUCAUCGGAGUACCCUACCCCACUGCGACCUGGAAGAAAGGUGAUGUGAUGCUGGGAGAUACUGGCCGGAUGUGUGUGGAGGCAUCUCAGGGCAUCAGCACUCUGCUGAUCAGAGACUGCCAGAGAGGAGACGCAGACACCUACACGAUCAACGUCAAAAACAGCGCAGACUCUAAGGACUGCAAGAUCCAGCUUAAGGUAGUCGGCAAACCCGGUAUCUGCACUGGACCCAUUAAGUUUGACGAAAUAACCGCCGAUGGCAUCACCCUGGAAUGGGGGCCGCCUAAAGACGAUGGCGGAGCUGAGGUGUCUAACUAUAUUGUAGAGAAGAGAAGGACAACUGACAACAAGUGGGCCACGGUGGCUUCAGCCAUCCAGAAGACCACCAUGAGAGUGAUCCGGCUCCAUGAUGGGAUAGAGUAUAUCUUCAGAGUGUUUGCUGAGAACAAGUACGGAGUUGGAGAGUAUCUUAGGUCUGACCCAGUCGUCGCUCAGCAUCCAUUCAAUGUGCCUGAGGCUCCUGCUCCUCCAGAAAUAAUGAGCAUCCGCCAUGAGUCAGCAAUCUUGACCUGGGCGGAUCCAAGGGACUCUGGUGGCUCCCCGAUAACUGGAUAUCAUGUGGAGUUCAAGGAGAGAAACAGUUUAAUGUGGAAACGAGCCAGUAAGACUCCUUUGAGAGUGAAGGAGGUCAGAGUCACUGGCCUGAUUGAGGGACUCGAGUAUGAAUUCAGGGUAAUGGCCAUGAACGUGGCUGGCCUAGGAAAGGCAAGCAAGGGCACUGAGGCUGUGGUCGCCCUGGAUCCUAUUGAUCCUCCUGGCAAGCCUGAGGUGAUUAGCGUCACCAGGACCACAGUCACUCUGAUCUGGACCGCUCCCAAAUACGAUGGUGGCCAUAAGCUGACUGGUUACAUGUUGGAGAAGCUGGAGACUGGAGGAAAGGCCUGGAUGAAGGCCAAUCAUGUCAACAUCCAAGGAUGUGCCUUCACCGUCACUGACCUGACAGAUGGAGCUCAGUAUCAGUUCAGGAUCAGAGCAAAGAACUCUGCAGGGGCUAUAAGUGUUCCUUCAGAGUCUACCGAGCUUUUGACUUGCAAGGAUGAGUACGAGCCCCCAACCAUAACUAUUGACCCAGACAUGAAGGAAGGUGUAUCAGUCAGGGCAGGAGAUACCAUCGUGGUCACAGCCUCCAAGAUUAUUGGCAAACCUCCCCCCACUGCUGUCUGGUCAAAGGGAGGCCGCGAGUUCAAGACCUCUGACAUUGUCACCAUCACUAGCACCCCUACCUCUUCCAGUCUGGCUAUCAAGUAUGCAAGCCGAAAGAACACAGGAGAGUACACCAUAACUGCCAGCAACCCUUUCGGCAUCAAGGAAGAACGUGUGAAGGUGAAGGUUCUAGACGUGCCUGGACCUCCAGGCCCUAUUGAAGCCAGUAACAUCUCAGCUGAGAGGUGUACUCUGACCUGGCUUCCACCAGACGAGGAUGGAGGCUGCACUAUCAAGUCCUACAUACUUGAGAAAAGAGAAACCAGCCGCCUGCAGUGGACCAAGCUAGCUGAAAAUGUCAUGGACUGCAGACAUGUAGCACACAAGCUGAUUAAGGGCAACGAGUAUAUAUUUAGAGUAUGUGCUGUGAACCAGUAUGGCACUGGAGACUCAAGCCAGUCUGGUCCAGUAAAAAUGGUUGACAGUUUCGGCCCACCAGGUCCACCCUCAGUUCCAGAAAUUGAUAACAUCAGUAGAAAUGCUAUCACCAUUUCAUGGAGGAGACCAGUACGAGAUGGAGGAAGUGACAUCAGAGGAUAUUGUGUAGAAAGGAAAGAGAGAAGAGGAAUGAGAUGGGUGAGAGCCUCUAAGAGGUCAGUCCCUGACCUGCGCUUUAAGGUGCAAGGCCUGACAGAGGGAGUUGAGUAUGAGUUUAGAGUCACUGCAGAGAACAAGGCUGGAUUUGGUGAGCCGAGUGAGCCAUCACACCCUGUAAUGACCAAGGACAUUGUGUAUCCACCUGGUCCUCCUUCCAACCCCAGAAUAAUGGAUACAACAAAAACCACAGCCACAUUUGCCUGGGGCAAACCCCAUUAUGAUGGUGGUCUUGAAGUAGAUGGAUACAUUGUUGAGUACAAAAAGGAAGGGCAUGAUGACUGGGAGGUGGAGACACAGUACCAAUUGAAAGCUACUGAAUAUGUUAUUGGUAAACUUCAAAAAGGAGGAAAAUACCACUUCAGAGUCAGCGCUGUAAACUCAGAAGGAGUUGGUGAGCCUGCAGAGGUUGAAAAGGUUAUUGAACUAGUGGACCAGGAGACGCUGCCAGAUUUUGAGCUCGAUGCUGAACUAAGGAGAACCCUGGUGGUCAGGUGCCGUGCUUCCAUACGUAUGUUUGUUCCCAUCCGUGGUUGUCCUGCUCCUGAAGUAACCUGGAGCAAAGAUGAUACAAACUUGAAAACACGUGCACACAUUGACACUACAGAGUCCUACACUCUCCUGGUUAUCCCUGACUGCACCAGAUACGAUGCUGGAAAGUACAACCUCUGUCUUGAGAAUGUCGCUGGAAAGAAGACUGGUUUUGUUAAUGUGAAAAUUCUAGACACACCAGGACCACCAGUCAACCUCAAACCUAGAGAGAUCACUAAGAACAGUAUCACCCUCCAGUGGGAGAUCCCUAUUAUUGAUGGAGGUUCUAAGAUUCAUAACUAUAUAAUUGAAAAGAGAGAGGCCACUAAGAAAGCCUACACAGUAAUUAGCACCAAUUGGCAGAAGUGUUCUUUCAAGUUCCCAGACCUUGAAGAGGGAGCUUACUACUACUUCCGUGUCUCGGCUGAGAAUGACCUUGGUGUAGGUGAGCCUGCUGAAUCCCCUGAGCCAAUCAGGGUGUCCCAAGCCCCCUCUGCACCAGAGAACUUGUAUGUCACGGAUGUGUCAGCUGACAGUGCCAGUCUGUCAUGGACCAAGCCUUUGCAUGAUGGUGGCAGCUUAAUCACCGGAUAUGUCAUUGAGGCCCAAAAGAAGGACAGUGACAAUUGGGUCCAUGUUACCACUAUCAAGGCUCUGGACUACACCGUCACUGAUCUGAUUGAGGGUGCUGAGUACAUUUUCCGCAUAAUGGCUGUCAAUGCAUCAGGAAGGAGUGACCCCCGUGAGAGCAGGCCUGCUGUUAUUAAAGAACAGACUUCUGCACCUUCCUUUGACCUGCGUGGAGUCUAUCAGAAGACCGUCAUCGCAAAGGCAGGAGACCGUGUAAAGGUGGAGAUUCCUGUGCUUGGUAAACCAAGACCUCUUGUUUCUUGGAAGAAGGGUGACAUAGUACUCAAAGAGACACAAAGAAUAAACACUGAAACCACACUAACAUCAACUGUUCUCAAUAUCAAUGAAAUCAAGAGGACUGACGGGGGCCAGUAUUCCAUUACAGGAAAGAACAUGCUGGGGACAUUGACUGAGACAAUCACAGUCCUGGUCCAUGACAUCCCAGGCCCUCCUACUGGUCCCAUCAAGUUGGAGGAGGUCUCAUGUGAUUAUGUUCUCAUGUCCUGGGAGGCUCCCGAGAAUGAUGGUGGCGUUCCAAUCAACAACUAUAUUGUUGAGAUGCGAGAGACUACUGGUACUUCAUGGGUUGAGUUGGCAGCUACAGUGAUCAGAACCACAUUCAAAGCAGCCCGUCUCAACACUGGAACCCAAUAUCAGUUCCGUGUCAGAGCCCAGAACAGAUAUGGAGUUGGACCAUACCUUGUUUCAGAACCAGUUGUUGCUGCCUAUCCAUUUGAUGUGCCAGGGCAGCCAGGUGUUCCUGUCGUCACAUCUUUCAACAAAGAUGCUAUGAGUUUGAGUUGGAAUGAACCUUCCUCUGAUGGAGGAAGUGCAAUCCUGGGCUAUCAUGUGGACAGAAAAGAGAAAAACAGUAUUCUUUGGCAAAGGAUCAGCAAAGCUCUUGUUGUGGGAAACAUUUUCAAAUCAACAGGUCUAGUUGAUGGAAUUGCAUAUGAACACCGUGUCACUGCUGAAAACAUGGCUGGUCUCAGCAAACCAAGCAAAGCCUCUGAUCCUAUGUAUGCAUUGGACCCUGUUGACCCACCAGGCAGGCCUGUGGCACUCAAUGUCACCAGACAUGAGGUGACAGUUUCAUGGACCAAACCAGAGGGAGAUGGUGGAUUUUCUAUCACUGGAUACACAGUCGAGAGAAGAGAGAUGCCAAAUGGACGCUGGCUUAAAGCCAACUUUAACAACAUCCAGGAAACGAUUUAUACAAUCAGUGGUCUGACUGAAGAUGCAACUUAUGAAUUCCGUGUGACUGCUAGAAACUCAGCUGGUUCCGUUAGUGCUCCAUCCCAGUCAUCUGAAGCAUUCACAUGCAGAGAUGACAUUGAAGAGCCCAGACUUGAUGUUGAUGCAUCAUAUAGCAGCAAUGUGGUUGUCAUGGCAGGAGAGAUUUUCAAGCUGGAAGCUAGUGUUACUGGCAGGCCAAUUCCAUCCCUGGUAUGGACCAAGGAAGGAAAGGAGCUUCAGGAUACAGCCAAGAUAGAGAUAAAAACAUCUGACUUCCACACAACUCUAACAAACAAAGAUUCUCUGAGGAGGGACGGCGGUUCCUUUAUUCUUACUGCCAGCAAUCCCGGUGGCUUUGCCAAGUUCACAUUCAAUGUCAAGGUGCUAGACAGACCUGGACCACCAGACUCUCUUACUGUCACUGAUGUUGCUGCUGAGAAAUGUGUUCUUAACUGGCUACAUCCUACACAUGAUGGCGGUGCCAAGAUCGAGUACUUCAUCAUUCAGAAGCGGGAGACCAGUAGGUUGGCAUGGACAAAUGUGGCGACCGACCUUCAGGCAAACAGGUUCAAGGUCACAAAGCUUCUAAAGGGCAAUGAGUAUAUCUUCAGAGUCAUGGCUGUUAACAAGUAUGGCAUGGGUGAACCCCUGGAGUCUGAACCUGUCAUUUGUACCAACCCCUAUGUCCCAAGUGAUUCACCACAUCAGCCCGAAGUCACCACCAUUACCAAGGACUCAAUGGUCGUCUGCUGGGAGCGCCCUGAACAUGAUGGAGGCAGCAGAAUAAACACAUACAUUAUUGAGAGAAGAGAUAAAACUGGCUUGCGCUGGGUGAAGUGCAACAAAAGGACAGUAACCGACCUGCGAUUCAAGGUCUCAGGCCUCACAGUAGGACAUGAGUAUGAAUUCAGAGUUCUUGCUGAAAACAAUGCUGGUCUGAGCCAGCCUAGUCCUUCAAGUCCAUUCUACAAAGCAGUAGACACCAUCUUCCAACCUGGUCCUCCAGGGAACCCCAGAGUACUUGACACAACCAAGUCCUCCAUCACCCUCACCUGGAAUAAACCUGUCUACGAUGGUGGUUCUGAAAUCACUGGUUACAUUGUAGAGACAUGCCUACCAGAGGAGGAUGAGUGGACUAUUCACACUCCCAAGAAGGGAUGGACAGCCACUUCCUUCACCAUCACCAACCUGAAGGAAAACCAAGAGUACAAAAUCAACAUUUGUGCCACUAAUUGUGAAGGAGUGGGUGAGCCUGCUGCUGUUCCUGGAACCCCGAAGGCCGAAGACAGACUGCUUCCUCCAGAAAUUGAACUUGGAGCAGAGCUGCGCAAGGUGGUCUGCAUCAGAGCCUGUAGCACACUAAGACUGUUCGUCCCUAUUAAGGGAAGACCAGCACCUGAAGUAAAAUGGUCAAGAGAGCAUGGAGAAUCACUUGAUAAAGCCAACAUUGAAAUUACCCCUUCAUUCACUACUCUUCAGGUUGACAAUGUUGAUAGGUUUGAUGGAGGUAAAUACAUGGUGACUGUCGAGAAUGCAACAGGAAGCAAGACAGCCUAUGUCAAUGUUAGGGUGCUGGAUACUCCAGGAGCACCUCAGAAUCUGAUUGUCAAGGAGGUCACUAGAGAUUCAGUUUCCCUUACUUGGGAUGCACCUCUCAUUGAUGGUGGCGCAAGAGUUCGCAACUACAUUGUGGAGAAGCGUGAGUCUACCAGAAAAGCUUACUCAACAGUGUGUGCCAGCUGCCAUAAGUCCAGUUGGAAAGUUGGAGAGCUGGAGGAAGGAAAGAUGUACUUCUUCAGAAUUCUGGCUGAGAAUGAAUAUGGCAUUGGCCUCCCUGUGGAGACUGUGGAACCAAUUAAAGUGUCAGAGAGGCCUCUACCACCAGGCAAGGUGUCCCUUUGUGAAGUAACCAGCAACAGUGUCACACUUAGUUGGGAAAAGCCUGACCAUGAUGGUGGAAGCAGAAUCACAGGCUAUAUAGUUGAAAUGCAGGGUAAAGGCAGUGAUAAAUGGACUCAGGUUAUGGUGGUGAAAACCAAUAGAGCUCUUGUAAGUGGCCUUACUCAGGGAGAGGAAUACAUGUUCCGAAUCAUCUCCACCAAUGAAAAGGGAGUAAGCGACCCUCGUGCUCUCAGUGUUCCAGUUGUGGCCAAGGACUUGGUCAUCUCACCAACAUUCAAACUGUUAUUCAGCACAUUUAGUGUGCUAGCAGGAGAUGAUCUGAAGAUAGAUGUACCCUAUGCUGCCUGCCCCAAGGCUACAGCAACUUGGCUCAAAGAUGGUGUUGUUUUCAAGGAGACAACAAGAGUUAAUGCUGAAGCCACAGACACAAAUCUUCUCCUGGUUAUUAAAGAUGCUUGCAGGGAUGAUGUAGGCACUUACACAAUUAAACUAACCAACACAGCUGGAGAGGCAUCCACAGACCUCAGUGUUGUUGUUCUAGAUAAGCCUGGUCCUCCAACUGGCCCAAUUAAAAUGGAUGAAGUCACAGCUGACAGCUUAGUCCUGUCCUGGAAUCCACCAGAGUAUGAUGGUGGUUGCGCCAUCAACAAUUAUAUUGUUGAGAAGAGAGACACAUCUACCACCAACUGGCAGAUUGUUUCAGCUACAGUGGCCAGAACAACUAUUAAGGCAGCCCGUCUGAGGACUGGAACUGAGUACCAGUUUAGGAUUGCUGCAGAGAAUAGAUAUGGCAAGUCCUCAGUUCUGCUCUCUGAUACCAUUGUUGCUCAGUAUCCAUUUGAGUUGCCCAGCCAACCUCGUUCUGUUGUGGUCCAGUCAGCAACUAAGGAGACAAUGGUGGUUGUGUGGGAGAAACCCAGUAAUGAUGGUGGAAGCAAAAUCUUGGGCUACCACUUAGAGCUCAAAGAAAGAAACAGUAUACUGUGGGUGAAACAGAACAAACAAAUCAUCCCAGAGACCAGAUUCAAAGUUGUUGGUCUUGAGGAGGGAAUUGAAUAUGAAUUCAGACUCUAUGCUGAAAACAUUGUUGGCCUUAGCAAAGCCAGCAAAGUGAGUGAUAUGCAAGUGGCCAGAGAUCCUUGUGACAGACCAGGAAAACCAGAGGCCGUCAUCGUAACAAGAAAUAAAGUCACUCUCAGAUGGACCAAACCCGAGUAUGAUGCGGGUAUUAAGAUCACAGGCUAUGUGGUUGAGAAGAAGAAAGGGACUGGACGCUGGAUGAAGGCCAGUUUCGCUAAUGUCAUUGAGACUGAAUUUGUUGUUACAGGAUUAACUGAAGAUCAAAUAUAUGAGUUCCGUGUCAUUGCCAGAAAUGCUGCUGGGGUCCUAAGCCUGCCAUCUGAUUCAACAGGAGCUAUUACUGCAAAGGAUGAGGUUGACCCACCAAAGAUUGAUUUGGAAGCUAAAUACUCACAGGCUGUAGUGCUAAAUGCUGGAGAGACAUUCAGGCUCGAGGCUGCUGUCUAUGGCAAGCCUGUGCCAACAAUACACUGGCUUAAGGAGGGCCAAGAGAUUACAGAGGCAGCUCGGUUAGAGCUCAAGAACACAGACUUUAUAGCUUGUCUAGUUGUUAAAGAAGCGAUCCGUGUUGAUGGAGGUCAGUAUACUCUGCUGGUCAAGAAUGUUGGAGGAGAGAAAUCUGUAAACAUUAAUGUCAAGGUCCUGGAUAGACCAGGUCCACCUGAAGGUCCCAUUUCUGUUUAUGGAGUUACCAGUGAGAAAUGCUCCAUUUCCUGGAAACCGCCCUUGCAAGAUGGCGGUAGCGAUGUUUCCCAUUACAUUGUUGAGAGGAGGGAAACCAGCAGACUGGUUUGGACUGUAAUUGAACAAAAAGUUCAGACACUAAAUCUAAAGAUCACAAAACUUCUUCCUGGUAAUGAGUACAUUUUCAGAGUGAUUCCAGUGAACAAAUAUGGAGUUGGUGAGCCUCUAGAAUCUGAGCCUAUGAUAGCAAGAAAUCCAUAUGUCACUCCCAACCCACCAACAGAGGUAGAAGUCUCCACAAUAACCAAAGACUCCAUGGUGGUGACCUGGGAGAGACCAACUCAGGAUGGUGGCAGCCCCAUCCAAGGAUACAUUGUUGAGAAACGUGAUAAAGAUGGCGUGAGGUGGACUAGAUGCAACAAGCGCACAGUGAGUGAGCUGCGCUUCAGAGUAACAGGGCUCCUAGAAAACCACAGCUAUGAAUUUAGAGUUGCUGCCGAGAAUGCUGCAGGUGUUGGCACACCUAGUGCACCAACAAUGUACUACAAAGCACUUGAUCCUAUAUUCAAAGCAGGCCCACCCAACAACCCCAAGGUGGUGGACUCAACUAGGUCCACUGUUUCCCUGACAUGGGGAAAACCCAUCUAUGACGGUGGCUGUGAGAUUCAGGCUUAUAUUGUUGAAGCCUGCAAUGGAGCAUCCGAUGAGUGGUUUAUGUGCACUCCUCCAACUGGAAUCACAGAUACCAAGUUUACAGUGAGAAAGCUUCUGGAAAAGCAUGAGUACCAAUUCAGAGUAUGUGCUAUCAACAAAGUUGGUGUUGGUGAGCAUGCUGAUGUUCCAGGAAAAAUUCUUCUUGAGGAAAAGCUUGAGGCCCCUGAUCUUGACCUGGAUAAUGAUAUGAGAAAGAUGAUAAAUAUCAGAGCAGCUUGCACUCUAAGGCUUUUCGUUCCUGUGAGAGGCCGUCCAGCCCCGGAGGUGAAAUGGGGCAAGGCUGAGGGCGAGAUUAAAGACACAGCCCUGAUUGACAAUACAGGCAGCUAUGCCUCACUUGUCAUUGAGAAUGUUGACAGAUUUGACAGCGGCAAGUAUACCUUGACUGCGGAAAAUGCCAGUGGGACGAAGUCUGUCUUCAUCAGUGUUAGAGUCCUGGACUCACCUAGUCCACCAACUAACUUCAUAGUGAAAGAGAUUACCAAGAAUUCAAUUACUCUCACAUGGGAGCCCCCACUGCUUGAUGGUGGUUCAAAGAUUAAGCAUUAUAUUGUUGAGAAGCGAGAGAGUACCAGGAAAGUUUACUCUCCCAUCACCACCUGCAACAGGAUGUCAUGGAAGGUUGAGCCUCUUCCAGAGGGUGGAAUCUUCUUCUUCAGAGUCCUGGCUGAGAAUGAAUAUGGUGUGGGUCUUCCUGCUAAAACUAUAGAUCCAAUUAAAAUCUCUGAGAAGCCUCAGCCCCCUGGUAAAGUCAGUGUUGUUGAUGUAACUUGUAGCACUGUAACUCUAGCCUGGGAAAAGCCUGUAAAUGAUGGUGGCAGCAGGAUUAGUCACUAUGAAAUUGAACUUGCUCCUAAGGAUAGUGAGGCUUGGUCAUUGUGUGCUAGUGUGAAGGCAUUAGAAACUGUUGUUACAAACCUUCUCAAGGGAGAGGAGUACCAGUUCAGAGUUGUGGCUGUAAAUGAUAAAGGCAAAAGUGAACCUAGACAACUGGUUCAGUCAGUUGUAGCAAAGGACCUUGUUAUUGAGCCUGCGGUAAGGCCCAAAGUUAGCACCUACAGUGUCCAGGUGGGUUAUGACCUCAAGAUAGAAGUCCCUAUCGCUGGGCAUCCAAAACCAACCAUUACUUGGACCAAGGAUGGAGCUGCCCUUAAGCAGACUACCCGAGUCAAUGUCACUGACUCGGCAAAUCACACCACUUUAACCAUUAAGGAUGCAACCAGAGAGGAUGGAGGCAUGUACAGCAUCAAUAUUGCAAAUACUCUUGGUUCAAAGGAUGCCACUAUUGAGGUGAUUACCCUUGACAGACCAGGACCACCAACAGGACCUGUCAAGGUGGAGGACAUCAGUGCUGAGAGUAUGACUCUUAGCUGGGAACCUCCGACAUAUACAGGAGGCUGUCCAAUCUCUAACUAUGUAGUGGAGAAGAGAGACACAACCACUACUAACUGGUUAGUUGUAUCUGCCACUGUGGCCAGAACCACGCUUAAAGUGAGCAAUCUGAAGACAGGUGCUGAAUAUCAGUUCAGAAUCUAUGCCGAGAAUAGAUAUGGAAAGAGUUAUGCAAUUGACUCAGAGCCUGUAUUGGCACAGUAUCCAUUCCAGGAGCCUGGCCCACCAGGAACACCUUUUGUCUCUUCAUACUCAAAAGACUAUAUGGUAGUUGACUGGCACAAACCUCCAUCUGAUGGCGGCAGUGUCAUCUUGGGCUACCAUCUUGAGAGGAAAGAGAAGAACAGUAUUCUCUGGACCAAGAUAAACAAAAUGCUUAUCCAAGACUGCAGGUUCAAAUCUACUCCUCUUGAGGAAGGCAUUGAGUAUGAAUACAGAGUCUAUGCUGAGAAUAUCGUUGGCAUUGGAAAAUGCAGCAAAGUGUCUGAGGUUUAUGUGGCCCGUGACCCUUGUGAUCCUCCUGGACAUCCUGAGGCUGUGAUUGUGACUAGGCAUUCAGUCAAGCUGAGAUGGACCCCUCCGACAUAUGAUGGAGGAAGCUUAGUUACUGGCUAUGUAGUGGAAAAACGUGACCUACCUGAGGGAAAGUGGAUGAAGGCUAGCUUUGCAAAUGUCAUUGAACAAGAAUUUACAGUAACAGGCCUGGCAGAGGAAAGUAAAUAUGACUUCAGGGUAAUUGCAAGGAAUGCAGCUGGUGCUGUCAGCAAGCCCUCUGAAAGCACAGGAUCCAUCACUGCCAAGGAUGAGGUUGAACCACCCAAGUGUGAGACAGAUCCUAUGUACAACCAGACCCUUGUAAUAAAUGCUGGAGAGACUUUCAGUCUAGAGGCUAGUGUGGGAGGAAAGCCCAUUCCUACAGCUCAGUGGUUCAGGGGAAGUGUUGAAGUGGAAAAUUCGGCAAGAGCUGAGAUCAAAAACACAGAUUUUAAGGCUUUGCUAGUUGUUAAGGAUGCCAUUAGAGUGGAUGGUGGACAGUACACACUUGUUCUUACUAAUGUCGCUGGAACUAAGACUGUACCAUUCAGUGUGAAGGUGCUGGACAGACCAGGUCCCUCAGAGGGACCUCUUACUGUCAGCAAUGUGACUGAGGAGAAGUGCUCACUGUCAUGGCUGCCACCCAGGCACGAUGGGGGAGCUAGCAUUUCUCACUACAUUAUACAGAAACGAGAAACCAGCCGUUUAGCAUGGACUGUGGUUUCCAGCGACUGUGGAGCUACCAUGUUCAAGGUUACAAAACUGUUGAAGGGCAAUGAAUACAUUUUCAGAGUCAUGGCUGUCAACAAAUACGGUGAGGGAGAACCUCUUGAAUCAGUACCAGUUAUCAUGAGGAAUCCAUUUGUUCCUCCUGGCUCACCACAUGAGCUUGAGAUCACCAACAUUACCAGGGACUCCAUGACUGUCUGCUGGAACCGUCCUGAAGCCACAGGAGGCAGUGAAAUUGUUGGUUACAUUGUUGAGAAGAGAGACAGAGCUGGAGUGAGGUGGACCAAGUGCAACAAACGCAGGGUGACAGAUCUGCGUUUCAGAGUUACCGGAUUGACUGAGGACCAUGAAUAUGAAUUCAGGGUUUCUGCUGAGAAUGCAGCGGGAGUAGGUCAACCAAGCCCAGCUACAUCCUACCUCAAAGCCUGUGACCCCACCUUUGAACCAGGCUGUCCUACCAAUGCACAGUUGGUAGACACAGCUAAAGACUCCAUUACUGUGGCCUGGCAUCGACCUAUCUAUGAUGGUGGUUGUGAGAUUCAAGGAUAUGCUGUGGAAAUUACAAAGGCUGAUGAAGAAGAGUGGGCUAUUUGCACACCACCAUCUGGAGUCAAUGCUACCAAGUUUAGAAUCACCAAGUUGAUAGAGCACCAGGAAUACAAGGUGCGUAUAUGUGCUAUCAACAAGCUUGGUGUUGGUGAACCCACUGAGAUUCAGGGAGUUUUGAAACCUUUGGAUAAGAUUGAUUCUCCAGAGGUGAUACUUGAUUCAGAGCUCAGGAAAGGAAUAGUUGUUUGGGCGGGAGGCUCAAUGAGAAUCUGCAUUCCAUUCAAGGGUCGUCCAACUCCUGAGAUCAGCUGGGCAAAGGAGGAUUCAGAACUUCCCAGUAAAGUUCAAGUAGAGACAGGUGAAGAUUACACACAGCUCUCCAUUGACAUCUGUGACAGAUAUGAUGCUGGAAAAUACAUCAUUAACUUGGAAAAUAGCGCUGGGAAAAAGUCAGCCUUUGUCUCUGUUAAAGUUCUGGACACUCCAGGGGCUCCUCUGAAUCUAACUGUAAAAGAUAUUAAGAGGGAAAGUGUCAAUCUGACAUGGGAGCCUCCUCUUAUUGAUGGUGGUGCAAGAAUCAAGAACUACCUGGUUGAAAAGCGUGAGGCCAACAGGAAUGUUUACUCUAAUGUGGACAACAAGUGCACAAAAACAAGCUACCGCAUCACUGGACUCACUGAGGGAGUUAUUUACUAUUUUAGAGUGUUAGCAGAGAACGAGUUUGGUGUAGGAAAGGCAGUGGAGACACAGGACGCAGUGAGGACCUCUGAGCCUCCUCUACCUGUGGGUAAAGUCACCUUGACUGACGUGACCAAAACAAAUGCUUCACUCUCAUGGGAGAAGCCUGACCAUGAUGGAGGCAGCAGGAUCAUGGGCUACUACAUUGAGAUGCAGCCUGUGGGCUCAGAAGAAUGGGUGGUGGCUACAAUAGCAAAAACUUGUGAGGGAACUAUCACUGGCCUAAGUGCAGGACACGAGUACCUUUUCAGAGUUUCAGCUUUCAAUGAGAAGGGCAAGAGUGAUCCCAGGCCUUUGGCAGCAACAGUCACUGCUAAAGAUGUAACUAUUGAACCCAGAUUCAAGAUGGCAUUCAAUACUUACAGUUUACAGCAAGGACAGGAUCUGAAAAUUGAGAUUCCAGUGAUUGGACGCCCUGUUCCCAAGGUUGAAUGGAAAAAGGAUGGACAUGCUAUAAAAGAGACAACUAGACUAAAUGUAUCCAGCACAUCAUCAUCUACCAAGCUGACCAUCAAGGAUGCAAAUAAGGAAGACUCUGGCAAAUACACCAUUACAGCUACCAGCAAUAUUGGAACAGCUACUGAGGAGAUUACUGUUAUUAUUCUUGAAAAGCCUGGACCACCUAAAGGCCCUGUAAAGAUUGAGGAGGUGAGCUCAAAUUAUGCCACACUCUCCUGGGAGCCACCAGAGUACACUGGAGGUUGUCAGAUCAACAACUACAUUGUGGAGAAAAGAGACACCACCACAACCGCAUGGCAGAUUGUCUCUGCUACUAUUGCCAGGACGACCAUCAAAGUCAGCAAUUUAAAGACUGGAGUUGAGUAUCAAUUCCGAGUGGCUGCUGAGAAUAGAUAUGGAAAGAGUUCUGCCAUUGUCUCCCCAGCUGUUAUUGCUCAGUAUCCAUUCAGUGAGCCCGCUGCUCCAGGAACGCCAGCUGUAUCUGCUGCAACUAAGGAUAACAUGGUUGUUGAAUGGAAAGUUCCCAACAAUAAUGGAGGUAGCCCCAUUCUAGGUUAUCACCUCGAGAGAAAAGAAAAGAACAGCCUCUUAUGGACUAAGCUUAACAAGCUUCUAAUCCCAGAAACGCGUUUCAAGACUACAGAGCUGGAAGAAGGUAUUGAGUAUGAAUUUAGAGUUUAUGCUGAGAAUAUUGCUGGCCUUAGCCCAGUUAGCAAGGUCUCUGAUAGCACAGUAGCCAGGGAUCCCUGUGAUCCACCAGGCACUCCUGAGGCUAUUGACAUCACUAGAAACCAUGUGACACUCCAGUGGACUAGACCUCAGUAUGAUGGAGGAAGUGCGAUCACUGGGUAUGUGAUUGAGAGGAAGAAGCACCCAGAUACCCGCUGGAUGAAGGCCAGCUUCACUAACAUCAUUGAUACUCAGUUCACACUAACUGGUCUGACUGAGGAUUGUGUGUAUGAAUACAGAGUUAUUGCCAGAAAUGCUGCCGGUAUUUACAGCCGUCCUUCAAUGGGAACAGGAGAAAUUACUGCCAAAGAUGAAAUUGAGGCUCCAGGAGCCACCAUGGACUCUAAAUUCAAAGAUCUGACUAUUGUUAAUGCUGGUGAGACAUUUGUCAUUGAUGCUGACUAUACUGGCAAGCCUCUGCCUGAGGUCAUCUGGUUAAAGGAUGGAAAGGAGAUUGACCAAACAACACCAAGAAUGGAGGUCAAAACUUCAAUUACACGUACCAUCCUGACAGUCAAGGACUGCAUCAGAGUAGAUGGUGGCCACUUUGUCCUCAAACUUGUAAAUGUGGGUGGAGUCAAGAUGGUCCCAGUUAAUGUUAAAAUUCUUGAUAGACCUGGUCCUCCAGAUGGCCCUCUAGAAGUCAAAGGAGUCACAGCUGAAAAAUGUUAUAUCCACUGGAACCAUCCCUCACAUGAUGGUGGAGCGAGCAUCUCUCAUUACAUAAUUGAGAAAAGAGAGACCAGUCGUUUGUCAUGGACCGUGGUUGAGCCAAAGAUACAGGCUAUCAGCUACAAAAUCACUAAACUGCUGCCUGGCAAUGAAUACAUCUUUAGAGUCACUGCCGUGAAUAAAUAUGGCGUUGGUGAGCCUUUAGAAUCUGAUCCUGUUAUUGCACGUAAUCCGUUUACUACUCCCAGUGCGCCAUCCACUCCAGAGCCAAGUGCUAUUACUAGGGACUCCAUUGUACUUACAUGGGAGAGACCAGAAGAAAAUGGAGGAGCUGAGAUUGAAGGAUAUGUUCUUGAAAAACGUGAUAAGGAUGGCAUUAGAUGGACUAAGUGCAACAAGAAGAGGCUGAGUGACCUGAGAUUUAGAUGUUCUGGUCUAACAGAGGGCCACUGCUAUGAAUUCAGGAUCUCAGCAGAAAAUGCUGCUGGUGUUGGUAAGCCUAGCGCUCCAACCGAAUACAUCAAGGCAUGUGAUGCAACUUAUCCACCAGGACCUCCAAACAACCCCAAAGUCACGGACCAUUCUAGCACUACAGUUUCUCUGUCCUGGUCUAGGCCAAUAUAUGAUGGUGGAGCACCAAUCCAAGGAUAUAUUGUUGAAACGAAGGAGGCAGCUGAUGAUGAGUGGGUCAUUUGCACAUCACACACUGGUGUCCAGACCACACACUACACAGUAAAAAGACUUAAAGAGAAUGCAGAGUACAACUUCCGCAUUUUUGCUCUUAACUGCGAAGGAGUAGGAGAGCAUGUUGACCUACCUGGAUCUGUGAUCGCUGCAGAGAAGCUGGAGGCUCCUGAAAUCGAAUUAGAUUCUGACCUGAGAAAGAUGGUCAAUGUUCGUGCCACUGCCACUUUACGUUUGUUUGUGCCGAUCAGAGGAAAGCCUGAGCCUGAGGUCAGAUGGUCAAAAGCUGAUGGCACUUUGAAUGAGCGUGCCCAGAUUGAGGUCACAAGCUCUUACACAAUGCUGCUGAUCGAGAAUGUUGACCGAUUCGACACUGGUAAAUAUGUACUGUCCCUUGAGAACCUCAGUGGGUCUAAGUCAGCCUUCAUCAAUGUCAGAAUUCUUGACUCUCCAAGUGCUCCUAUCAACCUGGAGGUUAAGGAUGUAAAGAGAAAUUCUGUCUCUCUUUCUUGGGAACCCCCUCUCAUUGAUGGUGGGGCUAAGAUAUCACACUACAUUGUGGAGAAGAGAGAGCAGAAGAGAAUGGCUUUCACCAGUGUUUGCACCAACUGUGUAAGAAACUCUUACAUUAUUUCCGAUCUGCAGGAGGGAGGACGCUACUAUUUCCGUGUGUUGGCCGUAAAUGAGCUGGGAGUAGGUCUGCCUGCCUCCACAGAUCAAGUGAAGGUGUCUGAGGCUCCUUUGCCUCCUGGUAAGAUAGUCUUAGUUGAUGUGACUCGUCAUACUGUUACCCUUUCUUGGGAAAAACCUGAUUAUGAUGGAGGCAGCAAAAUUACAAACUAUAUUGUGGAGAUGCAGCCCAAGGGAGAUGACAAAUGGACGACAUGCAGUGAAGUCAAAGCACUGGAAGCUACUGUUGAUGGACUUGCAACUGGAGAGGAAUAUUCCUUCAGGGUAUUUGCUGUAAAUGAUAAAGGCAGAAGUGAUGCCAAGCCUCUAGCUAACCCUGUGGUGGUAAAGGACAUCACAAUGGCGCCUACAAUUAAGUUGGUGUUCAACACCUACAGUGUAAAGGCAGGUGAUGACCUGAAGAUUGAUAUUCCCUUCAAAGGAAGACCUGAUCCUGAGGUUUCCUGGAAAAAGGAUGGCAAUGCACUUAAACAGACAACAAGGGUCAAUGUUCUUACAUCCAAAACCUCAUCCAAGAUUUUCAUCAAAGAUGCUACCAAGGAGGAUGUAGGAAAGUACGAGAUUACUCUGACCAACUCAGUUGGCACCAAGACAGCUGAAGUCUCAGUUGUAAUCUUGGAUAAACCUGGUCCACCCAGCGACAUUAAGUUUGAUGAGGUGAGCGCUGACUUCAUGUCUCUAUCUUGGGAUGCUCCAAGUUAUGAUGGUGGAUGCCAGAUUAACAACUAUGUGGUGGAGAAGAGAGACACCACUACAACCACAUGGCAAAUAGUUUCAGCCACAGUAGCCAGGACUUCAAUCAAGGUGUCUCGUCUCACUCAGGGAGUAGAAUACCAGUUCCGCAUUGCAGCUGAGAACCGUUAUGGUAAGAGUUCUGCCAUUGACUCAGCUCCUGUUAUUGCUCAAUAUCCUUUCGAGCUUCCUGGCCCUCCAACCAAUCUUCAUGUUGCUCAUGCUACCAAGUAUGGCAUGCUCGUGCAAUGGGGCAAGCCUGCAAGUGAUGGUGGAAGCCCUGUUAUUGGUUAUCAUAUAGAAUGCAAAGACCAAAGCAGUAUCUUAUGGACCAAGGUGAACAGAGGUCUUCUGACUGAAAACCAGUUUAAGAUGACAGGAAUAGAAGAAGGACUGUUUUAUCACUUCAGAGUCUAUGCUGAGAAUAUUGCUGGCAUUGGUCCAUGCACUAAGGCUUGUGACUCUGUGGCAGCAAGGGAUCCAUGUGCACCUCCAUGUAACCUUCGAGUCACCAACAUUACUCGUACCUCAGUUUCCCUCUUCUGGGAAAAGCCAGAGUAUGAUGGUGGAACAAAAAUUACUGGCUACAUUGUUGAACGCAUGGAACUUCCCAAUGGCCGCUGGCUGAAAUGCAACUUCACAAAUUUGCAAGAUACCUACUAUGAUGUCACAGGCCUUACAGAAGAUGUCCAAUAUGAUUUCCACAUCAUUGCCAAGAACUCUGCAGAGCAGAUGAGUGCUCCAUCUGAGAACACUGGUCCUAUCACAGUCAAGGAUGAUAUAGACCCUCCAACUAUUAUUCUUGAAGAUAAGUUCAGACAGCUGGUUGUCAUUAAGGCUGGAGAGAUCAUUCAAAUUGACGCUGAAAUCACAGGCCGUCCACUCCCAGUUGUUUCAUGGUCUAAAGAUGGGAAGGAAAUUGAGGCCAAGGCCAGGUGUGAAAUAACCUCAACCAACUUCACAACCUCACUGGUUGUCAGAGACACUAUCAGGAAGGACUCUGGUCAGUAUGUCCUGACCCUGCACAAUGUUGCAGGGACAAGAUCUGUAGCUAUAAAUUGUAAGGUUCUGGACCGACCUGGACCUGCCUCAGGUCCUCUGGCAGUGUCUGGCCUCACAGCAGAGAAAUGCACCCUAACAUGGGGACCUCCUCAGGAGAAUGGUGGUGCUGAAAUAAUGCAUUACAUUGUGGAGAAAAGAGAGACCAGUCGCCUUGCCUGGACUCUUGUUCAUGGUGACAUGAAGGCAACCACCUGUAAAGUGACCAAGUUGCUUAAAGGAAAUGAGUACGUCUUUAGAGUCAGGGGAGUCAACAAAUACGGGGAUGGUGAGGCCCUGGAGAGUGACCCAAGAAAGGCCAUGGAUCCAUUUACUGUGCCUGCAGCUCCAACUAAUGUUCAGGUAACUUCAGUUACCAGUGAGGCAAUGACCAUCUGUUGGGAAAGACCUGUUUCUGAUGGUGGCAGCAGUAUCGCUGGCUAUGUCAUUGAAAAGCGGGAGAAGACUGGCCUUCGCUGGUGCCGUGUACAUAAGAAACCUGUUUAUGACCUUAGAGUCAAAGCAUCUCACCUUCGUGAUGGAUGUGAGUAUGAGUACAGAGUCUUUGCAGAGAACUCUGCUGGCCUCAGUGCUCCAAGCACUCCUUGCCCACUUACCAAGGCUGAAGACCCACAGUUCCUGCCUUCACCUCCUGCUAAGCCUAAGCUCAUUGACUCAACAAAGACCACAGUCACCCUGUCAUGGAAUAAGCCACUGUUCGAUGGUGGAGCACCUGUGACUGGUUACAGAGUAGAGUACAGGAUGUCAAUGGAUGAUGAAUGGUUUGUUGGAGUCCAAAACACCAAAAACACAGAAUUUACAGUGGUGGGAUUGACACCUGGGACUGAGUAUGUGUUUGUUGUCAAGUCCAUUAACAAGAUUGGAAUCAGUGAGCCCAGUCCUGAGUCAGACAAACAAGUUGCCAAAGAAAAAGCCGAAGAGCCUGUCUUUGACAUCAGUAAUGACAUGAGGAAGACUCUUAUUGUAAGAGAUGGAAGCUCAUUUACCAUGACAGUACCUUUCAGGGGCAAACCCAUUCCCAACGCUACAUGGACUAAGCCUGAUGUUGACCUUAGAGUCCGUGCUGUCAUUGAUACUACAGACACUUUCACCUCUAUUACCUUAGAGAAAGCAACUCGCAAUGAUUCAGGAAAAUACACUGUCACCUUGUCCAGCGUAGCCGGAACCUCCUCCUUGACACUCAAUGUCAGAGUCCUAGACUCCCCUGGACCUCCUGCUAAUGUAGAGGUGAAGGACGUGACCAAGUCCUCUGCUACUGUAACCUGGGACACACCUGAGAAUGAGGGAGGAGGACCAGUCAAGAACUACCUCAUUGAUAUUCGUGAAGCAAGCAAGAAAGGCUGGACGAGAUUGACUGGCACAUGCCACAGACUCACAUACAAGGUGUCAGAAUUGCCAGAGGGAGGAGUCUACUACUUCAGAGUGACAGGCGAGAAUGAGUAUGGUGUUGGUGUUCCUGCAGAGACCAAGGAGGGAACAAAGAUCUCAGAGAAACCAAGCCCACCACCAAAACUGGGCGUAACUGAUGUUGCCAAGGAGAGUGUGUCCCUGGCCUGGGUCAAACCAGAACAGGACGGAGGCAGCAGAAUCACUGGCUACCUAGUGGAAGCUCUGGAGAAAGGCCAGGAGAAGUGGGUUAAGUGUGGAACAACCAAGUCCAUACACUUAACAGUGUCUGGUCUGAGGGAGAAUGCUGAGUACUUCUUCAGAGUGAAAGCUGAGAACAUUGCUGGGUUCAGUGAUGCUAAGGAAAUGGUCACCCCUGUUCUGCUCAAAGAUCAGCUUGAAUCUCCUGAGAUCAACAUGAAGGACUUCCCCCACAACACAGUAUAUGUAAGAGCUGCCUCCACUCUCAAGUGUGAGAUCCCCCUUACAGGCAAGCCUUUGCCUAAAGUCACCAUGUCCAAGGAUAAUGUGCUGCUCAAGUCAACAAUGAGGUUCAACUAUGAAGUUACCCCUGACAGUAUCAAGAUCACUGUGCGAGAGAGCAUAGCUGGAGACUCAGGACGCUACAAUAUCACUGCCUCCAACUCCACUGGCACAACCAAGUCCUUUGUAAACAUUGUGGUUCUGGAUCGCCCAAGUGCCCCUGUUGGACCUGUGGAACUGUUUGAUGUCACAGAAGACAGCGUUAGUCUGAAUUGGCUUCCACCAGCAUAUGAGGGUGGCAGUCCCAUCACCAACUACAUCAUCCAGAAGAGAGAAACAACCACAGCCAACUGGAUGGACGUCUCUUCAGCUGUAGCCCGCUGCACGAUGAAGAUCAUGAAGCUGACCACUGGCUUGGAGUACCAGUUCAGAGUCAGAGCUGAGAACAAAUAUGGAAUCAGUGAGCACAUUGAUUCACCUACUGUCACUGUCAGCCUUUCUUACACUACUCCUGAUGCUCCUUCGACUCCUGACAUCACUGCUGUAACUAGGGAAACAAUCACUGUUGCUUGGAAGGAGCCCAAGUCAGAUGGAGGAAGUCAUGUGUUUGGCUACCAUCUCCAGAUGAAAGACAGGAACAGCAUCCUUUGGCAAAGAGUCAACAAAACGGUGAUCCGAGCAACACAUUACAAGGUCACCAACAUCAACGCUGGACUUAUUUAUGAGUUUAAGGUUGCAGCAGAGAAUGCUGCUGGAAUCAGUGCCUUCAGUAAGGUUUCUGAUGCAGUACUGGCUAUUGAUGCAUGUGAGCCACCCAUCAACUUGCGCAUCAGUGACAUCACCAAGAACUCCAUAAGCCUAGCCUGGCAGAAGCCCAACUUCGAUGGCGGAUCCCCCAUCACAGGAUACAUCAUCGAGAAGAAAGAAGGCGUCAGUGCCAGGUGGUCCAAGACUAACCUCACUAAUGUCACAGAGUGCCGCUUUACUGUGACUGGCCUCACCCAGGAUGAGACUUAUGAAUUUAGAGUCAUGGCAAGGAAUGCCGUUGGCUCAGUCAGCAACCCUUCUGUGACUGCUGGACCAGCAACAUGUGUAGACACCUACGGUGCCCCAGAGAUUGAAUUAUCCCAAGAGUACCUCAACGAGGUCAAGCACAGGGCUGGCUCUGAUGUUGAGCUCAUGUUCAAUAUCACCGCCAAACCUGCUCCAACCAUCGAGUGGUUUAAGGAUGGCAGAGAGCUUAAGCCCUCCGCCCAGCUCUCUUUCAGACAUACAUUUGAGUCUACCAGUUUGUUCCUAAAGGACACUAGUCGUUUGAACUCUGGAACCUAUGAGGUCAAGGUGAAGAACUCCCUGGGAUCUGCAUUUGCCAUAGUCAGGCUGCUCAUUCAAGACAAGCCAGGCCCCCCUGCUGGUGAUAUACAGUUCAAGAAGGUGAGAGCUGACAACAUAACCAUCAUGUGGUCCCCACCUGCUGAUGAGGGCGGCGCCAUGGUUACACAUUACAUUGUGGAAAAGAGAGAGACCAGCAGAGUUAUGUGGUCCAUUGUCUCAGAGAAACUGGUGGACUGCAUUGUAAAUGUACCCAGGCUCAUUCAGGGCAACGAGUAUAUCUUCAGAGUCCGUGGAGUCAACAAGUAUGGCAUUGGAGAUCCACUUGAGUCUGAGCCUGUUAUUGCCAAGAACGCGUUUGUUCCUCCCAGUGAGCCAUCAAAGCCUACAGUGACUAUGAUCACCAAGUCUGCCAUGACAGUGAUCUGGGAAAGACCAGCACUGGAUGGAGGAAGUGAUCUUGAUGGCUACUACCUGGAGAAGAGGGAGAAGAAGAGUCUGCAGUGGUUCAAGGUGGUGAAGGGCACCAUUAGAGACACCAGGCAAAAAGUCCCCAACUUGGUGGAGAACAACGAGUACCAGUACAGAGUUUGUGCUGUUAACAAAGCUGGAGCAGGAAACUAUUCUGAGUGCUCUGACUUCUUCAAGGCGUAUGACCCUAUUGAUUUGCCUGGUGAGCCAUCCAAGUUGCGUGUGGUCGACUCCACAAAGACCUCCAUCACUCUUGGCUGGGAGAAGCCUGUGUAUGAUGGUGGCAGUGAAAUCACACACUACCUUUUGGAACAGAUGAACACAGAGGAAAAAGAAUGGGUUACAACAAACCCUAAGGUCAAAACCUGCGAGUAUGUGAUAUCCCACCUCAAACCUGGAACCUACUACUUCUUCAGAGUUUCCGCUGUGAACUGCAAAGGCAAAGGAGAAGAUAUUAAGAUGUACCAGCCGGUACAAGCCAAAGAUAUCUUGGAGGAAGCCGAUUUGGACUUGGACGUGCCCAUGACGACUCAGUACACAGCCAGGGCUGGCCGUGACGUUGUAGUGUUUAUCCCCUUGAAGGGACGACCUGCCCCCAAUGUCACUUGGCGGCGUGGUGAUCGCAACAUGGCUGGUGACAACCGCUACACUAUUACCAGCAAUGAGCGAGCGACGACCCUCCUCAUUCCCAAAGUCACCCGCGAUGACUGUGGCAAAUACUUACUGGAGAUUGAAAAUGGCGUUGGGGAAUCCAAGAUAAUUACUGUGUCCCUUAAGGUGCUUGACAGUCCAUCAACUUGCCAGAAACUGAUAAUCAAGAAUGUGACAAGAGGAAGGCUGACCCUCAGUUGGGAGGCUCCUCUCGUCGAUGGUGGUUCCCCUGUUUCUAAUUACAUUGUUGAGAAGAAAGCCUCAACAAUGAAGGCAUAUCAGGUCAUAACCAACGAGUGUGCCAACACAUCCUACAAAGUGUCAGGCCUGGAGGAGGAUGUAGCUUACUUCUUCCGUGUGUCUGCUGAAAACGAGUAUGGUGUGGGCGAUACUUGUGAAACCACUGAGCCUGUGAGAGCUGCAGAAACUCCAGGAGCUGUUAAAGAUUUGGUUAUGGUGGACUCCACAAAUAACUCUGUCACCCUAAAGUGGACCAGACCUGACCAUGAUGGUGGAAGCUACAUCACUGAGUACAUCAUUGAAAAGAGAACCAAGGAAGACCCCAACUGGACUUUGGGUGCAACAUGCAAGCGCUGCAGCUGUGAGGUCACAGGACUCAAGAAGAAUGCUGUCAUGGACUUCAGAGUCGUUGCCAAAAAUGAGAAGGGCAACAGUGACUUCUCCCAAAUUGGUCCAAUCACAGUGGUGGACCUCAUCAUUCCACCCGAGGCCAGCCUAAUCGACUACCCCAAUGGAGAGCUUGCUGUUCGUAUUGGUCAGAACAUCCACAUUGAGUUGCCCUUCAAGGGUAAACCAAGACCAGUUAUUAGCUGGCUAAAGGAUAACUUGCCCCUGAAGGAAGGCGAGAAGGUUCGCUUCAGGACCACAGACAACAAGACUGCAGUCACAGUCAGAGGAGCCAAGAAGGAGCAUGCCGGCCAGUACACUUUGGUUUUGGACAACAGAACAAUCAAAAACUACUUUGACAUUAAUGUGAUCACUCUGGGACCACCCUCAGUGCCUGUUGGCCCUAUCCGCUUUGAUGAGAUCAAAGCUCAGAGUAUUAUCAUCUCCUGGGAUGAGCCGAAGGAAGAUGGAGGUGGCGAGAUUACCUGCUACAGUGUGGAGAAACGUGAGACAUCCCAGGCCAACUGGAAGAUGGUCUGCUCCAGUGUUGUCAGGACCACUUUCAAGAUUCCCAACCUGGUUAAGGGAACUCAGUACCAGUUAAGAGUCCGUGCAGAAAACAAGUAUGGUGUCAGUGAAUCACUCACCUCAUCUGAGAUUGUUGCCCAGCAUCAGUACAAACCUCCAGGUCCUCCAGGAAAGCCAGUGGCCUUCAAUGUCACCAGUGAUGGAAUGACCAUCAAGUGGGAGGGCCCAGGCUUUGAUGGGGGAUCCCCAAUUUUGGGCUAUCAUGUUGAGAAGAAGGACAGGAACAGCCUUUUGUGGCAGAAGGUGAACUCCACCAUCAUCUCCAACAAAGAGUACAGGAUGAUUGGGCUCAUUGAGGGUCUGGAGUACUCUUUCAGAGUCUAUGCUGAGAACAAUGCAGGACUUAGCCCUGUUAGUGAACAGAGCAAACAUGCACUUGCUAUCUCCCCUGUUGAUCCACCUGGCAACCCUGUCUGCAUUGAUGUGACCAGAGACUCAGUCACCCUGCAGUGGGACAUUCCCAAGAGAGACGGUGGCAGCAAAAUUGUUGCCUACAGUGUGGAGAGGCGUCAAGGAAGAGGAAAAUGGCUGAGGUGCAACUUCACUGAUAUUAGUGAGACUCAGUUCACUGUGACUGGACUGUCUGCUGGAGACAGAUUUGAGUUCAGAGUGAUUGCCAGGAAUGCUGUGGGCACAGUCAGUCCACCAUCUAAUUCCUCUGGAUACAUUAUGACCAAAGAUGAAAGCAUUACCCCUGAAAUUGAGUGGUCUCCAGACCAGGUGCUCACUCUGAGGGCCGGUGAACAUGUUAAGCUAGGCUGCAGCAUCACUGGACGACCUGUCCCCCAGGUUGUUUGGUAUAAGGAUGGCAAAGAAAUUGACAAGAGAACCAUGAUUGACAUUGAGAUUACCACUGGCAUUGGCACCAGCAGUCUCUUCAUCCGUGAUGCUGACAGGAACCAUCGUGGCAUUUACACUGUAGAGGCCAAGAACAAAUCUGGUGUCAGGAAGUCUGAUGUCAACGUCAGAGUCCAAGAUACCCCUGGACCUGUUAAAGGGCCUAUCCGUUUUACCGGCAUCACAGCUGAGAAGUGCACCGUGUGGUGGAAUCCACCAGAGAACGAUGGCUGUGCUGCUAUCACCCACUAUGUGGUGGAGAAGAGGGAGACAUCCAGGAUCUCCUGGGCUAUGGUCACUUCCAAAUGUGAAGCCUGUUCUUACAAUGCUACAAACCUCAUCAAGGGCAAUGAGUACCAAUUCAGAAUCUCUGCUGUCAACAAGUUUGGUGUCGGCAAACCACUGGACUCUGAUCCUAUCAUCGCACAGAUGCAAUACACUGUUCCCGAUGCCCCUGGCACCCCAGAUUCCACUCAUGUGACUGGUAACAGUAUCACCGUGUGCUGGACCAGGCCAAGGUCUGAUGGAGGCAACGAGCUCAAACAUUACAUCCUUGAGAGGAGAGAGAAGAAGAGCCUUCGCUGGGUAAAGGUUUCCUCCAAGCGUCCCAUAACAGAGCUGAGACACCGUGUCAUUAACCUCACUGAAGGCAAUGAAUACGAGUUCCGCGUGAUGGCUGAAAAUGGUGCUGGUGUUGGACCAGCCAGCAGUACCUCCAGGCUCUUCAAAUGCAGAGAGCCAACCAGUGCUCCCAGUGCUCCAACACUUAUCAAGGUUAUUGACUCCACCAAGUCCUCUGUCACACUGGAAUGGACCAAGCCAGUGUUUGAUGGUGGCUUGGAAAUCAUUGGUUACAACAUUGACAUGUGCAAGGCCAGUCUGGAGGAGUGGCACAGAGUCAACAACCAGAUUUGUAUCCACACUAAGUACACUACCAAGGGCUUGGUGCCUGGAGAAUUGUACAAGUUCAGGGUCAGUGCUGUAAAUGGAUCUGGAGAGGGCGAAGCCUCAGUAUUGUCCAACGCUGUUCAGUCUCUUGAUAGACUUACAUCUCCUGAGAUCGAGAUUGACGCCAACUUCAAGCAGACUCACAUUGUGAAGAACGGUGGCACUGUCACGCUCUCAGUUUCAUUCUGCGGAAAACCCGCUCCUCUUGCCACCUGGUCUAAGAUAGAUGGCGAGCUGCCUGUCAUGGGAGAUAUACACACCUCAGAUUCUUCCUCUACUCUGACUAUCGAAGGCUGUACCAGGUAUGAGGCUGGCAAAUACACCCUGUUCCUGGAGAACAACAGUGGGCGUAAGUCCAUCACAUUCACUGUCAAAGUGCUAGACACACCUGGACCUCCAGGAGCCAUAACCUUCAAAGAUGUUACCCGUGGGGCCUUGACAAUGAUGUGGGAUGCCCCCACAAAUGAUGGUGGAGCUCGGAUUCACCACUAUAUUGUGGACAAGCGCGAGGCCAGCCGUUUGGCCUGGCAGGAGGUCAGCACAAAGUGCUCUCGCCAGAUAAUCAGGGUGACUGGUCUGGAUAUUGGUGUGCCUUAUCUCUUCAGGGUGAUUGCCGUUAACCAGUAUGGCCAGGGAGAAGCCCAUGAGAUGUCAGAGCCUGUCAUUGCCACAGAAGAACCUGCACCACCCAAGAGACUAGAUGUUGUUGACACCAGCAGUUCCUCAGCUUUCCUGGUGUGGUUGAAGCCUGAACAUGAUGGAGGCAGCCGCAUUAGAGGCUACAUCGUUGAAUUCAGAGCUAAAGGCAGUGACCGCUGGGUGGUUGGUGGUGAGAGUAAGUCUAUGAAGAUGCUGGUUGAUGGUCUGAUAGAGAAUACUGAGUAUGACUUUAGAGUCAAGGCAAAGAACGAUGCUGGAAUUAGCGAGCCUCAGGGCACCUUUGGCUCUGUGGUCAUUAAGGAGCCACGUAUAGAACCAACAGCUGACCUCAGCAGCAUCACUAACCAGCUCAUCACCUGUAAGAUCUCCAACACCUUCACUAUCGACAUCCCCAUCAGUGGCAGGCCUGCACCCAAGGUCACCUGGAAGCUGGAGGAGAUGAAGCUGAAGGAUACUGACAGAGUCUGUAUUAGAACCACGAAGGAGAGGACCACUCUGAUAGUAAGAGACAGCAAGAGAAGCGAUAGUGGCAAAUACUACCUGAUCUUGGAAAAUGCUGCUGGUAUGAAGACGUUCACAGUGACAGUAGUUGUUGUCGGCAGACCAAGUCCUCCCGUAGGCCCUGUGGAAAUCUCUGGGGUCUCCACAGAGUCCUGCAACCUGUCCUGGUCUGAAUCAGCUGAUGAUGGUGGCUCUGACAUUACCAACUACAUUGUGGAAAAGCGAGAGUCUGGCUCUGCCUCCUGGCAAGUGGUCAACUCUAGUGUGAAGAGGACCACCAUCAAAGUAACUCAUCUUACCAAGUACAUGGAGUACACCUUCAGAGUGUGCGCUGAGAACAAGUUCGGAGUCAGCAAGUCCACCGAGUCUGCGCCUGUUGUGAUUGAGCAUCCAUUUGUUCCUCCAAGUCCUCCAAAUCGUCCAGAUGUGGUUUCUGUGUCCGCCAACGCCAUCAACAUCCAAUGGGACGUUCCUUAUGCCGAUGGUGGCAGCAAAGUGUCUGGCUACUGGAUUGAAAAGAAGGAGAGGAACACGAUCUUGUGGGUGAGGGAGAACAAGCUUCCCUGCCUGGAGUGCCACUACAAGGUAUCCAACCUUAUUGAGGGACUGGAGUACCAGUUCAGGGUGUAUGCCAUGAACAUCGCUGGACUCAGCAAGGCCAGCGAGGCCUCCAGACCUGUGGUUGCUCUCAAUCCUGUUGAUCCUCCUGGUAAACCAGAGGUUACAGACAUCACCCGCUCCUCUGUGUCACUGUGCUGGACCGUGCCUUUCAACGAUGGCGGCAGCAAGAUCGUUGGUUAUGUGGUGGAAAGGAAAGUCUACAGCACAGACGAGUGGGACGACAACCGCUGGCUCAAGUGCAACUACACCACAAUCACAGAGAAUUACUUCACUGUCAUCAACCUGGGAGAGGGAGAGACCUUGGAGUACCGCAUCAUCGCCAAAAAUGCUGCUGGCGUCCACAGCAAGCCCUCUGAGUCCACUGGACCAGUUACAUGCAAGGAUGAAUACUCUCCUCCCAAAGCUGAGCUUGACAGCAAGCUGGUGGGUGAGACCGUCACCAUCAUGGCUGGUUCUGACCUCGUCCUGGACGGUGCUGUCGGCGGUAAACCAGAGCCCACAGUGUAUUGGUCAAAGGGCGAAAAGAUUCUGGAGCUUGGAGAGAAAUACUCUCUGACCUACACCACUACCAGAGCCAUGGCUGUCAUCAAGAACUGUGACAGAUAUGACACAGGAAGAUACAUCCUGACUGUGAAGAACGCCAGUGGAAUCAAGACUGCUGCCGUCAGCGUCAAAGUCCUUGACACUCCUGGAGCUCCAGCUGAUAACAUCACCAUCAGCAGAGUGACGGAGGAGAAGUGUACCGUGUCCUGGAAGAUUCCUUUGGAGGAUGGUGGAGACAUCGUCACUCACUAUAUCGUGGAGCGUCGUGAGACCAGCAGACUGAACUGGGUCAUCAUGGAGACAGAGUGCAAGACCCUCUCAUGUGUCAGCUCCAGGCUGAUUAAGAACAACGAGUACAUCUUCAGAGUUAGAGGAGUCAACAAAUACGGCCCUGGAGUUCCUCUGGAAUCCGAGCCUGUCAUCGCCAGGAACGCUUACACAAUUCCAUCCCAGCCUGGCACCCCAGAGGCCACAGUGGUGGCUAAGGAGCAUGUCAUCAUCGAGUGGCUGAAGCCAGAGAGCGAUGGAGGCAGCGAGCUCAAAACCUACAUUGUGGAGAAGCGAGAGAAGAGCAGCACCAGGUGGACUCGGGUGAAUAAGACUUACACCAUCUAUGACACCCGUCUGAAGAUCACAGGCCUGAUCGAGGGAAGCGAGUACCUGUUCAGGGUGACAGCAGUCAAUACUGCUGGAGAAAGCCAGCCGAGCGAUGCAUCACCUUACAUCCUCUGCAGAGACCCCACAUAUACCCCAGCUCCUCCAUCGAUGCCUCGCAUCACUGACACAACGAAGCACAGUAUUAGCAUGACCUGGACCAGGCCCAUGUACGACGGUGGCUCAGACGUCACCGGCUAUGUGGUGGAGAUCCUUGAGGGGGACUCUGAGCAGUGGUAUCGCGCCACUGCCAAGGCCCUCAAGACCAACGAGUACGUAGCCGCUGGCCUAGCAGCCAAUAAGAACUACAGAUUCAGGGUCGCUGCCAUCAACAACAAAGGCACCGGAGAGUUCAGCGAUCCCAGCGCUGAGGUGCAGCCGCUGGAGAGAAUUGAAAUGCCCGACCUGGAGCUGGCAGAUGACCUGAAGAAAACAGUGUGUCUGCGUGCUGGUGGAACCCUGCGUCUGGUUGUGUUUGUCAAUGGCAGGCCAGCACCAGUGGUGGCCUGGAGAAAGACAGGUGUUGAGCUGCAGAGCCGCGGCUUUAUCGAGACCACUGAUAGCUACACAUGCCUGAUUGUGGAGAAAGUCAACCGCUAUGACUCUGGAAAAUAUGUUGUGGAGGCUGAGAACCCCUCUGGCAAGAAGACUGCCACCGUCUUGGUUAAAGUCUAUGACACUCCUGGUCCUCCAGGUUCAGUGAAUGUGAAGGACUACACCAAGGAGUCUGUUGUGAUCACCUGGGACGUCCCAAGCAUCGACGGUGGCGCUCAUGUCAGCAACUACAUUGUCGAGAAACGUGAAGCGAGCAUGAAGUCAUACAAGACCGUCACCACUGAAUGUAGAAAGACCCUGUUCAGAAUCACUGGCCUGGAGGAGGGUGUGCACUACUUCUUCAGAGUCCUGCCAGAGAACAUCUAUGGCGUUGGUGAGCCCUGUGAGACCAGUGAGGCUGUGUUGGUAUGUGAAGUGCCGUCAGUGCCUCUGAACCUCCAGGUGGCCGAUGUCACCAAGUCCUCUGUCACGCUGCGCUGGGAGAAGCCGCAUCACGAUGGCGCCAGCAGGCUGACAGGCUACAUCAUCGAAGCAUGCAAGGUGGGCUCUGACAGGUGGAACACUGUUGCCACAGUCAAAGCCUCAGUAUCCCAGCACACCAUCCAGUCUUUGAUGGAGAACGAACAGUACCUCUUCAGGAUCCGAGCUACCAACAGCAGGGGCGCCAGCGAGCCCAUGGACACUGUCACUCCUGUCACCAUCCAGGACAUCAAAAUUAAGCCUGCGAUCGACAUGACCAACAUUCCUCAGAAGGUUGUCCAUGUGCAUCGUGGCAAACCCAUCGACCUCAACAUCCCCUUCAAGGCCAAACCUCAGCCCGUCUGCUCCUGGUUCUUUGGUGGCAACAAACUGAAGGACAGCCUUGAUCGCAUUAAGAUCGACAGCAACGGGAAAUUCACACAUCUUGUCAUCCGCGAGACAACCAUAAACGACACUGGAGACUACACACUGGAGGUGAAGAAUGCCAUUGGCAUGGCCACUGAGGUCAUUAAGGUCAUCAUCCUUGACAAACCUGGCAUCCCAGUCGGCCCAGUAAAGAUUGAGGAGACUGAUGGUGUGUCAGUGACAGUCAGCUGGGAACCUCCAGAGAAGGAUGGUGGUGCCAACCUCAGCGGCUAUGUCGUGGAACAGCGUGAUGCCCACCGGCCAGGCUGGAGCACUGUCUCUGAGUCGGUGACCCGACCCUGCUUCAAGUUUACCAGACUCUCUGAAGGAACCGAGUAUGUGUUCCGUGUUGCUGCCAUGAAUCGCUUCGGCAUUGGUAGCUUCCUUCAGUCCGAGGUGGUGGAGUGCAAGAGCGCCAAAACCAUCCCUGGACCUCCAAGCAGACCAGAGGUGCUUGAUGUCACACACGAGGGCAUGACCCUUUCCUGGCAACCACCCGAGGAUAAUGGUGGCUCCACUAUUGCCGGCUACAUCAUUGAACGUAAGGAGGCCAGUUCUGACAGGUGGAUGAGAAUCAACAAGAACCCUGUCACCAUGACCCGAUACCGCUCCUCAGGCCUCAUUGAGAGCCUGGAGUAUGAACAUCGUAUCACCGCCAUUAACUCCAGAGGGUCUGGCAAACCCAGCGAGAGCUCAGCCAUCACUGUCGCCAUGGAUCCCAUCGAGCCUCCAGGUGCUCCAGUUCAGCCCAGAGUUACCGACAGCACCAGGACUUCAGUGUCUCUGGCCUGGCUGCCGCCUGAAGAGGAGGGUGGUUCCGUCAUUACUGGUUACUUGAUCGAGAUGCAGAAGGUGGACCAGGUGGAAUGGACCCUGUGCAACACCACUCCCACCAAGAUGUGCGAAUACACCCUUACCCAUAUGCCCCAAGGCGCAGAGUACAAGUUCAGGGUCAUCGCCUGCAACGCUGGUGGUGCUGGAGAGCCUGCUGAGAUUUCUGGAGUGGUCAAAGUCCAGGAGAUGCUUGAUUAUCCUGACUUUGAGCUUGAUCGUAAGUAUGAGGAGGGCUAUGUGGUGCGCCAGGGAGGAGUCAUCCGUCUGUCUGUCCCAAUCAAGGGUAAACCAAUCCCUAUAUGCAAAUGGACCAAGGAUGGCCGUGACAUCUCCCACCGGGCCAUGAUUGCCACCCAUGACGACAUCACUGAACUGGUCAUCAAAGAAGCACACAAAGAAGACACUGGCACCUACGACCUCUUGCUUGAGAACAAAUGUGGCAGGAAAGCCGCAUACAUCAAGGUGAGGGUGAUCGGUCGCCCUGAUGCUCCAGAAGGACCACUGGAGUUUGAUGACAUUCAGGCAAGAUCAGUUCGUGUCAGCUGGAGGCCACCAUCAGAUGAUGGCGGCUCUGACAUUCUGGGAUAUCUUGUAGAAAGGCGUGAGGUACCCAAGGCUGCAUGGUGUACAGUGGACUCCAGGGUAACGGAAAACUCACUGGUGGUGAAGGGCCUGAAGGAGAAUGUGGAGUAUCACUUCAAGAUUUCUGCUGAGAACCAGUUUGGUAUUAGCAGAUCUCUCAAGUCUGAAGAGUCUGUCAUGCCAAAGACACCACUUUGCCCACCAGAGCCUCCCAGCAACCCAGCAGAGAUCAUGGAUGUGUCCAAGUCCAGUGUGUCCUUGUCCUGGUCCCGGCCCCGUGAUGAUGGUGGCUCCCGCGUCACAGGAUACUUUGUGGAAAGGAGGGAGGUGUCAACAGAGAAGUGGGUCCGCCACAAUAAGACCCACAUCACCACCACAAUGUACAACGUCACGGGUCUCAUCCCUGAUGCAGAAUACAUGUUCAGAGUGGUGGCUCAGAAUGACAUAGGGCAGAGCGAGCCUGGUCCUGUUUCUGAGUCUGUGAUCUGCAAAGAUCCAUUUGACAAACCUAGCCAACCAGGAGAGAUCGACAUUAUCUCCAUCACUAAAGACUGCAUCACCAUCCACUGGCUCAGGCCUGAACAUGACGGUGGUAAGGAGAUUCUGGGAUACUGGAUUGAGUUCAGGCAGGCUGGAGAAAGCGCCUGGAAGAAAUGCAACAAGGAGCGCUCCAAGGAUCGCCAGUUCACCAUGGGUGGCUUGAUGGAGGCCACUGAGUAUGAGUUCAGAAUCUUCGCAGAGAAUGAAACUGGACUCAGCCGGCCACGUCGCACGCCUAUGGGCAUCAAGACCAAACUGAGUGUUGGUGAGACUCCAGCUCUGAAGGAAGAGAUCCAAGACGUUACUACCAAGCUUGGCGAGUCUGGCACUCUGACUUGUGGCAUCAUCGGCAGACCUUUGCCUGAGAUCAAAUGGUACCGCUACGGCAAGGAACUGAUCCAGAGCCGCAAGUACAAGAUGAGUUCAGAUGGCCGUAACCACUCACUCAGCAUCCUGUCAGACGAACAGGAAGAUGAAGGGCUGUACACCUGCAGAGCCAUCAAUGAGGCCGGAGAGGUGGAAACCAGUGGAAAACUGCGUCUGCAAGCUGCACCCCAGCUCCAUCCUGGUUUCCCUCUGAAGGAGAAGUACUAUGCCGGGGCAGGCACCAGCCUUCGCCUGCAUGUCGUCUACAUUGGACGUCCCAUCCCUAAGAUCAUGUGGUUCUAUGGCAAGAAGCCUCUGAACGCUUCUGAGAAUGUGAUUAUUGAAAACACGGAAAGCUACUCCCACUUAGUGGUUAGGAACGUCCAGAGGAAGACCAACGCUGGCCGCUACAAAGUGCAGUUCAGCAACUCGUUCGGAACUAUUGACACUGUCCUGCGUGUUGAAAUCCAAGAUAAACCAUGCAUCCCCGAGGGUCCUCUGGUUGUUGAUGCCCUGCUAAAGAGCUCAAUGGUCAUCAGCUGGAAGGCGCCCAAGGAUGACGGAGGCUCCAUGAUCACCAACUACAUUGUGGAGAAGCGGGAAGCCAAAGAAGGAGAGCAGUGGCACCUUGUGUCCUCUUCUGUUUCUGGCACCACUUGCCGUGUCCCCAACCUCAUUGAGAAUGCUGGCUACUACUUCAGAGUCUCUGCCCAGAACCAGUAUGGAGUCAGCGAGGCUCUGGAGAUCCCAUCCGUGGUCAUUGUCAAGAGUCCCUUUGAGAAACCGGGCAUCCCACAGCAGCCCUUCAUCAUCAGCUCCACCAAGGACUCCUGUGUUGUCUGCUGGAAACCUCCAAGCAGCGACGGUGGAGCUAAAAUCAGCAGCUACUACCUGGAGAAACGUGAAAAGAGGCAGAACAAGUGGAUGACUGUGACCAGCAAGAAGUUUGUGGAGACCAGCUUCGAGGUCCUAGGCCUAAUCGAGGGCUUUGAGUACGAGUUCCGUGUUAAGUGUGAAAACAUGGGUGGUGAGAGCGACUGGAGUGAGAUCUCUGCGCCCAUCAUUCCCAAGUCUGACCAGGCACCUCGUCCUCCUGCGUUCAGGGAGGAGAUCAGAGACAUGACCGUCAAAUACCAAGCAAAUGCCACAUUUGUCACUAAGGUGGUGGGACAUCCCAAGCCUGUGGUGAAAUGGUAUCGCAGUGGAAAGGAGGUCAAUGCAGAUGGAACCAAGAUCAAAGCCCAGGAGUUCAAAGGAGGCUACUACCAGCUGGUCAUCACUACUGCUGAUGAGAGCGAUGCCACAGUUUACCAAGUCAGAGCAACCAACUCCUCAGGAUCCAUCUCUACAACGGCUAACCUGGACGUGGAAGUUCCUGCCAAGAUCUACCUGCCUAAAGAACUACAGGGAAUGGGAGCAGUCCAUGCUGCCCGUGGUGACCACAUCACCAUCAAGAUCCCCAUCUCUGGCAAGCCUGAGCCAGCUAUCACUUGGCAGAAGGGUCAGGAGAUCCUUUCCAACUCUGCUUAUCACCAAGUCAUAACCACCAGGUCUUUCACCUCACUGGUCUUCCAGAAGGGAGUUCAGAGGAAGGAUAGCGGCUACUACUCAAUUACCGCAAAGAACAGGUUUGGAAUGGACAAGCAAACCAUCGAGGUGAAUGUGGCUGACAUACCUGAGGCUCCAAAGGCUCUGGUUGUUAGUGACAUUUCCCGGGACUCAAUCACUUUGACCUGGGAGCCUCCUGCUAAUGAUGGUGGAAGCGACAUUAUUAGCUACAUUGUUGAGAAGUGUCCUACCACUGCUGAUAGGUGGAUCCGUGCUGGACAGACAUCUGACUGCAGCAUCAACAUCAUUAACAUUUUCGGAAAGACCAAGUACCAGUUCCGUGUCAUCGCUGAAAACCAGUUCGGCCUUAGCCCUCCUUCUCAGCCAACUGAGCCAAUUACAACCAAGGAAGACAAGUCUGUGAUUAGGAACUAUGAUGAGGAAGUUGAUGAAACCAGAGAGAUCACCAAGGAAGAGGCUCUGGUCUACAAGGUGAAGGAACUUUCAUCCAAGUACACCAUCUCCGAGGAACUGGCUCGCUGCCAGUUUGGAGCCGUUCAUCGUUGUGUAGAGAUUGCUACAAAGAAGACCUUUAUGGCCAAGUUUAUCAAGGUCAAAGGAAUGGACCGUGAGUUGGUUCUCAGGGAAAUUGAAGCACUCAACGUAGCAAGGCAUAAGAAUAUCAUCUACCUCCAUGAAUACUUUGAGAGCAUGGAGGAGAUCGUCCUAAUCUUUGAAUUCAUGUCUGGAGUUGACAUCUUUGAGCGCCUUGGUACCUGCAACUUCGAGCUUACAGAGCAGGAGAUUGUCCGCUACCUGAGACAAGUCUGCUCUGCUCUCAAGUUUAUGCAUAGCCACAACUUUGGCCACUUUGAAAUUCGCCCAGACAACAUUGUCUACACAACAAGAAGAAGCAGUGACAUAAAGAUUAUUGAGAUGGGUCAGUCUAGGCUGCUGGUGCCCGGAGAAAACAUCAGGAUGAUGUUUUCAGCUCCAGAAUACUGUGCCCCUGAGGUGCACCGUCAUGACCAGGUCACAACAGCCAGCGAUAUGUGGUCUGUUGGUGUUAUGGCCUAUGUUCUGCUUAGUGGCCUUAAUCCAUUUGCAGCAGAGUCAGUGACAAAGAUGAUUGAGAACAUCUCAAGCUGUGAGUACAUCUUUGAAAGUGAAGCAUUUAAGGACAUCAGCAUGGAGGCCAUGGACUUCGUGGACAGACUUCUAGUCAAGGACAGGAAGCUCCGUAUGACCGCUCAUGAGGCUCUGGAGCACCCAUGGCUCAAGAUGAAGAUUGAGCAAGUCAGCAACAAGGUAAUUCGGACAUUGAGACACAGAAGGUACUACCAGAGUCUGGUAAAGAAGACCGAUACUAUUGUAUCAGCAGCUCGUGUUGCCUAUGGAGGUGCCUUCAAAAACCAGAGAGGAUUGGCUGUAGGCAAAGUGAAGAUUGGAACUGAGUACAGAGGCCUCCGCACUGGUCCUGUCAUGCACAGCUCAGCUGAGGAAGGUGGCCAUGUGAGAUUCACUUGUACCAUUGUAAACUAUGACAAGAGUACCCAGGUGACUUGGUACUUCGGUAACCGUCAACUACACCAAAGCACCAAGUAUGAAAUCACUUACAGUAAUGGCUUUGCCAGCAUCUAUGUAAAGGACAUUGAAGAAAGCGAUGAUGGAGUGUACAGAUGCAAGGUGGUGAGUGAUGAUGGAGAGGACAGUGCUUAUGGAGAGCUCUUCGUUGAGUCAGUGAGGAGCAUCAGAGAGUUCUACAUCAGCCGUUCAGUCAAGAAACUGAGGAGAAGAGUUGACAAGACUAAACUCCUGCAGAGACCACCAGAGUUCACUCUACCUCUGUACAAUCGCACAGCUUACAUUGGCGAAGAUGUGCGCUUUGGAGUCACUAUUACCGUGCACCCUGAGCCUCAUGUAACAUGGCUUAAGAAUGGAGAGAGAAUCAAGCCAGGUCAGGAUGACAGCAAGUACACAUUCACCAGUGACAAGGGUCUGUAUCAGCUGAUAGUCCACAACCUGGACAUGAACGAUGAUGCUGAAUACACCGUCAUGGCCAACAACAAGUUCGGAGAAGACAGCUGCAAGGCCCGGCUCACUGUGACACCUCAUCCUGUGACGACGGAUAUGAUGAGGCCCAUGUUCAAACGUCUGCUGGCCAAUGUUGAGUGUGCUGAAGGACAAAGUGUCCGCUUUGAACUCAGAGUCUCAGGAAUCCCAACUCCUACUCUGAAAUGGGAGAAGGAUGGUCAUUCACUACAGUUUGGUCACAAGGUUGUUGUCAUACAGGAAGAUGUUGACUAUCAUGUCCUGCAUAUCAGAGAGACUCUUCUUGAAGAUUCUGGUUUUUACAAAGUUACUGCAACUAACUCUGCUGGUUCUGCAAGCUGCCAGGCUACACUGAAGGUUGACCGCCUUACCUACACUAGGAGAGAGUACAAGAGUGAGGAAGAGAAAUACAGAUAUGUACAGAAACAAAUUGAGAAGACAAACAAGAUGGCUUUGCAAAUUGUAGCAACUGAGGAGAUUGGACCUCUUAACCCCACGGCCCAGGAGGCUCUCAAAUUUGCUGCAGAGAUGUACAAACCUGCAGUGAGCACCAAGAACAUCGAAGGCGAGUUCGACAUCAGAGUGGAGAAGUCAGAGACCAAGAAGCUGGAAGAGGAGAGGAGAAUCUUCAUGCCUUAUGAUAUCCCUGAGCCAGUGGUUCAUGAUCGCAAAGCUCUUGAUGAAGACAAAGCUAUCAAACAGUUUGUGCCUCUCUCUGACAUGAAGUGGUACAGAAAACUUAAGGACCAGUAUGAGAUCCCAGAGAGGAUGGAGAGAAUUGUGCAAAAGAGGCAGAGACGUAUUCGCCUCUCAAGGUGGGAGCAGUUCUAUGUGAUGCCCCUGCCCAGAAUCACCGACCAGUACAGACCAAGAUGGCGUAUUCCAAAACUCACUCUGGAUGAUCUGGAGACUGUCAGGCCUGCCCGCCGCUCGCCGUCUCCAGAAUCAGAGGUCUCCUUCAGAUCCAGGAGGAGAUCUCUGGGUGACCUUAGUGAUGAGGAGCUGAUGAUGCCUGCAGAGGAUUACCUUUCAGUGAGGAGAACAGAGGAGGAGAAAAUGAUGCUGGAAGAUGAACUUGAACUCGGCUUCUCUGCCUCGCCGACGGGCAGCCCUGUCCGUAUGGAGCGAUAUGCAAUGGAACGUGAAGAGAGGAGGCAGGAGGUCAGGCAUGAGGCUGUAGAGGUUACUGAGACAAAGAAGAAACGUACAGUUUCUCAGUAUAUGAGAAGGAGAAGGUCGCUGUCUCCCACAUACAUCGAGCUAAUGCGUCCAGUCUCAGAGCUGAUCAGACCACCACAGCCCAGGCUUUCUGUGGAGGUAGAGGGGGAGGUUGUGGGAAGGAGGUCCCCCACCCCUGAGAGGACCCGUCCCCGUUCUCCCAGCCCAAUCAGAUCUGUUGAGAGGUCAUCCCGGUCCUCCUCCAGGUUUGAGCGAUCUGCCCGCUUUGACAUUAUGUCCCGCUAUGAGGCCAGAAAGGCUGCUCUGAAGUCUGAGAGGAAAUAUCAAGUGGUUAGCCAGACUCCUUUCAGUCUGGACCAUGCUCCCAGAGUGACAGUUAGAAUGCGUUCUCAUCGCAUACCUAUUGGCCAAGACACCAAAUUCACUCUUAACAUCCAAACCAAGCCAGAGGCUGAGAUCAUGUGGUACCACAAUGGAGCUAUUAUUUCUGAAAGCAGUGAGAAGUACAUAUUUGCCAAUAUGACUGGCGUUUUGUCUAUCACCAUCCUGGACUGCCAGGAAGAGGAUAGUGGAACAUAUCGCUGUGUGUGCUCAAACUCCAAGGGAGAGGCUUCCGACUAUGCCACCCUUGAUGUGUCAGGUGGUGGCUACACCACCUUCUCCUCUCGCCGCAGGGAUGAAGAAGCUCCCAAAGCCCGCGUUCCUGAAGUCACUCGAAUUGACCACUACCACACUUCCCAUUUCAAAGCUGGCUAUGCCUCCGAGUCUCGCCUUGAGGUAGAAGAGAGCAAGUCAAAGCUGACCGAGACACAUGAGGUUGUUGCACGUGAGAGGUAUGCUGCCUCCUCUGAGAGAUACUCCUCUGCUGAGAGGUAUGCAGCCUCCUCUGAGAGAUACUCCUCCGCUGAGAGGUAUGACUCAUCCAUCAAGUAUGCCUCUGCUGAAUACCUAUCAUCUAGUUCCUCCUUCUCAUCUGACAAAUUUUCUCUGACUGGGAAACACACCUCAUCGGAAGCUAAAAUUAAGUCAUCUUCUGCUGCUGUAUCUGAGGAAGUUGCUGUCACCAAGGUGAAGCCUUCUCUUCCUGCCAGAAUCCUCACCAAGCCCCAGUCUGUGACAGUUGCAGAGGGAGAGACGGCUAGAUUCUCCUGUGAUAUUGAUGGGGAGCCUGCACCCACUGUUACAUGGAUGCACGAGAGCAGAUCCAUUGUCUCAUCUCACCGCAUCCAGGUCACUACCACUCAGUACAAGUCCAGCAUGGAGAUGUCCUCUGUGACAGUCUCCGAUGAGGGCAGUUACACGGUUGUGGUGGAGAACUCCGCAGGUAGACAAGAGGCUCACUUUACCUUGACCAUCCGCAGACCAGCUCCAAAAGAGGAAGUCAAGGCUGUCAAAUCCCCUGAACCAUUUGUAAAGUCACCGGAACCUUCAGUGACCUCACCUUCUCCCUCUGUAGCUUCUCCAGUCCCCAGUGUUAAGUCCCCCACUCCCAGUGUCAGGUCCCCUGAGCCUUCAAUUAAAUCACCUACUCCCAGUGUCAGGUCACCUGAACCAAGCAUAACGUCUCCUGCUCCGAGUGUGAAGUCCCCAACGCCAAGUGUGAAGUCACCAACACCCAGUGUCAAGUCCCCUACACCAAGUGUUAAGUCUCCUGAACCAGAGGGAAUUAAAUCUCCUAGGAGUGUCAAGUCUCCCUCUCCAGCACCCUCUCCAGCACCCAGCGUAAAAUCACCAGUUCCAAGUGUCAAAUCCCCUGAACCUGAAGGAGUCAAGUCACCACUGGGUAUGAAAUCUCCUGAACCCAGACUUAAAUCACCACCCCCAACAAGGUCUCCAGAGAGAGUAAAGUCACCUGAAACUGGUCUUAAAUCUCCAGAACCGGCAGGAAUCAGAUCACCUAAAGUUGUGAAGUCCCCAGAACCUGCUGGACUCAAAUCACCAAAAGGCAUCAAAUCCCCAGAGCCUUCAGGCCUCAAAUCACCAAGGGCUUUGAAGUCUCCUGAGCCUGAGGGAAUCAAAUCACCUCCUAGGAUGAAGUCACCUCCUCCCAUCAUGUCCCCAAAAAGGGUUGUGUCUCCACCCACCAUAAAAUCUCCAAUUCCAAAACCCCCCAAGGUCCUGAGUCAGCUUAAAGCCGAGGCCUGCGAGGGGUCAGUGAAGAUGUCCUGCAUCUGCGAGAGCAGCGUCAGGGAGGUGGUGUGGUACGUCAAUGGGAGGAGGCUUUCUCAGAGCAGCCACUUUGAGAUGCACUACUCUGAAGGCUCCUGCAGCCUUCUUAUCCAUGAUUUGGCAGACAGUGAUCAGGGAGAGUACACUUGUGAGAUGACAGCUGAGGGAGGUGUUUCCAAGUCCUCCUUCUCCUUCACCGGGCAGGUGUUCCAGUCCAUAAGGAUGAAGGUCACAGCCUACCGUGAGCAGCAACUGGUACUUAAAGCCUCAUCGGGAUCAGUGAUGAUGGGUCACAAGGAGUCUUUGUCGUCCAUGAGCUCAUCCAUGAUGAUGAAGAAAGAAAUGCACACAAUGGAGGAGUCAUCCUCUUUCUCGUCCUCCACCCAGCAAGCUAUGAUGUCGUCAAUGAUGGAGUCCAGCUCCUUUAGCAGCAUGGCAGCUGAGAUGAAGGUUGAGACCAUGUCCAUGUCCAGCAUGUCAUCCAUGGCUUCUGAAUCGUACGCCAUGAGCUCCAGCAGCCUGACGGAAAUGGCUUCUCACAUGGAGGGAUCUACGUUCAGACCAAUUGGUUGUGCUCCCAGGAUCGAGGCUCUGCCUGAGGACAUCAGCAUCGAGCCCGGCAAAGUCCUCACAGUCACUUGCGCUUUCUCCGGUGAUGCCAAACACAUUGAAUGGUCCCGCAGCGGCAGAACCAUCCAUGUGACUGCUGGCGGACGCUUCCACAUCGACACCUCAGAGGACUUAACCACCCUCAUCAUCACCGGGGUGAAGGCGGAGGACGCUGGGACCUACACCCUUAAACUGUCCAAUGAGCUUGGAUCAGACACAGCGACUGUUCACAUUAGCAUUCGAUCAGUGUAAAAAAACAAAAUUCUAAACUUUCAAUUUUCCCCUUUUCCCUACUUCUGUUCCUUUUUAUUUAUUAAUUAAGCGAAAUAAUCUACUUGAUAAAGAUCUCGAUUUCUGUUCUUGUAAAUAUGAACUAUUUUUGUACCAAUCUUGACAUUAAUUUAUGCCAAACUAGACUCAAGUCUAAAGUUGUUAUAAAAUGUGCCAUAUUGGAUAAAUAUGACUUAGGAUUUUUGAUCCAUUUUUCUGUGACAUGUACAUAAUGUAUAUAGCCGAAUUGAACGGUUAUGGGAAAUGUAUGCAUUGUUAUUUAUGACAAUAUUAACUGAAACAAAUGAAACUGAAUGUGGUUUAACAGGAGAAAGUUUCACAAGAACGAAUACCCUGUCAAACCAAGAAACUAAACUAUGUGCCUCAACGAUACGUUGAAGUCUUAAGAUUGCCUCAACAGGUAGAGAGGCUCCCUGUUGAUGUUAACUCAAUCCAAGACGGAACUACGAACGCACUGCUGCAGAGAGAGCAGUGCUGUUGCAUUGGAACAAGAGCGUGAGAUCCUGAGUGCUGUUUGCAUAUACCCUCAUGUAAGCAGGACGACUGGACCUCGCUCUCUAACCGAUAAUGUCAUACUGCCAUUUCGAUGACAUGCUCAUAGUGCGAGCGGCCUGCACUCCCUGAGCACAAGUUUUUUUUGUGCUCUUCUUCUGACAAAUGACCCCUCGAUCAGGCUCUUCAGUCAUACCAUCUACCUGGCCAAUCACGAUAAAAAAAGAGUCCAUCGGGUGCUUGUUUGCAGAAGCAGAGCUGGCUCCUGGAGGUCUGCAGUGUGUAUGUGUGUGUGUGUUAGUUUUUAGGAGUUCAAUCAAGCUGGGCGCCGCUUAGCACAUGUACCGCAGCCGAAACAACCGCCACUGCACUCAACGAGGACCAAGAAAAACAUGGUCCUGCGUGUUGCCCAGCACUUUGAUUUGAUUGAAGUUAGACUUGUAGCGUUGAUUUUUCGCAGCCUCCUUGAGUUUUUCUCCAAUUAUUGAUUUAAUAAAGCAUGAUGAUCAGCAGAA